UGAGCAGUUGGAGCAUUCCCAGCCUUGCCUCGGGUGUAGGGAUUGCAUAGGAAAAAGAGCAAAACUACACAGCUACACUGUGUGGUUUUGUUUUUUUUGGGUUUCUUUGAGGCUAAACUGUUCUCACAUUGGAUUUUCUGACAUUUCUGGAUAAGGAGAUUGUUUCUGAAGAAAUACAACUUCUGGGCUUCGCCCCAUCAAAUCUAGGCACUCUUGUGGAUACAAGGUGCCGUCCACAAUGUCUACACAGGCGCCAACAUUUACACAGCCGCUGCAAAGCGUUGUGGCACUAGAGGGUAGUGCUGCAACGUUUGAAGCUCAAGUUAGUGGUUCUCCAGUUCCUGAGGUGAGCUGGUUCCGUGAUGGCCAGGUUCUUUCCGCUGCCGCUCUGCCCGGCGCACAGAUCUCGUUCAGCGAUGGCCGCGCUGUUCUGAUGAUCCCUGCUGUGACAGCCGCACACAGUGGAAGAUUUUCUGUCAGAGCCACCAAUGGUGCUGGACAAGCCACUAGCACCGCUGAACUUCUUGUUACAGUGGAGACUGCGCCGCCCAACUUUAUUCAGAGACUUCAGAGUUUGACCGUGAGACAAAGAAGCCAAGUGAGACUGGAUGUUCGUGUGACAGGAAUCCCUACACCUGUGGUAAAGUUCUACAGAGAGGGAGCCGAGAUACAGAGCUCCGCUGACUUUCAGAUUGUUCAAGAAGGAGACCUUUACAGUUUGUUGAUUGCCGAAGCCUUCCCAGAAGAUUCUGGAACUUACUCUGUAAAUGCCUCAAACAGCAGCGGACGGGCUACCUCCACCGCUGAACUGCUGGUUCAAGGUGAAGAAGCUGUGCCUGCCAAGAAGACUAAAACCGUAAUUUCAUCUUCCUCUCAGAGGUCCUCCUCUCAGAGUCGCCAGACCAGAGUUGAGACAAGGAGUAUGGAGGCUCAGUUCGAAUCCUCAUCCAUGCAAAUGCAUGUUGAAGGUGGUGUAGUGAGCCAUCUAGCACACAAGACCCCACCACGUGUGCCCCCCAAGCCAACCUCAACCUCCAAGUCCCCAACACCAUCAUCUCUUGCAGCCAGAGUUGCAGGGGGACGUCAUCAGUCACCAUCACCUGUGAGACAUGUCAAGGCACCCACUCCGGCCCCUGUUAGGUCCGUAUCCCCCACUUCAAGACUGUCUGUGUCCCCAAUCAGACCAGUCAAAUCCCCACUGACCACACGCAAACAGGUAGCCCAUGGUCCUGAUGUCCUCCCACCAUGGAAGCAGGGAGACUUUGUUGAAGGGUCCAGCAGCUAUUCCAGCAGCAUGACUUCUAGUGCCACCCAUGCCCAGGCUUCCAUGUCUACCACCCAGGUUCACAUGGAGCAGCGCUGGGAGGGCUCUUAUGGAUUGCAAACGGCUGGGUCCGCAGUAUCUGGUGUCGCUGUGAGAGAGGAGGCGCAGCAUGAGGUGGACGAUAAAAGCAUUGCUGUAGCUACUGUGGUAGCAGCUGUGGACCAGGCUCGCAGCCGCAAGUCUGCUGGUUUUACACCAGAGCCGGUGCCGGUGGUGACACCCAGUACAGAGACACAGAGCACCUCUACUACUGUGUUAAUGUCCACAACAAGGGAACAGAUCAUGCCAGAGUCUAUAGCUGUUGAACCAGCUAUAGCGACAGACACUGAUGACACUGUGGUACAGAACAGAGAGGUUGGAAUCUCUACUGUUACAUGUAUGAUGACAACCGAGGAGCAGGUUGAGGGUGGGAAAAAAGCGGAGGCAAAGGCUACAGUGGUUGCUGCUGUCGACCUAGCACGUGUUCGGAAGCCUUUGCAUGCUGAGGGGGGUCAUGCUGAAGAGGAAACCAUACAAUCUGAUUUAAAACAGCAAAUGAUGAUGGCAACUACUGAGCAACAAGUCACAGUGAAAACUGAGGCUGCAACUGUGCCAAUGGUGCAAAUACCAAUAAUACCACCACCAUCAAUUCAAACAACAGCUGAUGAGCAGAGUAUUCAUGUUACCCAGAUACAAAGAAGUUCAGAAACUACUACCGCCCACAUGGAAACUGCCCUCACACCAUCCCCAAUUCCACAUUUCACAGUUUCAAAAGUUACUGUUCCUAAACCUGACCAUAGCUAUGAGGUUUCGAUAGCAGGUUCUGCUAUUGCCACACUGCAGAAAGAGUUAUCCUCUACCUCUGCACAUGCUGCUCAAAAGAUCAUCAAGCCAGUCAAGCCUCCAUCUCCUAGUCUCCACCGUAAGGUUGUGGACGUGAUGCCAGCGCCAACCCAGUCUCCGUUUAAGGAUCUCUCCGAGAGAUAUAAGACGCAUUUCGACACUCAGUUACAGACUCAGAUAGGCGCUACGUUUACAGGGGAAAUGGAGCAAAUGUAUAAGGAUUUGGAAACAAAGAUCGUUGAGACUGCAGCAGUCCCAUCCCCUGCAGAAGAGCCAGUUGUGCCACCUACUCUUGUAGCUGGCUUGAAGAACCUGACUGUGACUGAGGGUGAGUCUGUGACUCUGGAAUGCCAGAUCUCUGGUCACCCUGCCCCUGGCAUCAUGUGGUUCAGGGAGGACUACAGAAUUGAAAGCUCCAUUGACUUCCAGAUCACUUAUGAGAGUAAAUGUGCCCGUCUGGUCAUCCGCGAGGCCUUCGCAGAAGACAGCGGUCGCUUCACUUGCACUGCUACUAGCAAGGCUGGAACUAUCAGCACAUCCUGUUACCUGCUUGUCAAAGUAACCGAGGAGAUUGAGACCCGAGAAGAGAUGACACAACAAGGCACUGUCACUGUAUUUGACCUUACUACUCAAGAGAAACUUUUUACUGCUGAAGCAAAGGAGGAGACCAUGUCGGAGGUGAGCACUGCCAUCGCCACCGCAGGUUCACCAGUGGAUACUGCAGAUGCCGUCGCUCCUUUCUUUGUCAAGAAGCCAACUGUACAGAAGUUGGUGGAGGGCGGACGUGUUGUCUUUGAGUGCCAGAUCGGAGGCAGCCCCAAGCCACACAUGUUCUGGAAGAAGAGUGGAGUGCCCCUUACUACAGGAUACAGAUAUAAAGUCCACUACAAUAAGGAAAGUGGAGUGUGUAAAUUGGAGAUCUCCAUGACAUUUGCUGAUGAUGCUGGAGAGUACUCCGUCUUUGCCAGGAACCCGCUUGGAGAAGCCUCUGCCUCAGCUGGACUGCUGGAGGAAGGGGAAUAUGAAGAAUACAUGAAGAAACAUGAAAUGACAUAUAAGAGUGAAGUAAUUACAACGGUGCAGGUGGAUGUACCCCCUGUUGUUGUGAGCGAAUAUGACGACGACCAGAUGUAUAGGCAGAGGAGAAUAACACAGCAAGCACAAACGCAAAGCUUUGUUUCAACACAGGAAUUCCAGAUUUCUUCCUUUGAGGAGAGGAUUAUCCACGAGAUUGAGAUCCGCAUCCUGCAAAUUACCUACCAACAAAUUGUGACUGAGGAUCGGGAAGAGAUGGUGACUUGUGCAGAUCGUGAGGCUUUACAGUCAGCCUUUGCCACUCCAGUUAAAAACUACAGGAUCAUAGAAGGAAUGGGUGUUACUUUCCACUGCAAAAUGGCAGGAACUCCACUGCCCAAGAUUGCGUGGUACAAAGAUGGAAAGCGUAUCCAUCAUGGUGGCCGUUACCAGAUGGAGAGUCUUCAUGAUGGUAGAGCCAGCCUGCGUCUUCCUGUGGUGCUGCCAGAGGAUGAGGGUGUUUACACAGCAUUAGCUAGCAACAUGAAGGGCAACUCUGUGAGCUCAGGGAAACUGUAUGUGGAGCCCACUGCCAUUGCAGGAGCUCAGCGUUACACGCCUGAACCUCAGGCAAUGCAGAGAAUUAGGUCCCAGUCCCCAAGAUCUCUGAGUCGCUCUCCCGGACGCUCUACUAGUCGCUCUCCUGCACGCUCUCCUGGUCGCAGGCUUGAUGACACUGAUGAGAGUCAGCUGGAGAGACUGUACAAGCCUGUGUUUGUCUUGAAGCCACAGUCAUUCAAGUGCGCUGAAGGGCAGACUGCCAGAUUUGACCUGAAAGUAGUUGGUAGACCCAUGCCUGACACUUUCUGGUUCCACAAUGGGCAACAAGUUGUCAAUGAUUACACCCACAAGAUAGUGGUGAAGGAAGAUGGAACUCAGUCACUGAUUGUGGUUCCAGCCAUGCCCCAUGACUCUGGAGAAUGGACGGUAGUUGCUCAAAACAGAGCUGGAAAAAGCUCUGUGACCAUGACACUUACAGUUGAUGCCAAAGAAAAUUUGAUCAGACCCCAGUUUAUUGAGAAGCUGAAGAAUGUUAGUGUCAAGAAAGGCACUCUGGUUGAGUUGGCGGUCAAAGCCAUCGGAAACCCCCUGCCUGACAUUGUUUGGCUGAAAAACAGCGACAUCAUCUCCCCACAGAAGCACCCAAAUAUCAAGAUUGAGGGCAUCAAGGGGGAAGCCAAAUUCCAUAUCCCACAGUCGGUGAGCUCUGAUAGUGCCUGGUACACAGCCACAGCCAUUAACAAAGCAGGAAGAGAUACCACUCGCUGCAGGGUCAACAUUGAGGUAGAUGCUGCUGAACCUGCGCCAGAGAGGAGACUCAUUAUCACCAAAGGAACCUACAAGGCCAAGGACAUAGCAGCUCCAGAGCUGGAACCCUUGCAUCUCCGAUAUGGUCAAGAGCAGUGGGAGGAGGAUGACCUAUAUGACAAGGACAAGCAGCAGAAACCACAGUUCAAGAAGAAACUGACUUCUGUCAGGUUGAAGCAUUUUGGCCCAGUCCAUUUUGAAUGCAGACUGACCCCAAUUGGUGAUCCCACUAUGGUGGUUGAGUGGUUGCAUGAUGGCAAACCCCUGGCAGCUGCUAACAGAUUGCGCAUGGUUAAUGAAUUUGGCUACUGUAGUCUUGACUUUGAAGUUGCCUAUGCCAGAGAUAGUGGUGUCAUCACCUGCAGAGCCACUAACAAGUUUGGAGUUGAUCAGACCUCAGCUACACUGAUUGUAAAGGAUGAGAAGAGCCUUGUUGAGGAGACACAGUUACCUGAGGGCAGGAGGGAAAUACACAGAAUUGAUGAGAUGGAGCGCAUGGCUCACGAGGGAGGACCUUCUGGAGUCACUGGGGAUGAGUAUUCAGAGAAGUCAAAGCCUGAAAUUGUCCUUCUUCCUGAGCCAGCAAGAGUGCUGGAAGGUGACAUUGCAAGAUUCCGUUGCAGAGUGAUUGGCUAUCCUACGCCUAAGGUUAACUGGUACCUCAAUGGACAGCUCAUUCGCAAGAGCAAGAGAAUGAGGCUUCGCUAUGAUGGCAUUUACUAUCUUGAGAUUAUAGAUAUCAAGUCAUACGAUGCAGGAGAUGUCAAAGUGGUAGCAGAGAACCCAGAGGGCACAGCUGAGCAUCUGGUGAAGCUCGAGAUCACACAGAGAGAGGACUUCAGAUCCAUUCUCCGUCGCGUCCCUGAACCAAAGGCACAUGACACUACUGAACAUGGGAGAGUUAGCUUUGAAGUUGUGAAGGUUGACAGACCAGCUGAUGCCCAGCCAAAGGAAGUUGUCAAACUGAGGAAGACUGAAAGAGUCAUCCAUGAGAAGUCCACAGAGGAGACAGAUGAGUUGAAGAGCAAAUUUAAGCGCAGGACAGAGGAAGGUUAUUAUGAAGCCAUCACUGCUGUGGAGCUCAAGUCCAGAAGAAAGGAUGAGUCCUAUGAGGAUAUGCUUAGGAAGAGGAAGGAAGAACUGCUUCAUCACAUGAAAGAGUUGACUGAGGCUGAGAAGAAGAAAGAGAUGGAGGAGGGUCAACUCACCAUACCCACAAUCAAACCAGAGAGAAUACAGCUCUCUCCCAGCAUGGAAGCUCCAAAGAUCUUGGAACGCAUUGCUAGCCAGACCGUGUCUCAGACCGAGGAAGUUCGCUUCAGAGUCAGAGUUGUCGGCAAACCAGAACCUGAGUGCCAGUGGUUCAAGAAUGGAAUUCUGCUGGAGAAGACCGAUCGUAUUUACUGGUACUGGCCUGAAGACCACGUGUGUGAAUUAGUGGUCAGAGAUGUCACAGCAGAAGACUCUGCUAGCAUCAUGGUCAAAGCCAUGAACAUUGCUGGAGAGACAUCAAGCCAUGCAUUCCUGCUGGUGCAAGCCAUUACAGUUAAUAGCUUUACUCAACAACUAGAGGAUGUGGAAGCGAAAGAGAAGGACACCAUGGCGACCUUUGAGUGUGAAACAAAUGAGCCUUUCGUUAAAGUCAAAUGGCUGAAGAACAAUUCAGAGAUUUUCUCUGGAGACAAAUACAGGAUGCACUCAGACAGAAAGGUUCAUUUCCUUUCUGUACUGAUCAUCAACAUGAAGGAUGAUGCAGACUACAGUUGUGUUGUUGUUGAAGAUGACCACAUCAGGACCACUGCCAGACUCAAUGUGGAAGGUGCUUCACUGUCAAUUGUGAAGAGGCUGGAGAACAUUGAAGUGCCUGAGACCUACUCUGGGGAGUUUGAGGUUGAAUUAUCUCGAGAGGAUGCUGAAGGUACAUGGUAUUUCAAUGACAAGGAAAUCACUCCCAGCAGCAAAUAUGUUACCUCCUCCCGUCGUGGACGCCAUGCCUUGACUGUCAAAGACGUCAAGAAAGAAGAUCAGGGAAAAUAUACAUUCAAAAUUGCUGAUAUGCAGACCAGUGCCUCGCUGAAGAUGAAACUGCGCCCUGUGACGCUGAUGCAACCCCUCACUGACCUGACAAUCUGCGAGGGUGACAUCGCUCAAUUAGAAGUGCGAUUCUCUCAGGAAAACGUUGAGGGAACAUGGAUGAAGAAUGGCCAAGCAAUCUCCGCCACAGAUCGUAUCCACAUCGUUAUCGACAAACAGGUCCACAAGCUGCUUGUUGAAAACGUGAGCAGAGACGAUGCUGCAACAUACUCCUUCGUUGUCCCAGCACAGGAUAUCUCCACCUCUGGGAAGUUGAACAUUCAAAUGAUUGAUAUUUUGAGCCCACUCACUGAUAUUACCGCAGUUGAGGGCACCAAGGCUGUUAUGGAGGCUAAAAUCUCUGCUGCUGAUGUUACCUCUGUGAAAUGGUACCACAAUGACAAACUUGUGAUGCCCAGUGAGAGAAUCCAGAUGCUUGCAAAGGGAUCCAAACAGCGCCUGGUAUUCCACAGGACCUUUGCCUCUGAUGAAGGAACCUACAAGCUAUGUGUUGGCAAAGCUGACUCUAGCUGUAAACUGACUAUUGAAAAAAUUCACAUCACCAAGCAUAUGGAGGAUCAAGUUUGCACAGAGACCCAGAAUAUAACAUUUAAAGUUGAGGUUUCCCACCCUGGCAUUGCCGCUGUGUGGACCUUCAAGAAACAACCACUCAAAGCUGGUCCAAAGCAUAAGAUUGAGGCCAAGGGCAAAAAUUACAGCCUGAGUGUGAUUAAUACCAUGAAGGAUGAAGAGGGAGAAUACGCAUUCGCUGCUGGUGAACAGACAUCCAGCGCAAAGCUUACUGUGUCAGGUGGUGCCAUAAACAGACCACUCCAGGACGUGACUGUGGCUGAGUCUCAGACAGCUGAGCUGGAGUGUGAGGUGGCCAACCCAACUGCUGAGGGCAAAUGGCUCAAGGAUGGACAACCCGUGAACUUCAGUGACAAUGUCAACCAUAUGAACAAUGGAGCUGUCAGACGUCUUGUUAUUACCAUAACCAGACCCAAUGACAUCGGUGAAUACACUUACCAGGUCGCAAACUCCAAGACAACAGCCAACCUGAGAGUUGAGGCUGUGAAAGUCAAGAAGACACUGAAGAACCAAACUGUUACUGAGACACAGGAGGCAGAGUUCAGUCUGGAGCUCACACACAAGAAUGUGAAGGGCUCACAAUGGAUUAAGAAUGGUGUAGAGAUCAACCCUAGUGAGAAAUAUGAAAUCACAACUGAUGGCAUGGUCCACACCUUGAAGAUCAAGAACUGCGACACACGCGAUGAAUCAGUUUAUGGAUUCAAACUUGGGAAACUAUCUGCUAAUGCUAGAUUGAACGUUGAGACAAUCAAGAUUGUGAAGAAGCCUAAAGAUGUGACAUCACUAUUGGAUGCCACUGCCUCUUUUGAGCUGAGUCUGUCCCAUGAUGACAUCCCUAUCAAAUGGAUGUUCAAUAACAAGGAGCUUAAACCAAGUGAAAACGUCAAAAUACUGUCUGAGAGAAAAGCUCACAAGCUGACCAUUCAGAAUGUGAAGACUGACAACCAUGGAGAGUACACAGCUGUAGUUGGAAACCUGCAAUGCAGCGCAUCUUUAUAUGUUGAAGCUCUGCGUGUCAUAAAACCCAUCAAGAACAUUGAAGUCCCAGAGACCCAUGUGGCCACUUUUGAAUGUGAAGUUUCACACUUCAAUGUCCCGUCCACUUGGCUGAAAAAUGGAGUGGAGAUAGAAAUGAGUGAAAAGUUCAGGAUUGUGGUGCAGGGCAAACUUCACCAGCUCAAGAUCAUGAACACUAGCAGAGAAGAUUCUGCAGAAUACACAUUUGUCUGUGGAAAUGACAGAGUCUCCGCCACUUUGACCGUCAAUGCCAUUUUGAUCACCAACAUGCUGAAAGACCUCAAUGCACAGGAGAAAGACACCAUCACAUUUGAAGUGAAUGUCAACUAUGAGGGCAUCACCUACAAGUGGCUCAAGAAUGGUGUUGAGAUUCCCUCCACAGAUAGAUGCCAGAGCCGCACCAAACAGCUAACUCACUCGCUCACCAUCCGAAAUGUUCAUUUUGGUGAUAGUGCGGAGUACAAGUUUGUGGCUGGUUCUGCUGCGUCAGCAGCAAAGCUUUAUGUUGAUGCUCGCGUUAUUGAAUUCACCAAGCAUAUCAAAGAUAUCAAGAUUACAGAGAAGAAGAGGGCCACUUUUGAAUGUGAGAUCUCUGAGCCUAAUGUUCAGGUGAUGUGGAUGAAAGAUGGACAAGAGCUGGACAUUUCCGAAAGAUACACCGUAUCCACCGAGAAAUUCCUGCACCGUCUAAUGAUCCAGUCAGUCCGCAUGUCUGAUGCCGGAGAAUAUUCUGUAGUCGCUGGUGCAAGCGUGUCAAAGGCUUAUCUCACCGUGGAGGGCAAAGAUGUCCGCAUUACAGAGCCUGCUGAGAAGAAAAUGACGGUUGUUGAGAAACAAAGAACGACGUUUGAGUUUGAAGUCAAUGAGGAUGACAUUGAAGGUCGCUGGCUGAGGAAUGGUGUUGAGCUCCAGUUUUCCGUUGAGCAGAGGUUUAGCUAUGUUUGCAUUAGAAAGCUCCAUCGUCUGACAAUCACUGAGACCUACAGAAGUGAUGCAGGUGAAUACACCUUCAUCGCUGGCAGGAACAGGACCGUUGUGACACUUCAUGUCAACAUCCCUGAGCCACCUCAGAUCAUUAAGCACAUGCAGCCCCUGUCUGUGGAGGCCGGCAAACCUGCUCGCUUCUCUGUGGAAGUGACUGGCGUCCCCCAGCCCCAGGUGUUCUGGUACAAGAACUCCCAGGCUCUCUCCACAGGCUUCAAGUGCAAGUUUCUGCGAGAUGGAAAUGAGCACUGUCUGCUACUCAUUGAAGUGUUCCCAGAGGACGCAGCGGUCUACAACUGUGAGGCCAAGAAUGAAGGUGGUGUUGCCACCAGUUCAGCUGCACUGAAUGUCGAAGUUUCAGAAGUUGUUUCUCCUGACACAGGAGCUCCUCUGUCCCCACCUACCAUCAUCUCACCAAUCAGCAACACCUCAACCACUGAGGGAGAGUCUGCCAGAUUCCAGUGCAAAGUUACUGGAGAAGCUCUGAAGAUGUCCUGGUACCGUGGUGAGAAGGAAAUUAAGCAGUCAGACGUCUUCAGGAUUUCUACAUUUGAUGACACCUGCCAGCUGGAGAUCACCAGAGUGUACUCUGAGGAUGAGGGGGAAUACACCUGUGUUGCCAGAAACGCAGGAGGAAUGGUCACAUGCUCUGCACAUUUGAAACUUGAUGUUACCCAUAUGAAGGAAGAGAUUGAAGCAACCAUUGAGCAAGAAGUCAAAGAAUAUUCUAGGUCGACUGUGACGACAGUGGAAGAAGAACAAGAAUCCUACACCACUGGCCUUCAGUUACCUCAAACAUCCAAAACACUUGAACUCCAGCCAGAGUCUAAAUACUAUUCUAGUACUUUAGAGGAUAAAAAAGAAAAGCCUAUAUUUUUGACCCAACUCUCACCAGCAGCUGUCAAUGUUGGGGAGUCAGCUAGAUUUACUAUCACAGUAUCUGGCCUUCCAAAGCCUAGUGUUCAGUGGUUUCAUAAUGGGAAAGUAAUUACUUCUUCAUCAAUUUACAAAUUGGUUCAAGAAAAAGAUGAGUAUACCUUAAUAAUAUCUGAGGUAAAAACAGAGUAUGAAGGCGAGUACACUUGUACAGCUAGCAAUAGAUUUGGCCAGACAACCUGUACUACUUACCUGGAGGUAAGUAAGAGAGCUUCAACUACAGCUGAGCAAUGGGUGGAAAAAAUGUUCAAAGCCACUGUCCAACCUCCAAAUUUCACUAGCCAAAUCAAACCUAUAAAAUGCCAAGAGGGAGGUGAGGCUUACUUUAAAUAUAAAGUAACUGGUGAUCCAAUUCCUGAUGUACAGUGGUAUAAAAGUGCUCGUCAAAUUCAGCCUGGUAAGUACUGCAUUAUAGUGAACAACCCAGAUGGCUCUGGCUUCAUCAACAUGAAGGGCAUUCAACAGCAGGACAGUGGUCUCUAUACAUGUAAGGCUUCCAACCCAUCUGGGGAGGCCUCUUGUAGUGCUGACCUAAUUGUGUUCAAAGAGCCUAUCUCUGUAUCUCAGCGUAAGGAACACAUGGUUGUUCAAAAAGGUUAUAAAGUAUCCAUGACUGCUGAACAAGCUACAGAGUCCCGCUUGUACGAGGUCAACCUUCCUGGAGAGACCAGGGCCAGAGAUCAAGCAGGACAUCAGAUGGUGUACACCAUUGGCACCGAGAACAGCCAGGUUGUUUCCAGUGAGCAAGUACAAACCCUUAGAAAGUUGGAUAUGUCUGCAGCUACUGUCCAAAGAGAGAGGGUCACCCACCAGGCUGCAGUUCUGCAGUCACAUGAGGUACAAGAGAGAGUGUCUGUGGGUGUCACUCUUCCACCUGAAGUUUCAGUAGUUUCUACGAAACAACAUCGUACGGCUCCCUUUCAUACAUCUGCUGUUCAGGAUAGCCCACAGCUCACAGAGCAGCACUGUGACCGUAUCCAAAGCCCAGUAGUCAUAGAGCUUCAGUCUUCAAAAGAAAAGCCUUCAAAAUUAAUGUCUGCCACUUCCGAGGAGAUAACCACCUUGGCGAGUGUAAGCACAGAGAUGUCAGGUGAAAGGAAGACAGAUAAAGUAAAGCCAACCUCCGAGCCAAAACAUCUUGUCAGUAGUCAUCUUGUUGAAUCCCAACUGUCAAUUUUAAAAGAACAAUCGCAAGAGAUUCCCAAGCCACAGGAGGAAAAAAGUUACAAAGUCAAAGAAGGCAUUAAGAUAUUGUAUUCUGCAAUGUCAACUGAAAAACAGAUGAUUCCUGAGGGCCAUACCACAGAUGUGCCAUCUUCUGACUCUGCUCUACAAUCUUCAGUGACAAAAGAAUCGUUCAAACCAAUCCUAGUCUCAGUUUCUGAGACAAAACAAACAUUAUCAAAAGAGACUAAAUUUACCAUGCAGAGGCCAGAGGCAGAAAAGGCUCUCCUUCGUAAAGAUUACAUUAUGAAAUCUGCACUGACAGCUGAGGAAAAGCAGAUGUUACAAGCUGAACACACAAAACAAGUGAAGAGUUUAGAAAGUGCUACCUCAUUAUUUUCUCAGGUCGAAGGUGAACAGGUACUGCAUUUGCAGAUAAUUAGAGAUCAGGAUAUCCUACCAUCUGAGGAACCAUUUACUUGUGAGAAACCAGCUGUAGAACAAGCAGGUGCCAGGAAAAGCCCUACUCUUUUACAUACAGUAACCCACGAUGAACGGACAUCUGUCACUUGCGAAGAUACGACUGAGUUUGAGGCGAAGAGAGACACAAUGACCAUUCAGCCUCAAAAACAAGCCCCUACCCCAUUACAUCUUCAGUCAGUUCAUCCAGGAGGUGCCUUAACCAAAGAGGGAAUUAUUACCAUUGAAAAGCCAGCCCAACAGACAGCAACACAGAAGCAGGAGAAAGCCAGAAAACACGCAGCAUCCUCAGAGGAAAAAAGGGAUCUUAGCGCAGAUUAUUCCAAAGAUCUUGAUGUGUCCGUGACAGGAGUCCAGUCAAAGCUUAGAACAGAACCCAGACCACAGAACAUUCUUCAGGUCACAUCAAAGCAUAUGCAGAUAUGCAAAGAAACACCAUUUACUAGUGAUGCCAAACAGCAGCGUGCAUUAAUCCAAAAAGAAGAUCGUUGGAACAUCAUGCAAGUUACAAGUGUGGCAGAUAGUCAAGCGUUAGAGGAGGGACAUACUGAGAGUUUGACAGCUGUUGACAAAUUUACAUGCAAAACCGAAAUAGAGCCUAAAGUACCUACUGAGCCCAUACAAAUAGAGGAGAAGGCGAUCGCAACUGAGAGUAGUGCACUUCUAGAAGCAACAGAGCAAGAUUUUGCCAUCCAGAUACAGGAAGGACAGUCUGUUAGACAGUCAAUAAUGAUGGAUGAAAAGCGUAUAUUGAUUGGGGAAAUGUCUCAGCAAAUAAGCAAAUCGGAGUCAACAAAAGUUAGCCUUAAAACUCAGCACAAAAUGGCUGUUUUCGUUUCAGAGUCUGGAGAAAGUCGAACUCUUCCAAAGGAGCUCACAUUUGUUAUUCAGAUUCCAAAACCAACCAGUUUGGACAUCAGACGUCAGUUGAAAGAUGCACUUCAGUCUGCUGUGGCUCUUGAUCAGCCACUUAUACUAGCAGACGUUGUUGGAAGUUUAGAGGCUACUGAGGUACAGGAAGUGAAGGUACUCAAGGAACCUAGGCGUGCGAUGUUCACUUAUCUUAUCACAACACCAGGUUCCCCUAUGGAAAUAACACUUGCUUUUGAAGGUCAGUACCCCAAGACUGCAGAUCUAAGGACUGAACUCCAGGCAGCUUUCUACUCAAUUGUCUAUCACGAGCAGCAUGUUCUUACAUCUGAGCAACCUGGCACACUGCAAAUCGACAAGCCCCAAAGACUAAAGGUUAGCAGUGCAUCCUCCAAAGAAAUAUUGUCAUCGGUAGUUGAGACAGUAAAAGUAGCAGAAAGUGUAGUUGAUUUCACAACACCUAAAUCUCAGGCUGCUAAACGAAAGACAGAAUCUCGGGCUACACAUGAAACAGCAACAGCUGAGGAACGUAUUGUGGUGCAAGAGUCCAAAGUAACUCAAUCCAACUUGGGCGCUCAAGUAAUGGAAGUUACUACAGAAUCACAUGCUGAGUUUGAACAGACAGUACAGGUGGCCAGACAGGAGGUUAGAACUAUGACUGUAAAAGGUUAUGAGAGAGAUGUAGGUAUGGUUGAUAUCAUCACCGAUAUGCCCAUGACAUCCAUUCCAACUGAACAGUCUUUAGAUGUACUCAUCCAAAAAGAACACAGGGAGGAAUUUAUUUCAGAAGAAGUCAAAAAAUCUAAACCUCAAGGAAGCGUAAAAGAUUAUCCCAUUAUUGAAACUUUCCUUGAGGACAUUACCACAGAGGAGCAUUGUAAGGUUACAUACACUGUGACAGUAAAGUAUGUUACAAAAGCUAAUUGGCUUUUCAAUGGCCAAAUAAUUAAAUCUGGCAAAGAGUUCAAGUGUUCCAAAGAACAUGACACAUACACACUUACAAUCAUGAAAAUUAUCAAGGAGAAGCACGAAGGAGAAUAUGCCUUUGAGGCUGUGAAUGAAGCUGGAAAGACCACAACAUCAUCAAGACUCACAGUUGUCUCGAAAGUGCCACCUGUUUUCAGGUACAAAAUUGUUCCCCUGGAGAUCAAUGUUGGCAGUGGAGCCAAGUUUGAAUGUGAGAUUGAAGAGGCACCAAAUGUGAACUUCAAAUGGUUCAAGUCUGGCACUUUGAUCAAAGAGAGUGCAAAUUGUCACAUUCUCAGUCAGCAACUGACAUCUUCAUUGGAGCUUCUGAGCCCAACCAAAGCCGACAGUGGUGAAUACACCUGCAAGGCUACAAACCAACAUGGCAGUGACGACUGUGCUGCCAAACUGACAGUGACUGAGAUGUACCCACCAGUAUUUAGUACAAAGCCUGAUCCCAUGACUUUAUACGUGGGCAAACAAGCAACAUUCCAGUGUGUAGUUACUGGCUCUUCACCGAUGACUAUUGUCUGGCACAAAGACAACAUUGCUAUCUCUCCGGGGGGAAGCUAUCAAAUAUCAUCUGACAAGACCAAAUAUUCCCUACAAAUCAAAAAUCUUCAGCUGAACGAUCAGGGCACAUACCUUUGCAAAGCAUCGAACAGUGUUGGUACUGCUACAUGCAGUUCAGAGUUGAGGGUUAUCAACAAACCCAGUUUCAUAAAGACCUUUGAGGCCUCGGUGUCUUCAGCCGUUGGUAACACACUGCGGCUCGAAGGUCAAGUGGAUGAGGACACUGGAGUGUCCAUCACCUGGAUGAAAGAUGGCAAAAAGCUUCAUCAAACAAUGGAUUGUAAACAAUCCUUUGAAGACAAGGUUGUCGUUCUUGAAAUUACAAAGGCAAAACUGAAAGAUUCAGGGAAAUAUGUAUGUACAGCUUCAAAUGAUGCUGGGAGUGCAACUUGUCCUACCACGUUGACGGUACAAGAGCCCCCUACCUUUGUUAAGAAAAUGGAACCAAAACUAAUGUGGAAGCAGGGCAUAGCUGCUCGGAUGCAGUGCACAGUCAAAGGAUCAGCUGAACUCAAAGCUUCCUGGUUUCUGAAUGACAAGGAGCUCAGUGAUGGAGAUAAAUAUAAAAUCACUUUCAAGGCUGGUCUUGCAACUUUGGAAAUAAUCGAUGUAAACGUGUUAGACAGCGGAAACUACACUUGUGAGGUGUCAAAUGAAGCUGGUAGUGAGAGCUGCAGCACUGAGUUAUCUGUAAAAGAGCCCCCUUCCCUUCGAAAAGAAUUGCAAAUGGUUGAGACAGUGAAGGGAACUCCUGCCGUACUCGAAUGUGAAAUUAAAGGAACAGCUCCAUUUGAAAUCACCUGGUUGAAGAAUAAGAAACCAGUCGUCGCCACAGAUAAAAAGUACAAGAUCGUUUCUCAGGAGUCCAUUGCUCGUUUGGAGUUCUACUCAUUUGAAAGUGCAGACAUUGGGGAUUACCAGUGCUGCAUUGCUAAUGAUGUUGGUAAAAUCACCACUAAGGCACUGGCCAAACUAAAAGAACCACCAACAUUUGCAAAGAAGAUUGAAACCAUUACAGCAACAUUGGGAGAUUCUGUGAAACUGCAGGGCACAUUGAAAGGCUCACCUCCCAUUUCCGUCAAAUGGAUAAAGGACAUUGAAAUGUUGAGAGAUGAUGAUCCAAAUAUCAAAAUGACAUUUGAGAACAACAUUGCUAUUUUGUCAAUAACAACUGUUGCCAUUAGCCAUGGUGGCAAGUACACUUGCCAAGCAGAGAAUGAGGCUGGACAAAACAAAUGUGAAGCCACUCUAACAGUUCAAGAACCUGCUAGAAUCUUAGAGAAAGCAGAAUCCAUCAAUGUGACUUCAGGGGAAUCUGCAACCUUGGAAUGCAAAAUCGCUGGAAGCCCAGAACUUAAAGUGAAAUGGUUCCAGGAUGGAAAGGAGAUGAAAGGGAGUCGAAAAUAUAAAAUAACUCUGAAAGAUAAUAUUGCCAUCUUAAAGAUUCUUGCGUCUGAAAAAGUAGACUCUUCCGAAUACACAAUGGAAGUGUCCAACCGUGUUGGAAAGGACCAGUGCUCAUGCUCUAUUACUGUGCUGGAUCGUAUCAUACCACCCUCUUUCACAAGGUCUCUGAAAAGACUUGAUGGAAUUAUGGGUAACGAUAUUUCAAUGGAUUGCAAAGUAUCUGGAUCCCAGCCUAUGACUCUGUCUUGGUUCAAAGACGAUAAAGAAAUUAAGUUUGGAGAUAGAUAUUUACCUGAAAUUAAAGACAACUCAGCUGCACUGAAAAUUACUAAAUUGGAAAAGGUUGAUGCUGGAGUGUACACAUGCCGGGCAACAAAUUCUGCUGGAUCUGAAGAAAGCAGUGGAACCUUAUAUGUCAAAGAACCUCCAGUCUUCACAUUGAAACCUGACAACCAAGAUGUCAUACCAGGAUCUACAGUUGUCUUGAAGUGUGCUUUCACUGGAACAGCUCCUCUUAUGAUCAAGUGGUUCAGAGACGACAAGGAGAUAUCAAGUGGAGGCACAUUUUUUAUCAAGAAGGAGACCUCCUUAAGUUUUUUGGAACUUCACUCAGUAAAACCCUCUGACUCAGCUAACUACACAUGCCAAGUGGCCAAUGACGCUGGAAAGGUGGCAUGCACUGCUGUCUUGUUUGUGAAAGAACCUCCAAUGUUUGUGGUGAAGCUUGAGCCUACGAAACUAGUAGUGAAAGGAAGUUCUGUAAAGCUGGAGUGUAAGGCAACUGGCACCCCUGAGAUCAGUUUUAAAUGGUUCAAGAAUGAGAUUGAGAUAACACAAAAGGAGAAAUACAAAAUGGCUGUCACCAAUUCAGUUGCCUCAUUGGAGUUUGUCAACUGCUCUGUUGAUGAUAGUGGAAAUUAUGUUUGUGUGGCAUCAAGUGAUGCUGGUAGUGACCACAGCGGCAGCACAGUUACAGUUAAAGAACCUCCAAUAUUUACAAGGACCUUUGAUUCCAAAGAAGUUAUCAAAGGAUCUGAUAUUAUGUUGGAAGGAAAGCUUGCAGGCUCUGCUCCAUUCAACGUAUCUUUUUACAAAAACACAAAGGCGAUCAGAAAUGAUAAAAGACACAAGAUAGUCUUAAAGGAUGACAUAGUUACCCUCCAGAUCCUGGCAAUUGAAGCCGGAGAUGCUGGAAAAUAUCAGUGUACAGUAGAAAAUGAAGUUGGGAAGUCAUCUUGUGAUUGUGAGAUGACACUGAAAGAACCGCCGUCAUUUCUGAAAAAGAUAGAGAAUGUGAAUUCCCUAGUUGGCAAUGAGAUUUCUAUGCAGUGUACUCUGAAAGGAUCACUACCUAUGACUGUGUCAUGGCUGAAGGAUGACCAUGAGGUCAAAGAUGGUGAGCAUGCGCAGAUGUCCUUUGAAGACAGGACAGCACUGCUGCGUAUUUCAAAUAUUCAAACCAAACAUGCUGGGAAAUAUACUUGUCAGGCCAAAAAUGAAGCUGGCUGUCAGAAAUGCUCUGCGUUAUUGGUAGUCAAAGAACCAGCAAAUAUCACUGAACAGGCUAAAUCUGUCAGUGUUACAAUGGGGGAUCCCGCUACACUUCAGUGCAGGUUCUCAGGAACCAAGGUGCUCAAAGUCAAAUGGCUGAAGGAUGGAAGAGAGCUGACAUCAGGUCAUAGAUACAAAGUACAGAGCACAGAUAAGAGCUCUGUACUAAACAUUCUCCGUACAGAAAAAAGCGACAGUGGAGAUUACAACUUUGAGGUUUCCAAUGACGUUGGAAGCAGUACUUGUGAAGCUACAGUUUCUGUUCUAGAUCAAAUCAUAAAACCAUCUUUCACAAGGAAACUGAAGAAAACAGAGAGUAUCAAAGGAUCAUUUGCCCACUUGGAGUGUCUUUUGUCUGGCUCUCUGCCCAUAUCUGUACUCUGGUACAAAGAUGAGAAAGAGAUCAAGACUGAUGAUAAGCACAAAUGCACAUUCUUUGAAAACACAGCUUUUCUGGAAAUAAGUCGUCUUGACAGUGCAGACAGUGGUAGCUAUACCUGCAUUGCUACUAAUAAGGCAGGCAAGGACCAGUGUUCUGGGGCCUUACUUGUAAAAGAACCACCAUCGGUUUUAGAAAGGCCUGAAUCAAUGGAUGUUUUGCCUGGAUCAAAGGUUCAAUUUAAUGUCCUUUUGUCUGGCACGCCACCCUUGACCAUUAAAUGGUUUAAAGACAAGAAGGAGAUCUUAUCCGGCUCUGAUUGCUCUGUGACUAAAGACAACACCUCUACAUCGCUGGAGCUUUUCUUUGCCAAAGCAUUAGACUCUGGAGACUAUAUCUGCGAAAUUAAUAAUGACGUGGGCUCUGAUGCUUGCCAAGCAAUGCUCUUUGUCAAAGAGCCUCCAAAGUUCACACGAAAACCUGACGGUGUGUCAGUGGUGAAACCUGGGCAAAGUAAAACAUUUGAAUGCCAGGUGACUGGAACUCCAGAGAUUGAUAUAUACUGGUUCAGAGAUGGGAACGAGAUAAGUCCUAGUGACAAAUACAAGAUGUUCUUUGAUAACAACAUAGUAACCCUAAAUAUUUGUGGUGCUGAUACUAAGGACAGUGGAAUAUACUAUUGUGAGGCCCGUAAUGAAGCCGGCAGUGAAAGCUGCAAUAUGGAAUUGAAAGUGAAAGAGCCACCAUCCUUUGUUAAACAGUUAUCAACUGCGGAUAUUGUGAAGGGCUCAAAUGUGUCUUUAGAGUGUCAAGUCAUUGGCACAAGCCCGUUUGAGGUCAUGUGGCAUAAGGAUUUAAAGGAAAUUAAAUCCAGCACAAAGCACAGUUUCUCACAAGUACAGGACAUUCUGAAUCUUGAAAUACAGAAAUGUGAUGGUGUAGAUGUUGGUGAAUACCAGUGUACCGUCUCAAAUGAGGUUGGAAGUUGUUCUUGUAGAACUACGCUUCGUAUAAAAGAUCCACCAUCAUUUGUGAAGAAAAUUGAAAAUGUAGCCACUGUUUUGGGCAAAUCAGCUGAAUUUCAGUGUGUUGUCACUGGGUCACCAUCUCUGUCUGUGCAAUGGCAAAGGGAUGAGAACUGGAUCUUGGAAGAUCCUAAAAUUGAACGGACAUUUGAGAAUAAUGUGGCAACUCUAAGGAUUCCGGUCUGUGAGGCCCGUCACAGCGGGAAAUAUACCUGCCAGGUGGCAAAUGAUGCUGGACAGGACAAGUGCUUUGCAACCCUCAUGGUGCAAGAACCACCUCAGAUUACAGAGAAACCAGAAGUGAUGAAAGUAACUACUGGGGAUCCAGUCAGUUUAGAGUGCAAAGUGGCAGGCAGUCCUGAGCUCAAAGUGAAGUGGACCAAAGAUGGCAAAGAGCUCAAGUCAAGUCCACAGCACAAACUUAGCUUCGAGAACAACCUUAGUAGCCUUAAAAUUCAGACUACACAAAAGGAGGAUGCAGGCAACUAUCAAUUUGAGGUCUCAAACCACAUUGAUACCUGCAGUUGCAAAGUCAAGUUGAUUGUACUAGAACAAACUAUUCCCCCAAGCUUCACCAAACCAAUGAGUGAAAUACAGGAAAUAUUGGGAACAUUUGUUCAAAUUGGCUGCAAAAUAUCUGGAUCCCUUCCCAUUACUGUGGAAUGGCAGAAAGAUGGAAACAACAUUUCCGUUGGUGGAAAAUAUAAACUUGUUCGUCAAGACAAUUCUGUGUCUUUGGAAAUUGAACAGUUAGAGAGAGUUGAUGCCGGCACUUACUCUUGCAAACUGACAAAUACAGCAGGAAGCGUUGAAUGUAGUGGGGCACUAAGGGUGAAAGAGCCGCCAAGCUUUGUGCUGUUGCCUGAGCCCCAGGCAGCCCUUCCUAACUCCAACGUGCGAUUUAAGAGCACAUUUAAAGGAACACCUCCUUUCGCAGUGAAAUGGUUCAAGGAUGACACUGAAUUGAUCACUGGACCAUCAUGUUUUACCGGACUGGAAGGAUUAUCUUGCUUCUUAGAUCUUUACUCAGUUGGAGUUUUGCAGAGUGGAGUUUACUCUUGUCAAGUUAGCAAUGAUGCCGGCACUGAAAGAUGUAGUGCCAAUUUAACAGUAAAAGAACCUCCUGAAUUUGUGCUGAAAUUGCCAGUCACAAAGUUUGUGAAGAAGUGCGAGCCACUCAGUCUUGAAUGCAAAGUUACGGGUGCGCCCUCUCUGCGAAUGCAAUGGUACAAAAAUGACACUAAGAUCACUGAAGGUGACAACUAUAGAACUUCAUUUGUUGACUCAAUGGCAGUCCUUGAGCUGCACACCACAAGAUUUGAAGACGAUGGAGUCUACACUUGUGAAGCAACCAAUGAAGCUGGAAGCAUAAGCUGCAGCACAACUCUUACAGUCAAAGACCCACCAUCUUUCCUCAAAAUACCUCAGCCAAUUGAAGGAAUGAAAGGAAAGGAUGCUAGCCUACACUGUGAGAUAACUGGCACAGCACCCUUUGAGAUUACCUGGUCCAAAGACAAAACGCCACUAAAAGAAAGUAGGAAAUAUAAGAUGGUGAAUGAGGGUACCUCUGCCACUCUUCAUAUAAUUGGAUUGGAAGCCUCAGAUGUUGGAGAGUAUGAGUGCAAGGCAUCAAACAGUGUAGGAUAUGAAACAUGCCGUACUACAAUUAAACUCAGAGAACCACCAACGUUUGUGAAGAAAUUGUCGAAUAUGACAUGCAUAUUGGGUGAAGAAGUCACACUGACGGCCACUGUCAAAGGCUCUCAGCCAAUGACCACGUCUUGGGUACAGGAUAAGGAUCACAUUCUCAGAGAUGGUGACAACCGGAAAAUUACCUUUGACAACAACCAGGUCACUCUUAAAGUCUUUAAAGCAGAUUUACUGGCAAUGGGCAAAUACACCUGCCAACUCAGAAAUGAUGCCGGAAUUGUGGAAUGUUUUGCUAACUUGACAGUAUUAGAACCAGCUAAAGUUGUGGAUAGACCAGAGUCUUUCAGUGUGACUGCAGGUGAUAUUGCAGCUCUAGAAGUCAAAGUGUCAGGGACACCAGAGCUGAAACCAAAAUGGUUUAAGGAUGGAGUCGAGCUCUCCUCUGGACAGAAGUACAAAAUCUCAUUCUCAAAGAUGAUCUCCAGCUUGAAAGUUUUGUCUGCAGAAAAAAUUGACACAGGAGAAUAUACAUUUGAGGUCAAAAAUGAGGUUGGCAGUGAUCUCACCAAAUUAAACCUCACUGUACUAGAUAAAACUAUACCUCCAACAUUUACAAGGAAAUUGAAGGAUUAUCAACCUAUUGUUGGAAAAGCUGGUGAAAUGGACUGCAAAGUCUCUGGUUCCGCACCUUUCACCAUUACUUGGUACCAUGAUGGAGAGGAGAUUAAAACUGGACCAAACUAUGAGAUUACGUUCAGUGACAACACCUGCACGCUCAAAGUGCCCACUCUUAAGUUGUCAGACUCUGGAGUGUAUAAAUGCAAAGCUGUAAACAAGGCAGGAACCAAUGAGACCAGUGCCUCUUUCAUUGUGAAAGAACCUCCUUCUUUCGUGAUGCCACCUCAGCCAUUGGAAGCAAUGCCUGGCACAAAUGUUUUGUUCUCAGCAAUUGUCAAAGGAAGUGCCCCACUGAAACUGAAGUGGUUCAGAGGCACCAAGGAAAUUUUGUCUGGAAAAGGCUAUGAAAUUGCUCUGCGGGACGGUACAGCUACAAUGGAGCUAUUCAAAAUUGACAAAUCCCACGCUGGAGAGUAUACAUGCCAGAUAAUUAAUGAUGCUGGGAAGGAAAGUUGCCCGGUUAACCUGUCUGUGAAAGAACCUGCGCGCUUUGUUAAGAAGCUGAAGGACCAUUCUGUUGAAAAGGGGAAAUCAUUGGUACUUGAGUGCACAUACUCUGGAACCCCAAAGAUAUUUGUCACCUGGUAUAAGGACGGAAAACAGCUAUAUUCUUCUUAUAAGCACAAUGUCACUACCACUGAGACCUCCUGCAUCCUGGAGUGUUUAAACACUGAUGAUAAGGAAGCAAGUGGGGAAUACGCUUGUGAAGUUUCCAAUGAUGCUGGAAAGGAUACCUGCAAAGCACAAGUGUUCAUCUUAGAACCACCUUAUUUCAUUGAGAAUUUGGAGCCAAUGGAAGUGACUGCUGGUGAUGCAGUUUGUUUGAAAUGCCAUGUGGGCGGAACCCCUGAAAUAAAGGUGGCUUGGUUUAAGGCUGAUGGAAAAGUGAGGUCCAGCCCCACUUGCAAAAUAGAAUAUUCCAAAGGAAUUGCUUGCUUGAAACUGAGCAAAGCAGCCAAGGCUGAUAUUGGUGAAUACACAUGCAAAGCAGAAAACAACAUAGGAUCAGCCUCAUCCACUUGCCGCCUCUCUGUCCAAGAGGCAAAAACACCACCUACCUUCCCCAAGAAAAUAACCAGUCUUCAACAGACUGAAGGAAUGGAAGUCAAAUUUGAGUGCCGCGUGGCAGGCUCCUCGCCCAUUGAGGUCUCUUGGCUUAAAGAUGGUGAAACUCUGAAAUCCACCGACUAUACCAUGAGUUAUGAUGAUAACACUGCUGCCCUAAAAAUAACCAGAGGUGAAAUGAGACACUCUGGGGAAUACACUUGUGUUGCUACCAACAGUGUUGGGACUGCAUCCUGCAGAGCCAAACUCACUCUUCAAGAGCCAAGAUAUCCCCCUGUCUUUGAUAAAAAGCUGUCACCCAUGGUGGACAUUUCAGUGGGUGAUAGUGUGGAAUUGGAAUGCCACAUGACUGGAUCUUUGCCAAUAAAAGUCACUUGGUCAAAGGAUCACAAAGAUAUUCGAUCAGGGGGAAAUUACAAGAUGUCCUGCGUGGAUAACACCCCACACCUUACUAUAUUGAAAGCAGCUAAAGCAGACUCUGGCCGCUACUUUUGCCAUGCCACUAAUGACAUUGGAAAGGACUCUUGUUCCACUGAAAUUACUGUCAAAGAGCGCAAAAUCCCACCUACCUUCACCAAAAAGCCCACAGAGACCCUUGAGGAUACAGAGGGCAAGAUGGUGAAAAUUGAGGCACGUUUGUCUGGUUCUCAGCCAAUGACCAUCAAUUGGUACAAAGAUGAUAUUGAGAGGCACAGCUCUGAUCACUAUGACAUGUCCUUCAAGAGCAAUGUGGCUGUGUUGUGUAUCAAGAGCUCCGAAGUCUCAGACUGUGGCAGGUAUACCUGCAAAGCCACCAAUGAAGCUGGCACUGCCUCUUGCGAAGUGACAGUUACCAUAACUGAACACAAGAAGCCCCCUACAUUUGACCCCGCUCUCAAACCUGUCACGCUGACCGAGGGAGAGAACCUGCAUCUUAGCUGUCAUGUCCAUGGAUCCCCUCCUAUGAAGAUUCAGUGGAUGAAGGACAGAAAAGACUUGAAAAACACUUCCAGCACUAAAAUAAUUUUUGCCGAUGACGUUGCCUCUUUGGAGGUCAUGCCCGUAUCAAAGAAUGAUGCAGGGGACUAUCUCUGCAAGGCUACCAAUGAAGCUGGUAGUGAAUUCUGCAAGGCCAAAGUGACUAUCAAAGAGAAAUCCAAAGCAACACCUAAACCCGCUGAAGAGGAAUCAACAGCAGCACCAGUGAAGAAACUAGACAACUUGUUCUUCAUCGAGGAGCCCAAGCCUUGCCAUGUAGCUGAGAAGGGCACUGCAACGUUCAUCGCCAAGGUUGGAGGUGAUCCCAUUCCUAACGUGAAAUGGAUGAAGGGCAAGUGGAGACAGAUCACUCAUGGUGGUCGCAUCACUAUUGAGCAGAAAGGCCCAGAUGCCAAGUUAGAGAUCAGAGAAAUAACAAAGUCUGACUCUGGACAGUACAGAUGUGUCGCAACUAACAAAGCUGGAGAAAUAGAAUGCAACACCGACAUGCAUGUUGAGGAAAGGAAAGAGGUUGUCGGAGUUGAGGGAGACUUCAGAGCAAAACUGAAGAAGACUCCAUCUAAGCAGAAGAGUCCCCAGGAAGAGAAAGACAUUGACAUUGUAGAGUUGCUCAGAAAUGUGGACCCUAAGGAGUAUGAGAAAUACGCCCGUAUGUAUGGUAUCACUGACUACCGUGGACUUCUUCAGGCCAUUGAGCAGUUGAAGAGGGAGAAAGCAGAAGAAAGUGGAAGACCGGAACCGGAGAGAGAGAGAGAAUCGGACGAGGAUUUGGCUGCUCUUGUGGCUGAUUUGCAAAAGAGAAUGGAACGUACUGAGCCUGUCACCGUGAAUAAGGACAUAACAGAUCAAUCUACAGUCACCAACAAGGUUGCCACCUUUGAGUGUGACAUCAAGAUCAACUUUCCAGAGAUCACCCUGUCCUGGUACAAGGGAACUCAGAAGCUUGACAACAAUGAAAAAUACGAAAUCAACAUUGUUGGUGACCGUCACAUUCUGAAGAUCAAGCAGUGUCAAACCAAAGACCAGGGCAACUACCGUGUUGUAUGUGGCCCACAUAUCUCCAGCGCCAAACUGACUGUUAUCGAGCCUGAGGUUGAGAAACAUCUGGAGGAAGUUGCGUGUAAGGAGGGGCAAACAUGUACACUGUCUUGCCAGUUUUCUAUCCCUAAUGUCGAAACACAGUGGUUUAAGAAUGGAAAGCUUUUAGAAAUGAAGGGCAGAUACUCGCAUGAGGUGGUCAACAAGAUUCAGAAGCUGUCGAUUAAAGACCUCCGACCAGAAGACCACGGACGCUAUACCUGCAGAUAUGACAACCUUGAAUCAACUGCAGAUCUAUGGGUUGAAGCUGAACAAAUUCACUUCACCAAACGUAUCCAGAACAUUGUGGUGGGCGAACGCCAAGCAGCCACCUUCGAAUGUGAGGUGUCUUUCGACAAUGCCAUCGUUACAUGGUACAAAGACACUUGGGAACUCAGAGAGUGCCCAAAGUAUAACUUCAGAAGCGAAGGCAGAAGACACUUUAUGAUCAUCCGCAAUGUAAUCAAUGAAGAUGAAGGCGUUUACUCGGUCAUUGUGAGGUUGGAGCCCAGAGGGGAAGCUAAAAGCACAGCUGAGCUUUAUCUUUCAGACAAAGAAAUUGAAUUAGCAGGGGUACCCCAUGAUGUCCCUGAUUCAUCAAUACGAAUCCCUGAUAUGCCAUCUUCAGUUACUCUAAAAGAAUCUUCUGAAUACUAUUAUGAAGAAGAGAUGGAAAUGAGAGAGGUGGAAAUGAGAGAGUAUGAAAGCUGGACAGAAGAGACAGUAGUACAGAAAAUCUCUACAACCACAGCCCCGAGAGUACCUGUUGAGGAAGAGUCCAUCCAGAGUAAGAAGGUUGGAAUGAGGGAGGAAAUGCCACAAAAAGUUUCUGAAGUGCACAAGAAACCCGAGGAGAAGGCUAAACCAGCUGAGGCAGCAGUACCACAUAAAGUACCUGAAGCCAAAAAGCCAGUGGAGGAGAAGAUAACUGCAGAGGUUGUCGCAGAGAAACUUCCCUCUCCAAAAGAAGAACAUGAAGAAGCAAAGGCACCUUUCCAUAAGCCAGCUGAGAAACCUGAACAGGUUCCAUUAAAGAAAGAUGUCCCUCAAGCUGCACCCCAUGUUGCGGAGCCAAAAGCUGAGCCAAAACCAGAGCCUAAAGUUUCACCUGUGGCUAAGGUUGAACCUGAACCGAAGGGUGCACCUAUAAAGAAACCAGAGAGUCCACCAUCCAAAGUUCCUGAGAAAGCUAAGAAACCAGAGGCUUCAAAACCAGAACCAGGAACGCCAGCAGCAGUUAAAAAGCCAGAGACUGCAUCUACUCCUUCUCCAAAGGAGCCAGAGCCUACUCCUGCUGCAAAGAAGGUCCCAUCACCACAAGUGCCAGCACAAAUAGCACAAAAAAGACAGGAGGUAACUCCGCAAAGACCAGCUACCAUCCCUCAAAAAGUGGACAGAGAGGACAUAGAGCCUCAUGUGCAACCUGUGCCAGAACAAGUUCCUGUGGAAGAAAGAAAACCAGAACCUCUUAAGGUUGCCAGAAAGCCUGAAUCAGUUAUUGUGACUCCAAAGGAAGAUACACCGCAAAAAGUAAUGGAGCCCAAACAAAAGCCUGUACCUGUUGAGAGGGUACCUGAGAAAAAACCUACUGAAAAGGUACCUGUUGAGAGGGUUCCUGAGAAAAAACCUACUGAAAAGGUACCUGUUACUAAACCUAAAAAGGAGAUGGAAGAAGAAAAGAAAGUUCCAACUUCAGAAAUAGAAGUAAUGCCACAAAGAAAAGGAACUCCGCCAGACACAGUACCAGCAAAGGAGAAGGAAUUACCCCUACAACCUGUUCGACCACUUACAAAGAAAGUGCCUAAACCAGAGAAAACAGUUGUUGCUGAGGAGGUGAAAGAAUCACCCCCAAAACCGGCUGAGCCACUUGUAAAGCGAGUGUCUUUAGCAGAGUCUAAGCCAGAGAAAACUAUUGCUGAAGAGGUGAAAGAAUCACCUCUUAAGCCGACUGAGCCACUGGCUAAGAAAGUAUCUAAACCAGAGUCUAAGCCAGAGACCAAGCCAGAGACGGUGGCAAAGAAAACAGCUAUUGCUGAGGAGGUGAAGGAAUCACCUCCAAAGCCCACUGAGCCACUUCCUAAAAAAGUGCCUAAGCCAGAGACUAUGGUUAUUGCUGAGGUAGAAUCUCCACCAAAGCCUACUGAGCCACUUGCAAAGAAAGUGGCUAAACCAGAGACUAAGCCAGAGAAGACAACUAAUGCUGAAGAAGAUGUUGUUCCCAAAAAAGUUCCAGCAAAGGAAUCACCUACAAAGCCUGCUGAGCCUCUUGCAAAGAAAGUGCCUGCACCAGAGAAAACAGCUAUUUCUGAACAGGUGGAGUCACCUCGAAAGCCUGCUGAGCCACUUCUUAAGAAAGUGUCUUUGCCAGAGUCUAAGCCUGAGCCUAAGUCUGAGCCUAAGCCAGAGAAGAAGGCUGUUGCUGAGCCUCCAAAGCCAGUGGAGCCACUUGUAAAGAAAGUCUCUAAGCCAGAGAAGAAGGCUGUUGCUGAAGUGGUGUCAAGUGAAGAUGUUGCUGCCCCAAAAGUACCAAUAAAGGAGAGCAAAACAUCUCCAAAGCCCACUGAGUCACUUGCAAAGAAAGUCAGUCCUCUUGAAGCUCCUCAAGAUAAGAAAAAGACUACACAGGAAACAAAGCCUGCCUUCCAAGUGCAAGAACAAGAUGAUAUGGAGACAGGUGAAGGCAAGCAGGCACCUGGACCUGCUAAGAAAGUUCUCCGACAAAAAGCAAAAAUUCAUGUUGAGAAAGAAGAAACACUUGUACUGCCAACCUUGAAGAAAACAACCAGGAUAUCCAAAGAUGUGGAGCAAGAACAGGAGAUUAUAUCACUGAAGAAAGUGCCUUCAGUCCCCUUUGAAGAUCUGCCAGCGCCACCAAAGAAACCUCCUCCAAAAAUUACGAAGCAUACAAUCCAUGACUUUGAAGAGAGAGUGUAUGAAGAAGUUGAAGUAACAGUAUAUGAAAGGUAUGAGGCAGAGCAAAUCGGCAAGACAGAUAAAAUCAGCCAGAUACCUGAUGGCGCUAAAGUAAAGACACCUAAAGAGGUUGAAACAAAAGACUCAACUGAGGACAAAUGGUCUCGGAAGACCAUUCUCAGAGAUGAAAAAGAAGAGGACAAAAUGACUUUGAAGAAAACUCCCAAGGCUGUGAAAGAAGAGGAACCAACAGACCCCAGUUUAGCCCUAAAGAAAGUGUCCAGAUUGCCAUCAGAUGAAAAAGGAGAAGAAACUGUGACGUUAAAACCGUUCCAAAAAUCUCCUAAAGCAGGAACCGUUGAGCCAGAGAAGGACAAGUACAAAGAUAAGGAAUCUGGGGCUUUCAAAAGAGGUGAGAGACCAUCAAGAGAUGAAGACAUCAAAGAACCUGUUGAUCGUAAGAAAGCUGAUAGAGUUCCUAGUGCUAAAGAAGAGUCACAGGCAGUCAAAUUAAAACCAGUGACCAAAGUUCCUGAAGAUGAACAAGUCCAGGAUUCGGACAAACCACUGACAAAGGUGAAAAGGAUUCCAAUACAGGAGCAAGAGAAGGAAGAUGUUAAAUUGAAGCCAUUUUCAAAGUCACCUAAAGCUGACACUGAAGCUGUGAAGCCUGAGAAUGAGGCUGAGAAGAAGAAAGAGGCUCAAAAAACCCUUCAACAAAAGCCAAGUCCUCCAAAGACAGCACCCAUAAAGAAAAUGGAAAAGAGUCCUAAAGAGGAAGAGCCAGUACAGUUAAAAAAGGUUGAGCAGGUGCCAAAAGAACAAGAGGACAAAGAAAAAGAUAAGCCUUCAAAGCAUGAAGAGACACUUAAGAAAAUGGUAGAACUGAAAAAGACUCCUUCACCUAAGGUUGAAAAACCAAAGCCAAAAGAAAUUGAAAAAAUUACUAUGGAGAGGAAGCCCAGUGCAGAAAGGACCAAAAAGCUACCCAAAGAAGUUUCACCAAAAGAUUCAUUUGAAGGUGUUACCCUCAAAAAAGUUCCAAAGAAAUCACCACAAGAGGAAACUGAUGGAGCAAGACUGAAGAAGGUGCCAGCAAUGAAAGAGCUUUCCCCUAAAGCUGUACAGUUACGAAAGAUCUCGACUCAGCUGGAGGAGGAAGUAUUUGAGGAGGAGCCAGAUGUUGAGGAGGAAUCUGACAGUGAAGGUUGGGGAUGGGAACUUGCCCCUCGUGAUAGUCCUGGAUCCGCAGAAGAUUUGGGAGAGGAAGGUGAUGCACUUGGAAUGCCAAGACGAGAUGGAAAGCCAGCAGAAGAAGCAGGCACAGGCAGAGGUAGAGGUAGAGGCCUCAAAGCAGGCAAAACCCCAUCCCCUGGUGAAGGCAGGGGUAGAGGACUGAAACCCGGUGGUGGAGGAGACAAACCACCCGAUGCUAAUCCUUUCGGAUUCCAGCUUAAAGCAGUUCCACUGAAGUUCACGAAACCGCUCAAAGACAUAGUGUUACAAGAAGGUGACGCUGUUGGUGCUUCUGCUACGUUUGAGUGUGAGGUUUCACCUUCUACUGCAGUAACUACAUGGAUGAAAGAUGACAGCAACCUAAGAGAGAGUCCAAAACACAAAUUCACCUCUGAUGGCAAAGAUCGCAGACUAGCCAUUAUUGACGUCCAACUUUCUGACACUGGAGAAUAUACCUGUGUGGCCAAGCUGGGCAACAAGGAAAAGACAACAACCGCUAAACUCAUUGUUGAAGAACUGCCCGUGAAGUGGGUGAAGGAGCUGGAUGAGGAGACGUCAGUCCUGAAGGGGCAGCCUAUGUACCUGACCUGUGAGUUGAACAAGGAGAGAGAAGUGACCUGGAUGAAGAGUGGUAAGGUCCUCAAAGUAAUCCCUGGAAAGGUGGCCAUCAACGUCAUUGGAAUGCAACAUGCCGUUACGAUCCAGAACACGGGCGAUGACGACGCUGGAAUCUACGCAUGCGAGUGUGAACUCAUCAGGACCAAAACAACUGUGAAAAUCAUUGAAAUUAUCAGAGACUGGUUGGUGAAACCAUUGAGAGAUCAGCAUGUGAAACCCAAGGCCACUGCCACUUUCAAGUGUGAGCUCUUCAAAGAAACCCCCAACUGGAAGUUUUUCAAAGGCAACGAUGAGAUUACUAAUGAUCCUACUGACAAGACUGAGGUCAAGAAAGAAGGAAAAGUCUUGACUCUCACAAUAAAGAAUGCACAGCCCGACGAUAUUGGAGAAUAUGCCAUGGAAGUUGAAGGCCACAGAUACACAGCUAAACUGACUCUUGGAGAACGUGAAGCUCAGAUCUUGAAGCCUCUCUCCAGUUGUGAGGUGGUCGAGAAAGAGGAUGUUACAUUUGAAACUGAGAUAUCUGAAGAGGAUGUGCCUGGAGAAUGGAAACAUAGAGGGCAGGUCUUAACAAGAUCACCGACAUGUGAGAUCAAAAUGGAGGGCAAGAAACGUUUCCUAACUCUGAAAAGUGUUCCACUGGACGCGUCUGGUGAAGUGUCUUAUACAGCUCUGAAUGCUGUCACUAGUGCUGUGCUCACAGUCAAGGAACUGGAAAUGGACUUCACAGUCCCCUUGAAGGACGUGUCUGUACCUGAAAAGAAACAGGCUAUGUUUGAGUGUACUAUCACAAAGGAUGUGCCUAAAGUCAUGUGGUUUAAGGGUUCUGACACCAUUGGUACAUCAGACAAAAAAUAUGAAAUAAUCGAUGAUGGAAAAAAACACAUGUUGGUCAUAAACAAUUGUGAGUUUGAUGAUGAGGGAUUUUACAGUAUUGAAGCCUUGGGCAAAAAGUCAACCGCUACACUCACUGUGGAGGGUAUGAGGCUCAAAUUUGAAUUGCCACUUCAGGACCAAACUGAGAAGGAAGGUAACACUGCUCGGUUUGAGCUUGAGCUCUCUCAUGAGAAUGUACCUGUGACAUGGUACAAAAAUGAAACCAAACUCCAUGUGAGCCGAACCGUGCUCAUCUAUAGUCGUGGAAAGAAACAUACACUAGAAAUCAAGGAGUUGACUCUAGAUGAUAUCUGCCAGAUUAAGGCAGAGGCUAAAGGAAUUCCCUCAAUGGCAAACCUGACGGUGAUAGAGGGUGAUGCAUACUUCGUAGUGAAGUUGCAGGAUUAUACUGCAGUCGAGAAAGACGAAGUAACUCUGGACUGUGAACUCAGCAAAGAUGUCCCAGUCAUGUGGUACCAUAAUGAGACUGAAAUUAAGGCCUCUAAGAUGGUAACCAUAAGUGCUGAUGCAAAUCGAAGAGUGUUGUCCAUUAAGAAAGUGGAUGACAGAGAUAAGGGCCAAUACAUAUGUGAUUGUGGAACGGACAAAACCAUGGCAAAUAUUAACAUCGAGGCUCGAGAUAUAAAGAUAACUCGCCCAAUGUAUGGCGUUGAGGUCUUUGAUGGUGAGACCGCUCGUUUUGAGGUAGAACUCUCUGAAGAUGAUGUUCAUGGACAGUGGAAACUGAACGGAGAAGUCCUUACUCAAUCCCCUGAUAUUGAAAUCAUAGAGGACGGUGCAAAGCACACGUUGAUAUUGUACAACCUCAAGGCCCCCUUGUCAGGGGAGAUUGGAUUUACAGCUGCCAAUGCUAAAUGUGUUGCUAAUCUGAAAGUGAAAGAGAGUCCUAUUACAUUUGUCACACCUUUGAGUGAUGUGCAAGUGUAUGAAAAGGAUGAGGCCAGAUUUGAGUGUGAGGUGUCGAGAGAACCCAAGAGCUUCCGUUGGUUCAAGGGAUCUCAUGAGUUGACAGCUGAUGAUAAGUUUGAUAUUAUCCAUGAGGGAAAAAGACACACUCUGGUGGUCAAAUCUGCCGCAUAUGAUGAUGAAGCUAAGUACAUAUUUGAGGCAGAAGACAAGAGAACCACUGGCAAACUAGUUAUCCAAGGAAUUCGCCUUGAGUUUGUCAAGCCCAUUAAGGAUGUCACUGUCAAGGAGCGUGAGACGGCAGAGUUCAGUAUUGAACUCUCACAUGACAACAUCCAGGUCACCUGGUACAAGAACGGUGUGCGUUUGCAUCCCAGCAAAGUUGUGCACAUGUCAGACGAUGGCAAGAUGCACAAAUUGACCUUCAAGGAGGUGUCCAUUGAUGACACAUCCAUGAUCAAAGUAGAAGCCAUGGGCAAAAGCUCAGAGGCCAUGCUCACAGUCCUCGAGGGAAAGCCUUACUUCACGACAAAACUGCAUGACUACUCAGUCACUGAGAAGGAUGAACUGACAAUGGUUUGUGAACUGAGCAAGCCCAAUGCAGAGGUGAAAUGGUUCAAAGGUGGCCAGCAAAUCACUCCCUCCAAGAAUGUGGCCAUCAAAGCCGAUGGAAAGAGGCGUAUGCUGAUCAUUAAGAAGACAGAGAAAGCCGACAUUGGAGAAUACACCUGUGAUUGUGAUUCGGAUAAAACUACAGCCAAGCUCAACAUUGAAGAGCGUGACAUUAAGUUUGUCAGGCCCCUGUACAGCGUGGAAGUCACAGAAACUGAAAUUGCCAAGUUUGAGACUGAGAUCUCUGAGGAGGAAGUUCAUGGUCACUGGAAACUCAAGGGAGAGGCCCUUCAUCAGUCUGCUGACUGUGAGAUAAAGGAGGAGGGUACAAGGCAUGUGCUGAUCCUGUACAACGUUCGCAUGGAUCAGGCCGGAGAAGUUGACUUCCAGGCUGCCAAUGCUAAAUCCAAUGCUCAGCUUAGAGUUAAAGCGCGAGUGAUCGGCCUGCUGCGGCCUCUCAAGGAUGUUACUGUUACUGCCGGGGAGACCGCCACCUUCGACUGUGAACUGUCAUAUGAAGGAAUUGCUGUGGAAUGGUUCCUAGGGGGUGCAAAGUUGGAGCCAAGUGACAGAGUGGUCACCCGAGCAGAAGGCAAAACUCACACUCUGACUCUCAGAGAUGUCAAGAUUUCAGAGGAUGGGGAAGUUAAACUCACUGCAAAGGAUUUCCAGAUUGAGGCCAGACUACAUGUGAAUGAGCCACCAGUUGAGUUCAGCAAGCCUCUGGAGGACCAGACAGUUGAGGAAGAGGCUACUGCUACUUUGGAGUGUGAAGUCUCCAGAGAAAAUGCUGAGGUCACGUGGUUCCAGGACGGACAGGAGAUACGCAAAACUAAGAAAUAUGACAUUGUUGCCGAUGGCCGCAAGAGAAGACUAAUCAUUCAUGGCUGCACUCUUGAUGAUUCAAAAACAUAUACCUGCGACGCCUCAGAAUUCAAAACCUCUUGCUUCCUUAACGUUGAACCUCCACAUGUUGAGUUCUCUACGCCACUCCAUGAUGUUGAGGUCAAAGAAAAGGACUCUGCCAGAUUUGAAUGUGAAGUAUCUCGCGAAAAUGUCAAGGUCCGUUGGUUGAAGGACAGCAGUGAAAUCAGAAAGGGAAAGAAAUAUGAAAUAAUUGCCAAAGGUCGCCAACACAUCCUCAUCAUCCACAAAUCAGUGUUCGAUGAUGAAGCAGAAUAUGAAUGUGAUGCAAAGGUCUCCAAAUCCUCUGGCAUGCUUACAGUCAUUGAGGAAGAGGCUAGGUUCACCAGGAACCUGUCUAACGUGGAGGGAACAGAAACAGACAGCGUGAAGAUGAUUUGUGAAGUGUCAAAGGCCGAUGCUGAUGUCAUGUGGUAUAAAGGAGACCAGGAACUGCCAGAGGGAGGAAGAUACGAUCAGAUCGUAGACGGCAGGAAGAGGAUACUCAUCAUUCAGGAUCUCAAAACAGAUGAUGCUGGAGAGUACCAUUGCAAAUUGUCCAGCUCAAAGACAACUGGAAACCUGAAAAUAAAUGAACUGGCUGCUGAGUUUAUCUCCAAGCAUCAGAGUCAGGAGGUGGUUGAGGGAGAAAAGGCUGAGUUUGUCUGCUCAGUCUCUAAAGACACAUUCAUUGUCAAAUGGAUGAAGGAUGAUCAGGAGCUAGAAAAAGGGGACAAGUACGACAUUGUCUGUGAUGGCAAGAGAAGAAUACUUGUUAUCAAGAACUCUGAACCCAAGGAUGAGGGAGCCUAUGUUGCCCUCAUUGGUACCACCAGAGCUACAGCUGACCUGUUUGUUCUUGAAAAACUCAGGAUCAUUACACCAAUCAAAGACACAGAAGCUAAAGAGGGACAAGAGAUGGUCUUCAACUGUGAGGUGAACUCUGAGGGAGCUAAAGCUAAGUGGCUGAAGAACGAUGAGACCAUGUUUGAGAGCAGCAAGUUCGUCAUGAUCCAGAAAGACAACGUAUUCUCUCUGAGGAUCAAGGAUGCUGAGAAGUCAGAUGAAGGGAACUAUACUAUUACAUUAACUAACCACCGUGGUGAACAUGCCAAGAGCUCUGGCAAACUUACCGUAAAAGAGGAGAGUCUGAAGAUCAUUGUACCUCUUGAGGACUGCGACACACAGGAAAAGAAGACUGUUAGCUUCUCUUGCAAGGUCAACAGGCAGAAGGUUACUCUGAAAUGGAUGAAGGCUGGUCAGGAGAUCACACUCAGCAAACGCAUCCUCUACAGGGUGGACCAAUACAAGCACACACUGACCAUCAAGGACUGUACUCUCGCUGAUGAGGGUGAAUACACCGUCAUGGCUGGUGAUGACAAGUCUACAGCUGAGAUGAUCAUCAGUGAAGCCCCCACUGACUUCUCCGCACAACUCAAAGACCAGACCAUCACUGAGUUUGAGGAUGCUGAGUUCACCUGCAAACUCACCAAGGAGAAGGCUGAGGUGAAAUGGUACAGGAAUGGACGUGAGAUCAGAGAGGGACCCAGGUACAUCUUUGAAAAAGAGGGCAAGACCUGCAGGCUGCGUAUCAAGGAGUGCAGACCAGAUGAUGAGUGUGAAUAUUCUUGUGGCGUCGAUGAAAGGAGAUCACAUGCCCAACUCUUUGUUGAAGAGACCGCAGUUGAGAUUGUCAGACCACCUCAGGAUGUGUUUGAGCCUCCAGGCUCUGAUAUUGUGUUUGAGGUGGAGCUCAACAAAGACAGAGUUGAGGUCAAAUGGUUGAGGAACAACAUGACCAUUGUCCAGGGUGACAAGUACCAGAUGAUGAGCGAGGGCAAGAUCCACAGACUCCAGGUGUGUGAGAUCAGGCCUCGUGACCAGGGAGAGUACAGAAUAAUCGCCAAAGACAAGGAUGCCAGAGCCAAGCUGGAACUGGCAGCUAAGCCAAAUAUCAAGACUAUGGAUCAGAGCUUAGUAACAGACGCUGGAAAGCCCAUCGUCAUGUUAGUGCCCUACAGCGCGUAUCCUAAAGCUGAGGCUGAGUGGUUCUAUGAUAACGUCAGCCUGCCCAAGGACAACAUCCACACCGUUGGGGACAGCACAGAGUACAGGCUGAAGGACCCUAAGAAGUCCGAUCAGGGACGUUACAAGGUUAUCAUCAAGAACAAACACGGACAGGGAGAGGCAUUCAUUAAUCUGGAUGUCAUUGAUGUCCCUGGACCCGUGAAGAGCCUUCACGUGGUUGACACUGCCGAUGGUGAGGUCAGCCUGGUCUGGGAAGAGCCAGAGAGCGAUGGUGGCAGCAAGAUCAUUACAUACUUGGUGGAGAGGCGUGAUGUCAAGCGCAAGACAUGGACUCUUGCAACUGACCACUCCGACGCUCCAGAAUACACUGUGACCGGACUCCAGAGGGAAUCCAUGUACCUAUUCCGUGUUUGUGCUCGCAACAGAGUGGGCAGUGGACCAAAUGUUGAGACAGAGAAACCUGGUGUUUAUGCCAAGAACAAGUUUGAUGUUCCUGAUGCUCCUCAGGAUGUGAGUGUUGGAAACGUGAGUAAGUUUGGUGCCACAGUCUCCUGGGAAAAACCAGUGUCUGACGGAGGGUCUGAGAUCACAUCCUACAUCGUUGAGUCCCGUGACAGGACCUCUGUGAAGUGGGCUGUGGCUAUGAUCAGUAAACCAACAGAUCGCAGCGCAAUCAUCAACGACGUCAUUGAGAACAAGGAAUACAUCUUUCGUGUCAAGGCUGAAAACAAGGCUGGCAUUGGCAAACCGAGUGCUGCUACCAAUCCAGUUAAGAUCAUGGACCCCAUUGAGAGGCCAAGCCCACCACAGAACCUGGUACCCUCAGAGCAGAACAAGAACUCAGUCCAGCUGACAUGGGAGAUCCCAUUGAAGAAUGGAGGCAGCAUGAUCACUGGCUACAUCAUUGAGAGAUGUGAGGACGAAACAGACCAUUGGCUCAGAUGCAACGCCAGGCUCUGCCAGGAUCUCACCUACAAGAUAUCUGGCCUGAAAUAUGGCAAAAAAUACAACUACAGGGUGAUGGCUGAGAAUGCAGCUGGAGUGUCUGACCCAUCCAACACACUGGGACCCAUGCUGGCUGAUGAUACACAUGUUGGCCCCACAAUGGACCUGAGUGGAUUCAAGGAUGGCCUGGAGGUCAUUGUUCCUCAUCCCCUUACUAUCCGUGUCCCUAUCUCUGGAUAUCCCACACCAAAUGCAAAGUGGAGCUUCGCUGAUAAGGAACUCACUGCUGGUGAACGUGUGUCCAUGAUUACAAAGAGUACCUACGUAGAACUGACCAUCACUCCAAGUGUGCGUCCAGACAGAGGUGUAUACACUCUUACUCUGGAGAAUGAUAUUACCAGUUGCUCCGGAGAGAUUGAAGUCAACGUUAUCGCAUCCCCAAGUGCACCCAAAGACUUCAAGGUUGCCGAGGUGACCAGACAGCAUGUGCACCUGAUGUGGGAGGCGCCAGAGCAUGAUGGAGGAAGCCCUCUGACUGGCUACCAGAUUGAGAAACGUGACAUAUCCCGCAAGACCUGGGUCAAGGUGAUCACUGGUGUUCAAGACCAGGAGUUCACUGUCACUGAUGUCGUUGAGGGUAAAGAGUAUCUGUUCAGGGUUACUGCCUGCAACAAGUGUGGCCCAGGAGAGCCUGCCUACAUUGACGAGCCAGUCAAUGUGUCCUCCCCUGCCACCGUGCCAGACCCACCUGAGAACCUGAAAUGGAGGGACAAGUCAGCUUCUGGCAUCUUCCUGACCUGGGACCCACCCAAGUGGGACGGCGGCACUGGAAUCAAGGGCUACAACAUAGAAAGGUGCCAGCGUGGCACAGACAAGUGGGAGUCCUGCGGAGAUCAGGUCCCUGAGUUGAAAUUGCAAGUGACUGGUCUCAUUGAGGGACAGUGGUAUGCCUACCGCGUGAAGGCCUUGAACAGACUGGGUGCCAGCAAACCCUGCAAGGCUACAGAUGAGAUUUUGGCUGUUGAUCCUAAAGACCCCCCAGAGAUUCUUCUGGAUGUCAAAUGUCUUGCUGGACUGACCGCCAAAGCUGGCUCUAAGAUUGAGCUUCCAGCUGAUGUUCUUGGAAAGCCCGUACCUAAAGUGAAAUGGACCAAGGGUGACAUGGUUCUGAAGGGGGACGAUAGAGUUUCUAUUGACGACAAGCCUGGUCACUCCGUUGUUACUAUCAGCAAGACAACAAGAGAGGACACAGCUACCUACAUCAUUGAAGCACACAACAGCUGUGGCCGUGCUACUGCAACCGUUGACGUCAACAUUCUAGAUAAGCCUGGUCCUCCAGCUGCGUUUGAUAUCUCUGAGAUCACCAACAAGUCCUGUUUCCUGGCCUGGAACCCUCCCAGAGAUGAUGGAGGUGCAAAGGUCACUAACUACAUAGUGGAGAGGAGAGCCGCAGAAAGCGAGAUCUGGCACAAGCUCUCCUCCACUGUCAAAGAGACCAACUUCAAGGCCCUCAACCUGACAGCUUUCAAGGAAUACAUCUUCAGAGUGUUUGCUGAGAACCAGUUUGGUAUUGGUGCGCCAGCGGAACAUAUGCCAAUCAUUGCCAGAUAUGCCUUUGAUUCUCCUGGUGCACCAACCAAGCUGGAGCCUUCUGAUAUUGUUAAAGAUGGCCUGACUCUGAAUUGGUAUGAGCCUGAAGAGGAUGGUGGCAGUCCUAUCACUGGGUACUGGGUUGAAAGGUUUGAACCAGACCAGAACAGAUGGAUCAGAUGCAACAAGAUCCCAAUCAGAGACACAACAUUCAGAGUCAAAGGACUACCCACAAGGAAGAAGUAUAAGUUCAGAGUCUUGGCUGAGAAUCUCGCCGGACCUGGAAAACCAAGCAAGGAAACUGACCAGAUCUUGGUCAAGGAUCCUAUUGAUCCUCCAUGGGCUCCUGGUAAGCCAACCGUCAAAGACGUGGCCAAGACCUCUGCCUUCCUACAGUGGACCAAGCCUGAGCAUGACGGUGGUGCCAAGAUCGAGGGCUACAUCAUUGAGCUCCUGAAGAGUGGAACUGAGCAGUGGGUCCGUGUUUCAGAAGGAAUCAAUAUCCUGGAGCACUUCCUGAGAGGCCUGAUGGACAGACAGGAGUACUCCUUCAGGGUCAUUGCAGUCAACAUUGCUGGGGAGAGUGAACCCAGCGAGCCUAGCGAUCCAGUUCUGUGCAAGGAGAGACUCAAUCCUCCUACACCCCCACGCUGGCUGGAUGUCAUCAACAUUUCCAGUAACAGUGCUGAGCUGAAGUGGACAGUACCAGAGAAGGAUGGUGGUUCACCCAUCACCAACUACAUUGUUGAGAAGAGGGACGUCAGGCGUAAGGGCUGGCAGGCAGUGGACACUACUGUGAAGGAGCUGAAGUACACGGUCACUCCACUGAAUGAGGGCUCCCUCUAUGUGUUCCGUGUGGCUGCUGAGAAUGCUGUUGGACCCAGUGAAUUCUGUGAACUGGAAGACUCCAUUAUGGCUAAAGAUACUUUCACUACCCCUGGACCACCAUAUAAUCUCUCUGUCCAUGGAGUGUCAAAGAGACAUGUUGACUUGCAAUGGGACGCCCCCAAGAAUGAUGGUGGCAAACCAGUUCUGAGAUACUCAAUUGAAAAGAAGGAGAAACUGGGCACCCGCUGGGUGAAGUGUGGUAAGACCUCAGGUGCUGACUGCAAGUACAGAGUGACAGACGUCAUUGAAGGAACCGAGGUUCAGUUCCUGGUUCGUGCUGAGAAUGAGGCCGGUGUUGGACACCCUAGUGAACCAACAGAAAUUAUUGCUAUUGAAGAUCCAACAGGUGUACCCUCUCCUCCAAUUGAGCUCCACAUCACUGAAGCCAGCAGAGAGCAUUUGUGUAUUGCUUGGAGACCACCAGAGAGAACUGGCGGCAGCCCUGUAACUGGCUACCAUAUCGAGCUCUGUGAGGCUGGUACUGAGAAGUGGAUGAGAAUCAACUCUCGCCCAAUCAAGGAGCUCAAAUACAAAACAGAGGAGGGCAUCAUCCCAGAGAAACAAUACGUCCUGAGAGUCCGUGCCAUAAACUCUGUUGGAGUUAGUGAGCCAUCGGAUAUCUCUGAGAAGGUCUAUGCCAAGGACUCUGACUGCAUCCCAAUCCUUGAGUUCCAGACUAAGGACAUUGUGAUUGUUGAGGGAGAGAAGUGGCAUCUCCCCAUCCCAUUCAGAGCAGUGCCCAAACCCAAGAUCACCUGGCACAAAGACGGAAAGGAGCUGAAGGACGAUGAGAGAAUGACCUUCAGCCAGGAGUACCUCUCCUGCCACCUGGAGAUCGAGAGCUGCCUCCAUGCAGACGCCGGCCAGUACAAGGUCACACUGGAGAACUCCUUGGGAACUAGCAGCGGAACAAUCAAUGUUAAAGUUGUUGGCCUGCCCGGUCCCUGCAAAGACAUUGUUGCCAGUGAAAUCACCAAGAGCUCUUGCAAGGUUUCCUGGGAUCCUCCCAACUAUGAUGGUGGCAGCCCUGUUCUCCACUAUGUACUACAGCGCAGAGAGGCAGGCCGGAGGACCUAUGUCAACAUGAUGUCUGGAGAGAACAAAGUCAGCUGGCCCGUCAAGGAUCUGAUCCCCAAUGGAGAGUACUACUUCCGGGUCAAAGCUGUCAACAAGAUUGGUGGUGGGGAGUACAUUGAGCUCCGCAACCCCGUGAUCGCAGAGGAUCAGAAGCAGCGCCCUGACCCUCCAUUAGAUGUUGAGACUCACAACCCUACUUCUAAGACUAUCACCCUCACAUGGAAACCACCUAUGUAUGAUGGGGGCUGCAAGAUUAUGGGCUACGUUCUGGAGAUGAUGAUGAAGGGUGAUGAGAACUUCACAAGAUGCAACGACUUCCUUGUGCCUGUGCUGUCCUACACAGUGAGGAAUCUCAGGGAAGGAAAACAAUACCAGUUCCGUGUACGAGCUGAGAAUGCUGCCGGAGUCAGCGACCCAUCACGCAGCACACCAAUGGUGAAGGCUACUGAUGCUGUUGAAACACCUAAGGUGUUCCUCAGUGGAAGCCUGCAGUCCGGUAUGAGCAUUAAGAGAGGUGCUGAGAUCAGACUGGACGCCAACAUCUCUGGAUCCCCAUACCCUCAAAUCACAUGGUAUAGGAACGACGUGGUCAUCAGACCUGAAGCCAUGAAGAAGAGACCAGAGAAACCAAUUGUUAAGAAGAAGGAGGUGAAGAAGGAGGAAAAGAAGGAAGUGAAGGAAGGAGAAAAUAAGCAAGUCAAGGAGGGAGAGGUUGAGGCUCCAGCUGCAGAGGCCCCAGCUGCAGAGCCUGCCCAUGAAGAGCCUGAGGAGGAACUCCCUGACUACCCAACCCUCCAGGAACGUCUCACCAUCCAUGACAAGAAGAGGGGAGAAUCCUCUUGCAUUGUCAGGGACACCAUCAGGGGUGACCAUGGCGUGUACACCAUCAAGGUUGAGAACGACCAUGGUAUUGCCUCUGCAACUUGUGAAGUCAAUGUGCUAGAUGUACCUGGUCCUGCAAUCAACUUCAGGUUUGAGGAGAUCAGGAAGAACUCUGUCAUCUGCAAGUGGGAUCCUCCCAUGGAUGAUGGUGGCAGUGAGAUCCUGAACUACACCUUGGAAAGGAAGGACAACUCCAAGGUGGAGAUCGGAUGGAUCACCGUAACCUCAACGCUCAGAGGAUGUAGAUACCCCGUGACCAAACUGAUAGAGAAGAAGGAGUACAUCUUCCGUGUCACUGCUGAGAACAAGUUUGGUCCUGGACCCCCAUGUAUCUCUAAGCCAAUUAUUGCCAAGGAUCCAUUUGACCCACCAGAGGCUCCAGAGAAGCCUGAGAUUGACGGCAUCACAGCCAACUCCAUGCUGGUUACCUGGGAGGUUCCAAACGACAUGGGCAGCCCCAUCCUUGGUUACUGGGUGGAGCGUCGUGAGAUCAACAGCACCCAUUGGACCAGAGUCAACCGGGUAAUUUUGGAGGAUACAGAAUUGAAUGUGGAAGGCCUACUGGAGGGUCUGACAUAUAUCUUCAGGGUGGCUGCUGAGAAUCAAGCUGGGCCUGGGAAGUUCAGCGUCCCCUCUGAUCCCAUGACAUGCCAGGAUCCAAUCUUGCCACCUGGACCACCAUUCCCAAGAAUCCUUGACACCACUGAGUCUUCCAUUGAUGUGGAAUGGGAUCCUCCUGCCUCCAAUGGAGGUGGAGAGAUCCUGGGAUACCAUGUUGACAAGACCCUAGCAGGCACCAAUGACUGGUCCCGCUCCACAGAGAGACCCUGGAAGACCCGGGCCUUCACUGUGUAUGGAGUCAGAGAAGGAGCCAAGUACCUGGUCCGUGUGAUCGCAGUCAAUGGAGCUGGUGAAGGAACUCCUGGCUUGACUGAAUCAGUCUUUGUCAGAGAUCCUAAAGAGGCUCCAGUGGUAGAGUUGGAUCUCACUGUGAGGAACGGCGUAAUGAUCAGAGCUGGGGAGCCACUGAUUCUGCCUGCCCUGGUCACUGGUAAACCUCCUCCAGACAUCAAAUGGACCAAAGAUGACGGUCCACCUGACAAAGACCACGUCCAGAUUGAAAAUGUUGGAAAGGAAAGCACUCUCAGUAUCAAGGCCGCCACGAGAAAGGAUCCUGGCAAAUACCAGAUCAGUGCAAGGAAUAGCAGCGGAAUCAAGUCUACAUGGACAAGGGUUGAUGUCAUGGAUGUUCCCGGGCCUGUGCUGGACCUGAAACCUGUGGUGGUAACCAGGAAACUGAUGAUUCUGAACUGGUCCGAUCCUGAUGACGACGGUGGCAGUGAUCUGACCGGCUUCAUCAUUGAGAGAAGAGAUCCCAAGAUGCACACGUGGAGACAGCCCAUCGAGACUCCCUCAUCUAAGUGUGAGAUUGUGGGUAUUGUUGAAGGACAGGAGUACAUCUUCCGGGUUGUGGCGAAGAACAAGUUUGGCUGUGGCCCUCCUGUUGAUCUGGGCCCUAUUGCUGCAGUGGAUCCUAAAGCUCCACCAACUUCACCUGAGAGGUUCCACUACACUGAGAGGACAAAGACUUCCAUCAGCCUUGCCUGGAGACCUCCCCGCAACGAUGGAGGCAGUCCAAUCUUGGGCUACUUUGUUGAGAAGAAGAAGCACGAUGCCCCAGCAUUUGAGCCUUGUAACACAGAGAUGUGCAAGGACCUCUUCAUGACCGUCGAGAACCUUGAGGAGCUGUUUAUGUAUGAGUUCCGUGUCAAGGCUGUCAAUUUGAUUGGACCAAGUGAACCUGGAAUUCCACUCACCAUUGUUAUUCAAGAUGAUGAAGUUCCUCCUACUGUGAGGAUGUUAAAGACCUUCAAGGGAGAUGCCAUCACCGUCAAGAAGGGAGAGCCUAUUGAAAUCCCUGCUGAGGUGACUGGUCUUCCAAUGCCCAAGGUUGAAUGGUUGAAGGAUGAAGUCAUUAUUGCAGAGCCCACUGAGACUCUGUUGAUGGACACCAAGGAGAUCAACAGAAUCCAGUCCAACACCAAGCUUAGUAUCCCUGCAGCAGCCAGAUUGGACAAAGGCAUCUUUACAGUGACUGCCUCCAACCGUCUUGGGUCAGCUAGUCACACCAUCAAGGUUAAUGUGUUAGACCGUCCUCUGCCACCAAGGAAUGUGAAUAUUGGUAACAUCAAGGCUGAGUCCUGCAAGCUGACCUGGGACGCCCCAGAGGACGACGGAGGAAGUGAGCUCACUAACUACAUUGUUGAGAAGCUGGACAUUCUUCCUGAGGUGGAACCUGAAGAUGAAUAUGAGGAUUCUGAGGAUGAGGAGCCUAAGCCUAAGCCUGAGCCUAGAGCCAUUCCUGUAUGGACGGUGAUCACCAACAGCAUCAUUGAGAAACGACUCGGGGUUUGGAAUCUGGGAACCGGUAGCCAGUACCAGUUCAGAGUGAGAGCAGAGAACAAGUAUGGACAGAGUGACGCCUGCGAAACAGAGGCCACCGUCAUCAAGGAUCUGUACGGACUCCCUGGUCCUCCAGAGAAACCAAAGAUCGCAGAGCACACCAGGUCCUCCAUGCUUGUGACAUGGGACCCUCCACGAGACAACGGUGGAUCCACUAUCUCUGGCUACUGGCUGGAGAAGAGGGAGAAAGGUUCAUCUUAUUGGGCCCGGGUGAAUAAAGCCCCAGUGACCAAGCGCGGCCCUAAGGGCUGGGAGUUCCUGGUUGUUCGUAUGAUUGAGGGGUCCGCAUAUGAGUUCCGUGUCAUGGCUGUCAAUAUUGCCGGUAUUGGACCCCCCAGUGGACCUUCCGAUCCUGCAAACGCAGUAGACCCUCUUAUGAAACCUGGGAUGCCAGCACCACCAGAGGUCGCAGACAAAACCAAGCACAGUGUCACCCUCACAUGGUCUCCACCUGAGAAAGACGGGGGAAGCCCCAUCAAGGGUUACAUCGUUGAGAUCCAGGAUGAAGGCAGCUCUUUCUGGAACAGGAUCACAGAUCUAGAUACUCUGCAUGAGACCACAGAGCUCACUGUCCCAAGUCUCAAAGAGCUGAAACACUACAAGUUCAGAGUCACAGCUGUCAAUGACAUCGGCGAGUCUGACCCGAGUCCCAAGACUGAAGUACUAAUUGAGGACGUACAUGUGGGGCCGAAGAUCCUUAUUGAUUGCAUUGUGGAAGAUUUGCUCUGCGUCCGAGCUGGUCAUGCCUUUAGAAUCCCUGCCACCAUCAAAGGGCGUCCCGUUCCUAAGGUGACCUGGGAAUACACUGGUCCAGCAAAGACCCACAAGAAGAAUCGCCUUCAUGUCCUUCCAGUUGAUUCAGAGAUUGAAUCUACUGAUACUACCUCAAACAUCACUGUACCUGUGUGCUUGAGGACCCACUCUGGAAGAUACACCAUCACAGCCAAGAAUAAGGCUGGACAGAAACAUGUCAACGUCAGAGUCAAUGUUCUCGAUGUGCCUGGUGCUCCUAGAGAGCUCAAAGUGACUGACAUCACCAGAGCUACCAUGAGGCUGAUCUGGAAACUGCCUGCUAAUGAUGGUGGCGAGAGGAUCAAGAGUUACUUCAUUGAGAAGAAGAAUGUGACAGGAAAGGCUUGGACCAUAGUAAACCAGUGCUGUUUCAGCCAGGCCUACAUUGUGGAGGGACUGCUGGAGGGACAGGAGUAUGUAUUCCGUGUGCGGGCAGAGAACCGUCUGGGAAUGGGACCUUUCACUGAGACCACUGAGCCUGCUAGGGCAAGAGACCCCAUCUACAUACCUGAUCCCCCAACCCAUGUCAAGAUCAAUCUGGUAACCAAGGAUACAGUGACCCUGACAUGGGUGCCACCUAAGAACAACGGUGGUUCUCCUGUGACGCACUACAUCAUUGAGCGCCUGAGCUGGGACACCAGCGGCCCGGAGAAAGAGACGUGGAAGCAGUGUAACAAGCGAAACGUUGAGGAAACCAUCUUCAUCAUUGAAGAUCUUAAAAAUGGAGGAGAGUAUGAGUUCCGCGUCAAGGCUGUGAACGAGGCCGGCCCAAGCAGACCAUCUGCUACCGCUGGACCAAUCAUUAUUAAGGACCAGACAUGUGCUCCUACCAUUGAACUGAAGGAACAGAUGGAAGGUGAAGAGGGACUAGAUGUCCAUAUUGUGGCUAGGGUCCAUGGCUGUCCAUUCCCCUCCCUCGUAUGGCAGAAGGCUCCCAUUGCCAAGCCUGAAGACAAGGCUGUAGUGCAAUAUGAUCAGCAUGUCAACAAGCUGGUCGUUGAUAACAAAUGUACGCUGCUGAUCCAGCAGUCCAAGAGAGACGACAGCUCCCUGUACACUAUCACUGCUAGCAAUAGUCUGGGCAAAGCAUCUAAGUUAAUCAAACUCACUGUCCUAGGACGACCUGGCGUACCUGUCGGGCCAAUCGAAUUCAAAGAGGUGUUUGCCGAGAGGAUAACACUCGCAUGGAAACCACCUAGAGAUGACGGUGGCUCCAAGGUUACAAACUACGUCGUUGAGAAACGUGAGGAAAACAGAAAGUCAUGGGUGCACGUUUCCGACGACCCCAAAGAAGGCCUGUAUACAGUUCAGAGGCUGACUGAGGGCCAUGAGUAUGAGUUCCGUGUCAUGGCUCAGAACAAAUAUGGAGUUGGACCGCCGCUGUACAGCGAACCUGAGAAAGCAAGGAAUCUGUUCACUGUCCCUGGCCAAGUUGAGAAGCCCAUAGUGGAAGACGUGACUCUUGAGUCUAUGGUGAUCGUCUGGGAUGAGCCAAAAUACGAUGGUGGAUCUCCAGUUAGUGGUUACUGGCUAGAGCGUAAAGAGACCACGGCUAAGCGCUGGACCAAAGUGAACCGCACCCCCAUCAGGGUCAUGCCCCUGGGUCAGGAGUAUGAGAUCACUGGUCUGCAGGAGGGAGCAAUCUACCAGUUCCGUGUGACCGCAAUCAACGCAGCUGGCAUGGGACUUCCUAGUGUCCCAUCGGAUCCUGUUCUUUCAAGAGACCCUAUUACUGUCCCCGGUCCCCCAACCCCCAAAGUAACAGACUGGACCAAGUCAACAGUGGAUCUGGAGUGGAUCCCACCUUUGAUUGAUGGUGGAUCUAAGGUCACUGGUUACUUUGUUGAAUACAUAAACGAGGAAAAAGAAGCAGAAAUUGAAAAACAGAAGGCAGCGGAAGCAGACAAAGUAGUAGUAAAAGCGAAAAAGGUUAAGAAAAUCAUAUUCGACGAAGAUGGAAAUGAAAUAUCAGAAUCAGAAGAAGAAGAAAAGGUAGUAGUGAUAAAAGACGGAUGGGAAAAGGCUAAAGACAAGGAGAUUAGAGGCACUAAGUUUGUUGUGUCUGGACUGAAAGAGCUGGGAAGGUACAAGUUCAGAGUGAGGGCAGUGAAUGCUGCUGGCGUCGGUGAGCCCGGUCAAGUGGCCGAAGUGAUUGAAUGCAAGGACAGAACAAUUGCCCCUGAAGUGGACUUGGAUGCCACAUUGAAGGAAAAGAUUGUAGUCCAUGCCGGUGGUACCAUCCGCCUCCUGGCCUACGUGUCAGGCAAGCCUGCACCAGAGAUCACAUGGAACAGAGAUGACCAGCCUCUACCAGCAGAGGCUAAGGUUGAAAUCACGUCAAUCAGCUCUGCUCUGGUUAUCAAAAACUGCAGACGCCAUCACCAGGGUAUAUACACCCUUAUUGCAAAGAAUGAAGGAGGGGAAAGGAAGAAGGCUGUCAUUGUGGAGGUGUUGGAUGUUCCCGGCCCAGUUGGUCAGCCCUUCUCUGGUGUGAACCUCACCACGGACUCCUGCAAGUUAACCUGGUGCUCCCCUGAAGACGAUGGUGGCUCUGCCAUCACCAACUACAUAAUUGAGAAGAGAGAGUCUGACCGCAUGGGCUGGACAGCAGUCUCUUACACGGUCACCAGGCACAAUGCUGUGGUCCAGGGUCUCAUUGACGGAAAGGGAUAUUUCUUUAGAAUCGCAGCUGAGAAUAUCAUCGGAAUGGGUCCAUUUAUUGAAUCAGAACGACCAGUUCUCAUCAAAGAUCCUAUUUCUGUUCCUGAGCGUCCUGAGGAUCUAGAGGUCACAGCAAUCACCAAAGACUCCAUCAGUUUGACCUGGAGACCACCUAAGUAUGAUGGGGGUUCUGAGGUUACAAGUUAUGUGCUUGAAACUCGUCUGAUCGGAAAGGAUAACUUCACUAAGAUCGAUACUGAUGACACGCUAAUGGAUAGGAAGUUCACAAAGGGAGGUCUCAAAGAGAAUUCCACCUAUGAAUUCCGUGUCAGUGCUGUCAACGUGAUUGGUCAGGGCAAGCACUCUUUCUGCACCAAGCCAAUCAAAGUCAAAGAAGAACUUGAGCCCCCAACGAUCGACUUGGACUUCCGUGACAGACUGGUUGUGCGUGUGGGAGACGUGUGCACCCUCCAGGGCCGCUUUACUGGAAAGCCAGCACCUACAAUAACAUGGACAAAGAACGAGGAAGAGCUGAAAGCAGAUGAGGAGGUCAUAAUGACCAACACUAGUAAAACACUGUGCUUGGCUAUGCCCAAGGCUAAACGCGAACACAGCGGCAGAUACCAGGUGGUUGUGGAGAACAUUGUCGGCUUGCGUAAAGGAAUCUGCAGUCUCACUGUUGUUGAUCGCCCCCAGCCUCCAGAGGGCCCAGUGGUCUUCAAUGAGGUCUACAGGAACUACAUGGUGAUUUCCUGGAACCCUCCUCUGGACGAUGGUGGAUGUGCCAUCUCCAACUACACCAUUGAGAAGAGAGACACAAACAGAGACCUCUGGAUGCCAGUGACAACAGCUUGCACCAGGACAACAUGCAAAGUACCUAAGCUGAUUGAGGGCAGAGAGUACAUCAUCAGAAUCUGUGCUGUGAACAUCCACGGUGUCAGCAACCCACUGCUGUCUGCCGAGAUCAAGGCUAAGGAUGUCUUCAAGGUGCCAGAUGCACCCAAACAGCCCAUUGUGAAGGAGAUCUAUAAGGAUCAAGCCCUCCUCACUUGGGAACCACCUGCGGAUGGUGGCAAGCCCAUCACUGGCUACGUCAUUGAGAGGAAGGAGACCAUGGCUAACAGAUGGACUCGCGCAUCCGGAAAAGACCGCAUCUUCCCCAAAGUAGAGUACUUUGUUCCAGACCUCCUCGAGGGCUGCGAAUAUGAGUUCCGUGUCAUGGCUGAGAAUGUUGUGGGUCUGGGUGACCCCAGCCCUCCAUCAAAGCCCAUCUUCGCCAAAGAUCCAAUUGUGCUUCCAAGCCCCCCCGUGCUGCCAGAAGCUGUGGAUUGGACAAAGGAGUCUGUCUCACUAUCUUGGCAGCCACCAAAGGACUGUGGCAGGGGAAAGAUCUUUGGCUAUCUUGUUGAGUUCAGUAAAGCUGGAGAUGAUUGGCAAAAAGUGAAUCAGACUCCUGAUUCCUGCCAAGAAACCAAGUUCAAGGUCAUUAACCUGGAAGAGGGAGAAUAUUACAAAUUCAGAGUUACUGCUGUGAACUUCGCUGGUGAAUCUGAACCCGCAUACACCACAGAUCCAGUGAAGGCAGAAGACAGAUUUGAACCUCCUGAGUUGGAUGUUGAACUGGGUAUGCCUCGUGAGUUGAAAGCCAUGGCCGGAACCCAUAUCAAUCUGGUUGCUGGAAUCAAGGGAAUUCCAUUCCCCAAAGUCACAUGGAAGAAGAACGAUAAAGACGUCCCCACAAGAGCCGAAAUUGAGGUCAAUCCACUAGGAUCUAAAUUGGAGAUGCGCUACUGUGCCCGUUCUGACUGUGGCGACUACACUCUGAACAUAGAAAACUCAUCUGGAUCAAGGACUGCCACAUGCACAGUCCUCGUCCUUGACAAACCUGGUCCAAUCCAGCACCUGAGGGUUUCAGAGGUGAGAAGCGAUUCAGCCUAUCUCUCCUGGAAAGACCCUGAGGACAAUGGAGGAGCACGUAUUACUAACUUUGUUGUGGAGAAGAAAGAUGUGGCAUCUGCACAGUGGGUGCCAGUCUGCUCUUCGUCUAAGAAACGCAGCAUGAUGGCCAAGCACUUGAUGGAAGGAACAUCGUAUUUGUUCCGCGUUGCUGCUGAGAAUCAGUUUGGCAGAAGUGAAUACACUGAAACAACCAAAGCUGUCAAAGCCAUUAAUCCUCUGUUUCCACCUGGUCCACCAAAGGACUUGCACCAUGUAGAUGUGGACAAGACAGAGGUCUGGCUUGUGUGGAACUGGCCUGACCGCAACGGAGGUAGUGACAUCACAGGUUUCCUGGUUGAGUACCAAGAGGAAGGAGAGAGAGAGUGGGAUGAAUGGAACACAGUCAGCAUCCCUGAGAGCCACAUCACUGGCCUCGAGGAAGGAAAGACUUACAGAUUCCGUGUAAGAGCCGAGAACGCUAUCGGACUGAGUAGACCAGACACCACUGUGCCCGUUCUCUGCCAGGAGAAGCUUGUGGCUCCAAUUGUUGAAGUUGAUGCCAAGCUGAUCGAUGGGAUCAUCGUGAAAUGUGGAAGCACAAUCAGACUCCCUGCUAUCAUGAGAGGCAUUCCUGCGCCUACUGCUAAAUGGUCCAUUGACGGAGCAGAAAUUGUUCCCGAAGGCACAGUUAAGAUUGAGAGUGACAACUAUUCAACAGUUCUCAGCAUCAAUGAUUGUUUGAGAAGUGACAGUGGAACCUAUAUCCUCACAGUGUCCAACCCUGCAGGAACCAAGACUCUGGCUUUGAAUGUAACUGUUCUUGAUGUGCCUGCAGCUCCCAUUGGACCAGUCAAUAUCCUUGAAGUUACUCCUGAGUACAUGCUUAUUGACUGGCGUCCUCCAAAGGAUGAUGGUGGAAGCCCUGUAACAGGUUAUGUUGUUGAGAAGAGAGAGGCUAAGAAAGAAACCUGGGGAGGUGUGAGCUCUGGUAGCACAGCCACAAAGCUUAAGAUCUCUCGUUUGCAGAGCGGCGUUGAAUAUGUUGUGCGUAUUCGCGCAGAGAACAAAAUGGGUAUUGGCGCUCCUCUUGAAAGUGCACCAACCGUUGCCCAACACACGUUUGAAGCCCCUGGCCAUCCAGGCAAACCAAACACAUCAGACAUUGCAGAAGAUGCUCUCACUGUUGGGUGGACCAUGCCAUUAUAUGAUGGAGGCAGUCAAAUCACUGGAUAUAUCGUUGAGCGUAGACAUAAGGGCGGAAAAUGGAUCCGUGUCAACACGACACCCUGUAAGGAUCUCAGAAUCAGAGUACUUGGUCUCUUUGAGGGAAAUGAGUAUGAGUUUAGAGUUUUUGCUGAAAACAUUGCCGGUUUCAGUGGACCUUCUGCCAUAUCAGACCCAGCAAAACCCUGUCGUCAAAUCACAGCUCCUGGACCUCCAGUUAACCCCAGAAUCAAGGACUACAGUAAGGAAAAUGCAGACCUAGUCUGGAUUAAACCCAACAAAGAUGGAGGCAGUCCAAUCAUGGGCUACAUUAUUGAAAUGCAGAAAGCUGGCGGAGAAUGGGUGAUCAUCAACAAGGAUGGUCACAUUAAGCAGUGUGCUUACAGAGUUAAAGGCCUUGAAGAACACUCAGAGUACAGGUUCCGCGUUAGUGCUGUAAAUAUGAUUGGAGUUGGAGAGCCUAGGGAAUGCCCUGAAUCGGUGGUUGCCAAAGACAUCAUGAUACCUCCAGAGAUAGAGAUGGAUGCUACAAGCCGUGAGCGUUUGACUGUCCGUGUUGGACAUAACAUCAACAUCAUCGGUUACGUGAAAGCCAGACCUGACCCAGAGAUUAUCUGGAAAAAGGGUGAUGACGUUUUGGAAACUGCCAAGCGCACAACACUAACUAAAAACUUCCCUGUUGUUCAACUGAGAAUCAAAGAGGCAACCAGAGCAGACCAUGGAAAGUAUGUUUUGAAGGCUAACAACUACAGUGGUGAAGCCACAGCUACGAUAAUUGUGAAUGUGUUGGAUAGACCUGGACACUGUCAGAAUCUGAAGGCCACCUAUGUGACCAGAGACUCCUGUAUGGUGUCCUGGGAAAGCCCUGUGGACAACGGGGGCUCUGAGAUUACAAACUACAUUGUUGAGUGCCGUGAACCCAGUGUGAGGCUUUGGUCAAUGAUCUCAUCUGACUGCACUAACCGCAUGGUUAAAGCCAAACUCAUGGAGGGCCACGAGUAUCUCUUCCGUGUUUGUGCUGUGAACAAAUGCGGCCCUGGGCCCACAGUUGAGACAAAACAACCAACCCUUGCCAUCGAUCCCAUUAACAAGCCUGGUGAGCCAGAGAACUUCCGGGUAACUGACGUCGGUAAGAACUUCGUCUUCUUGAAAUGGAGGAGGCCAGACUAUGACGGUGGAAGCCCCAACAUUGGCUACGCUUUGGAGAGCAAAUUGGGAGCGGAAGAAUGGGUGCCAUUACAUGAGGAUCUGAUUGCGAAUACAUUCUUCAUGGCUGACAAGUGUGUGGAAAAACAAACCUAUCAGUUCAGAGUGCAGACAUGCAAUGAAGGUGGAGAAAGUGACUGGGUGAAGACUGGUGAUGUUCUUGUCAGAGAGGAGAUCCAGAAACCAGUGCUUGAUAUAAAGUUAGCUGGAGCCCUUGUGGUUAAAGCUGGAGAGUCUAUCAGAAUUGAGGCUGGACUCAGAGGAAUGCCUCAACCAGAGGUGAAGUGGGUGAAGGACAAGGCCACAGGAGAUAACCCUAGAGUUAGUGUUGAAACGGGCACAGAUUAUUCUAAAUUUCUUAUGACCAAAUCUAAACGCACAGACACCGGAAAAUAUGUCGUCACCGCCACAAACUCUGCUGGAACCUUCACUGGAUACGCAGUUGUCAAUGUCUUGGAUGUCCCAGGGCCUGUGAGAGACGUGAAGGUGUCUGGAAUCGGAGUAGACAAAUGUAGAGUUGCAUGGGAUCUCCCAGAAGAUGAAGGUGGAUGUGAAGUUGAUAGCUAUAUCAUUGAGAAAUGUGAGACAAGAAGAAUGGUCUGGUCCACAUACUCUGCUUCACUUGUCACCAACUAUUGCAAUGUCACCCGACUAGUAGAAGGAAAUGAGUACAUCUUCCGCAUCAGAGCAGAAAACAGGAUGGGGACAGGUCCUGCAGUGGAGAGCAAACCUGUCACAGCUAGGACUCAGUUCAACAGACCUGGACCACCAGAAUCACCAGAGAUCACCAAGAUCGGCAAAGAGGAGAUGACAGUCGUAUGGGCCCCACCAGAGAAUGAUGGUGGAAAGUCUAUCACUGGUUAUAUCCUGGAAAGGAAAGAAAAGCGCGCUGUCAAAUGGGUGCCAUGCACAAAGAGUACCAUCUCUGAGAGACGCAUGAAAGUCAGCAACUUAAUUCCCAACCACGAGUAUCAGUUCCGUGUCAAAGCUGAAAAUGAAGUCGGACUAGGAGAGCCAAGCAAACCAUGCAGACCAGUAGCAGCCAAAGAUCCAAUUGAGGCUCCUGGUCCUCCAGGCAGUUUCAAGGUGAUUGACAGCACCAAGACGUCCAUUACUCUUGGGUGGGCCAAGCCUAUCUAUGAUGGAGGUGCUCCUAUCAUUGGUUACAUGGUUGAAAUGAGAGACAAACCUGAGCCUAAACCUGAAGUGGUUGAAGCUGAAGCUGUUCCUGAAGCUGUGCCUAAAGCUAAACCUGCAGAGGAAGCUAAGCCUGUAGGUGAAGCCAAGCCUGAAGGUGAAGCUGAAGCUAAGCCUGAAGCAGUAACAGGAGAAGGUGAGGAACAAUAUGAAGAGGACUCUGAGGAUGAAGCUGCUGCAGUUGCAGCUAAAGCUAAAGCUGAAGCUAAACGUAAGAAGAAAGAAGAGGGCUGGAAGAAGUGCAACACCGGUGCUGGUGUGCUGGUGCACACAGAAUUCACCAUUCCAAACUUGAAUGAGAAGAAGAUGUAUGAAUUCAGAGUCUCUGCACAGAACCAGGUCGGCUGGGGCCGCCCCGCUACACUCAAAGAGGCCGUCAACCCCAAGGAGGUCCUUGAGGCACCAGAGAUCGACUUGGAUGCAAGUCUCAGGAAGGGCUUCACUGUUAGAGCAGGCUGCCCCAUCAGGCUCUUCGCUACUAUCAGAGGAAGACCAUCCCCCAAAGUCACCUGGAAGAAGCUUGGUGUUGAUAAUGUAGUCAGGAGAGGCCACGUGGAUCAGAUUGAUACUAUGUCCUUCCUUGUGAUCCCUGAGAGCACUCGGGAAGACUCCGGCAAAUACUCUCUGACACUCUCCAACUCCGCUGGGGAGAAAGCUAUAUUUGUGCGCGUUAAAGUAUUGGAUACUCCUGGACCUGUCGGAGGAUUUGAGGUCUGUGAUGUGACAAGCACCGGUUGUCAGCUGUCUUGGCUCCCUCCGGAUAACGAUGGUGGCUGCCAAAUCCAGAACUACAUCGUUGAGAAACGUGAACUCGACAAGAAGACUUGGUCAAAUUGUAUCAACGAUUUGAAGAAAACAAGCUUCAAAGUCACUGGCCUCACACCUGGCUGUGACUACUACUUUAGAGUUAUGGCAGUCAAUAAGUAUGGCAUUGGUGUUCCUAAAGACUCUCCAAAAGCUUAUCUGACAUCUGAUCCUAUAAGUGAACCUGAUCCACCCAAGAAAAUGGAAGUCUUGGAAGUGACAAAGAACAGUGCCACUCUGGGAUGGCUGAAACCUUUGAGGGAUGGUGGAGCUAAGAUCAAUGGCUACAUGGUUGAUUACAAAAAGGACGGUGAACCUGAAGACAAAUGGACACCAUAUUCCGUUGUUAAAGACUUAACCAUUGUAGUUGUUGGACUUAAAGAGGGAACAAAGUACAAGUUCAGAGUUGCAGCCAGAAACGUGGCUGGAACCAGUCUGGCAAGAGAAGCUGAGGGAGUAUUUGAGGUCAAGGAGCAGCUGAUGGCACCGAAGAUCAUCAUGCCUGAUAUUGUCACAGUAAAAGCAGGAGAGAAAAUGAGAGUCGAAGCUAUUGUGGCUGGAAAACCUGCACCAUUCUGCAAAUGGAGGCAAGGAGCCGAGGAUCUGUUGACAUCUAAUCGUCGCAUGGUGCAAAAGUCUCCUAAUUGCAUUACGCUCAUCAUAAAAGACGUCUCAAGAAAGGAUAGUGGUUACUACAGUCUUUCUGCUGAGAACAGCACCGCCAAAAUCAGCCAGAUUCUUAGGGUCGUAGUACAGGAUAAGCCAGGGCCUCCUGACGCUCCCCUGGAGAUUGUUGAGGUUGAUAUUGAUGCCUGCACACUUCAGUGGAACCAACCCAGUGAGGAUGGUGGAAGCAACAUCACCAACUACGUCAUUGAAAAAUGUGAUGUGAGCAGAGGAGACUGGGUCAUAGCUUCUGGCUCAUGCACCACGACCAGCUACAAAGUUGGAAAGCUUACCCCUGGAACGGAGUAUGGCUUCCGUGUCCGAGCUGAGAACCGAUUUGGUAUCUCAGAGCCAAUCUAUUCAGAGAAAAUGAUUGCUAGAUAUCCCUUCGAUGUUCCAGGUGAGCCCAGAAAUCUGUGUAUCACAAAAGUCAAGAGUGAAGCAGUGUCUCUGUCCUACGAGACCCCAUCAACUGACGGUGGCAGUCCUCUUACCGGAUACUGCAUUGAGCGCAAAGAGAGGAACAGCCUUCUCUGGGUGAAAGCAAAUGAGUCCGUUGUCCGUGGACUUGAAUACAACUGCACAGGCUUAAUGGAAGGUCUGGAAUAUGCAUUCAGGGUGUCUGCACUCAACAAGGCCGGCCAGGGUAAACCAAGCAAACAGACUGACUGGGUCACAGCAAGAACACCCAUCGAUCCACCUGGUAAACCUGAGGUAAUGGAUGUGACAAAAAGCACUGUUUCACUUGUUUGGACUCGUCCACAAAAUGAUGGAGGUAGCAAGCUUAUCGGAUACUAUGUGGAGUACAUGAAGAUUGAUCAAGAAGUAGAGAAAUGGGUUCGCUGCAAUGCCAACUGCCAGAACGUCAAGACAGAAGACUAUGUUGUAACUGGCCUGGAGGAGGGAGCCCAGUAUCGCUUCAGAGUUUUCGCCAAGUCAGCAAUCAACAUCAGCUUGCCUUCUGAGAUCUCAGACACCAUCCCAGUGUUUGCAGAGAAUGUUCCCCCCAGGGUCGAGCUGGGAGUGGACAUGAAGAACAUGAUCAUAGUGAAGGCUGGAGAAAAUGUCUCCUUUGAUGCAGUAGUAUUUGGAAAACCACUGCCCAAGGUGACAUGGAAGAGAAAUGGUGUUCCAUUGAAACUGGUUGAGGGGAUGAAGAUGACACAAAAGAGACACACACACAUUCUGGAAUUGUUCUCUGUCACAAGGAAGGAGUCUGGAGAGUACACUAUUCUAGCUGAAAAUCCCAAUGGCGCUAAAUACGCCAAUAUUAAGCUCAAGGUUCUAGACAAACCUGGCCCACCAGCUGGAGUGAAGAUCACCAAGGUGUUUGCGGACCGUAUUAAGAUGAGGUGGGAGCCACCUGUUGCAGAUGGAGGCUCUGAAAUCACCAACUACAUCAUUGACAAACGUGAAACCAGCAGAGCAAACUGGGCUCUGGUCACCUCCAAUAUCCAUGGUCAACUGACUGAUUGCACAGUAGAGAAACUGAUGCAGGACCAUGAAUACCAGUUCAGGGUCAGUGCUGAGAACCAGUAUGGUAUUGGGGACCCUAUCCUCACCGACCCUGUCAUGGUCAAGAAUCCAUAUGAUGUUCCUGGUCCUAGCGAGCCACCAGUUAUUACCAACAUUACAGCCAAUUCUAUGACUGUCAGCUGGAAGGCGCCAGCUGAUGAUGGUAAAGCUACUAUUCUGGGUUACAUGGUUGAGAAACGUGAAGCAUCAGAGCUCAACUGGGCUAAAGUCAACCGUAAACCAGUGAUUGACAGGAGCAUCAAAGCUGUCCAGCUCUCAGAGGGAUCUGAGUAUGAGUUCAGAGUGAUUGCAAUGAACAAAGCUGGAUUUGGCAAACCAAGUGAUGCAUCCAAUGCUGCCCUUGCCGUGGAUCCUGUGUAUCCACCCGCACCUCCUGCCUUCCCUAAAGUUGUUGACUCAACACACAGCACCAUAAGCUUGUCUUGGACCAAGCCUGCUUACGAUGGUGGUUGUGAGAUCUUCGGCUACCUUGUCGAGUGCAAGAGAGCUGAUGCAGAACACUGGACGAAAUGCAAUGUGCCCAAGAAGCUGCAAGAAACCAAGUUCCUGGUUACUGGUCUCAUUGAUAAAACAGAAUAUGUGUUCCGUGUCUUUGCCGUGAACAAGAUCGGAUACAGCGAGCCAAGUGAAGUUCCUGGGAAACACGAGGCCAAAGACAUCCUGAUUGCCGCUGAUGCUGAGCUGGAUGCUGACCUUCGCAAGGUACUGGUCCUGAGAGCCGGAGUCACAAUGAGACUCUAUGUGCCACUGAUAGGACGUCCCCCACCCAAGGUGGUGUGGACCAAGGUCAAUGCCAACCUCAAAGAACGAGCAGGAAUCAUGAUCAAAACGUCCGAAUGGGAUACCCUUAUGUACAUUGAGGAUAUCAACAGAUAUGAUGCUGGCAAAUACAUUUUGUCGAUUGAAAACGACAGUGGAAAGAAGUCUUACACUAUCGUCGUGAAGGUCCUAGAUACUCCUGGUCCACCCCUGAAUCUGAUUGUGAAGGAAACAUCUCUGAACCAUGCAUCCAUCGGCUGGGAUCCUCCUCUGAUUGAUGGAGGAAGCCCAGUGAAGAGCUACAUUGUUGAGAAGCGUCUUGCAGAGAGAAAGGCAUGGUCCUGUGUCAUAGCCGAAUGCCCCAAAUCUACUUUCAGGAUUCCUAACUUGGAAGCUGGACAGGCCUACUGUUUCAGAGUCUUGGCUGAAAAUAACUACGGUAUCGGAGAAGGUUGUGAGACUGCCGGAGCUGUAAGAGCUUCAGAACUACCUGGAGCAGUUAUGGAUUUCAAGGCACUGUCGAUCAGUAAAGAUUCCAUUCAUAUUGGCUGGAAGAAACCAAUCAGUGAUGGUGGAAGUCACAUCAGUGCCUAUCUUCUGGAGCUUCAGGAAGGUGAAGAGAAGUAUAAGGAGCUAGUGAAAGGAAAGGUCAUGUCGCACAUGAUGGUUGAACUUGAAGAAGGAAAGGAGUACUCUUACAGAGUGAAAGCAAUCAAUGAGUCUGGAGAGGGUCCACCUUCGGAGCUCACUGUGAUCGCUAAAGAUCAAAUUGUUGCACCUGACUGUGACCUGAGUGGCAUCCCAGAUCUGUGCUAUGUUGCUAAGGAGGGAAGCACAGUCCGUAUCAAAGUCCCUAUUGUUGGCAAACCAGCACCGUCAGCCAUCUGGAAGAAGGGACAUGUUUCUCUUGGAGACAGUGGAAGAAUGUCAGUUGAAUCUACACCAACUUUGACAACUUUGCUCAUCCGUGAUUGCCAGAGAGGUGAUGCAGAAAAUUACACAAUCCUGCUAAGAAACGCAGCAGGAGUCAAAGAAGCAAAGAUGCAGAUUAGGGUGGUUGGAAAACCAGGAAUACCAACAGGACCAUUCAAGUUUGAUGAAAUCACUGCCGAUGGAAUCACUCUGGAGUGGGGUCCACCAAAAGAUGAUGGUGGGACUGAAAUAUCCAACUACAUUCUGGAGAAGCGGAAAUCAACAGCCAACAAAUGGGCUACUGUGGCCUCCGCUAUCCAGAAGAAUACCAUGAGAGUUACCAGGCUCCAUGAUGGUACUGAAUACAUCUUCAGAGUGUUUGCAGAAAACAAAUAUGGAGUUGGAGAAUGCCUCAAAUCUGACCCAGUGGUGGCUCAGCAUCCAUUCAAUGUGCCUGACGCACCUGCACCACCAGAGAUCGUGAGCAUUCGCCAUGAGUCUGCCAUUUUGAAUUGGACUGAUCCUAAAGAAAAUGGAGGCUCACCAAUCACUGGCUAUCAUGUUGAAUACAAAGAGAGGAACAGCUUGAUGUGGAAGAGAGCCACUAAGACCCCCAUUAGAGUGAAGGACUGCAGAGUGACUGGACUGAUUGAAGGCCUGGAGUAUGAAUUUAGAGUUAUGGCAAUGAAUGCGGCCGGUUUAGGAAGGCCAAGCAGGGCAACAGAACCAGUCAUCGCCCUUGAUCCAAUUGAUCCUCCUGGUAAGCCUGAUGUCAUCAAUGUAACCAGAAGCACUGUAACACUUAUGUGGACUGCACCCAAGUACGACGGUGGACACAAACUGACUGGUUACCUGGUUGAGAAACUGGAACUGCCAGGAAAGACCUGGAUGAAAGCAAAUCAUAUCAAUGUCCAAGGCCUUGCAUUUACCGUGCCAGACCUUACAGAAGGCAGCAGCAUGGAAUUCAGAAUCAGAGCUAAGAAUGCAGCUGGCGCAAUCAGUGUUCCUUCAGAGCAAACUGAUACCCUUAUCUGCAAAGAUGAGUUUGAACCACCAAGCAUCACUAUCGAUCCAGACAUGAAGGAAGGUGUCUCUGUCAGAGCUGGGGACACCAUUGUAGUAUCUGCUUCCAAGAUUCUUGGCAAACCUCCACCUACAGCUGUGUGGUCCAAGGCAGGAAGAGAAUUCAAGACCUCAGAUAUUGUCCAGAUCACAAGCACUCCAACUACUUCAACGUUGUCUAUUAAAUAUGCAAGCAGGAAGAACACUGGAGAGUACACAAUUACAGCCAGUAAUCCUUUUGGUAUCAGAGAAGAACAUGUUAAGGUCAAGGUUCUUGAUAUCCCUGGACCUCCAGGCCCAAUUGAAGCUAGCAGUGUGUCAGCUGAGAAGUGCACAUUGACAUGGUUGCCACCAGAAGAGGAUGGCGGCUGCGCAAUCAAAUCCUACACACUGGAAAAGAGAGAAACAAGCCGUCUUCUCUGGACCAAACUUGCUGAAAAUAUAUUUGAUUGCAGAUUUGUUGCAAGCAAGCUGAUCAAGGGCAAUGAGUACAUCUUCCGUGUGUCUGCAGUGAACCAGUAUGGCACUGGUGAUGGGACCCAAUCUGGCUCAGUCAAAAUGGUUGACAGCUUUGGCCCACCAGGCCCACCUGGAAUCCCAGAGAUUGACAAUGUCAGCAGAAACGCUGUUACCAUUUUCUGGAAGAGGCCAGUUAAAGAUGGUGGAAGUGAUAUUAGAGGCUAUCAGGUUGAGAGGAAAGAGAGAAGAGGAAUGAGAUGGGUGAGAGCAUCGAAGAAAACGGUCUCUGACCUACGUUUCAAAGUACAAGGACUGACGGAAGGUGUUCAGUAUGAAUUCAGAGUAACAGCAGAAAACAAAGCUGGCUUUGGGGAACCCAGUGAACCAUCUGCUUAUGUGAUGACAAAGGAUAUUGUAUAUCCACCAGGACCUCCCUCUAACCCAAGAAUUACUGACACCACCAAGACAACAGCCACAUUCAACUGGGGUAAACCCCACUAUGAUGGCGGCCUGGAUGUAGCAGGAUACAUUGUUGAGCACAAGAAGGAAGGACAUGACGAUUGGGUCACAGACGUCACAAGAUUGAGAAUUACAGAAUACGUUGUGUCAGACCUGAAGGCUGGUGGGAACUACUAUUUCAGAGUCAGAGCCAUGAAUACAGAGGGAGUUGGUGAACCAGCAGAGGUUGAAGAAAUUGUUGAACUUAAGGACCGUGAGACACUUCCCGACUAUGAGCUUGAUGCUGAGUAUAGAAGAACCCUUGUUGUCAGGGUCCGUGGAUCCAUUCGUAUCUUCGUGCCAAUUAAAGGACGUCCAGUUCCUGAAGUAACCUGGAUGAAAGAUGAUGCCAUUCUUGGUAAAGGUGGCCGUGAACACAUUGAUACUACGGAGUCGUAUACUCUCCUGGUUAUCCCUGACUGCACAAGAUAUGAUGCUGGAAAAUACAUGCUGUCAUUAGAGAAUGUUGCUGGUAAGAGAGAUGGAUUUGUUAACGUCAGAGUACUGGAUUCACCAGGACCACCUGUGAACUUGACACCACGUGAAAUCACCAAAACAAGUAUCACUAUGCAGUGGGAAAUCCCCAUUAUUGAUGGUGGAUCAAAGAUCAUUAACUACGUCAUUGAGAAACGAGAGGCCACAAGAAAGGCUUACACAGUAAUCACUACAACCUGGCAGAAAUGCUCCUUCAAGUUUGACAACUUGGAUGAAGGCUCUGAAUAUUACUUCAGAGUAUCUGCUGAAAAUGAUCUGGGCGUUGGCGAGCCAGCAGAGACACCUGAGACAAUCAGAGCAUCCCAAGCACCUACUGCCCCUGAAAAUCUGUACGUCACUGAUGUGUCAGCGGACACCGCAAGCCUUGCAUGGACGAAGCCAAAACAUGAUGGUGGCAGUAGGAUUACUGGAUACGUUAUUGAAGCACAGAAGAAGGACACAGAGACAUGGACCCAUGUAACAACUGUAAAGGCUCUUGACUACACAGCCACAGAUCUCAUUGAAAAUAUGGAGUAUGUGUUCCGCAUCAUGGCAGUGAACAGCUCUGGCAGAAGUGAUCCACGUGAAAGCAGACCUGCUAUCAUUAGAGAGCAAACAACAGCGCCUGCAUUUGACCUACGUGGAGUCUACCAGUCUUUGGUCAUUGCUAAGGCUGGUGAUAAUGUGAAGGUUGAAAUUCCGGUUCUGGGUCGCCCCAGACCAGCAGUUUCAUGGAAGAGAGGUGAGGACACACUUAAACAGACGCAGAGAAUCAAUACGGAUACUACUGCAACCUCAACUACUCUCCACAUCAAUGAGAUCAAAAGGAGCGAUGGUGGUCAAUAUUCGAUGACUGGCAAGAAUAUACUUGGAACAACGACAGAGACAAUUACUGUUGAAGUCCAUGAUAUUCCAGGACCUCCUACUGGACCAAUUAAGCUUGAAGAAGUUUCUUGUGACUACAUUCUCUUAUCAUGGGAAGGUCCAGAGAAUGAUGGCGGUGUACCCAUUAACAAUUACAUUGUUGAGGCUAGAGAAACCACAGGCACAUCAUGGGUUGAAUUAGCAGCAACGGUUAUCCGUACAACAUUCAAAGCUGCUCGUCUCACAACAGGAAUCAUGUAUCAGUUCCGUGUUAAAGCCCAGAACAGGUACGGAAUUGGACCCUGUAUAGUCUCAGAACAAGUGGUUGCUGCUUAUCCAUUUGAUGUGCCAGGUCAACCAGGCCUUCCUGAAAUUGUCCACUUCAACAAGGAUUCUAUGACUAUUAGCUGGGAUGAACCAGCUUCCGAUGGUGGAAGCCCCAUUUUGGGAUAUCACAUUGAAAGGAAAGAGAAAAACAGUAUCCUGUGGCAGAAGAUCAGCAAAGCACUUGUAGUAGGGAACAUGUUCAAAUCAACAGGCUUGGUGGACGGAAUCGCCUAUGAGUACCGCGUUAUUGCUGAAAACGUGGCUGGUUUGAGCAGGGCAAGCAAGCAUUCUGAGACUACCUUUGCUCUGGAUCCAGUGGACCCACCUGGCCAACCAAUAGCAUUGAAUGUAACCAGACAUGAGGUGACUCUUCAGUGGACAAGACCUGAAGGUGAUGGAGGAUUCUCAAUAACUGGGUACCAAGUAGAAAAAAGAGAACUCCCAGACGGACGCUGGCUCAAGGCCAACUAUAGCAACGUCCUUGAGACAACAUUCACUGUUAGCGGUCUCACAGAGGAUGCUACUUAUGAGUUCCAUGUUAUGGCAAGAAACUCAGCUGGCGGUCUCAGUAAGCCAUCUCUACCAUCAGAGGAAAUCACUUGCAGAGAUGAUGUUGAGGAGCCCAAACUUGAAGUUGAUACAAUCUAUAAUAGUACUGUGGUUGUGAAAGCGGGAGAUGUCUUCAAACUUGCUGCCAGCGUAACAGGCAGACCAAUACCAACACUGGUAUGGACCAAAGACGGGAAGGAACUUGAAGAUACAGCCAAGUUGGAAAUCAAACUCUAUGACUUUUCUACAACCUUAGUCAACAAAGAUUCUCUAAGAAGGUGCGGUGGCACAUUCACUUUAACUGCCAGCAAUCCUGGUGGUUUUGCAAAGCAUACCUUCAAUGUUAAGAUUCUUGAUAGACCUGGACCUCCAGAUGGUCCACUUGCUGUUACAGACGUCACUGCUGAGAAAUGUAUCCUCUCAUGGCUGCCACCAUCACAUGAUGGAGGUGCAAAGAUUCUGCAUUACAUCAUUGAGAAACGCGAAACAAGUAGACUUGCUUGGACAAAUGUAGCAACAGACUUACAAGUUAACCGGUUUAAGGUUACCAAGUUGUUGAAGGGUAACGAGUAUAUCUUCAGAGUUAUGGCUGUCAACAUGUAUGGAACUGGAGAGCCCCUUGAAUCCGACCCAAUGGUUUCUACAAAUCCAUAUGUGCCAGCUGAUGCUCCAUCAACACCUGAGGUGACGACCAUCACAAAGAACACCAUGGUUGUUUGCUGGGAACGCCCUGAUCACGACGGUGGAAGCGACAUCUUCAACUAUGUUGUUGAAAGGAGAGACAAAACCGGUCUUCGCUGGGUUAAAUGCAACAAGAGGACUGUAACUGACCUGAGGUUCAAAGUAUCGGGGCUCACACCAGGGCAUGAAUAUGAAUUCAGAAUCAUAGCAGAAAACAAUGCUGGUUUAGGUACACCAAGUCCUUCCAGUGAAUUCUACAAGGCAGUAGACACAAUCUUCCAACCUGGACCACCUGGAAAUCAAAGAGUCUUGGACACAACCAAGUCAUCCAUUACAGUUGCCUGGAACAAACCUGUAUAUGAUGGUGGUUCUGAUAUCAUUGGAUACGUUGUAGAGACCUGUCUACCUGAGGAAGAUGAAUGGACAAUUCGGACCCCUAAGAAGGGAUUAGUUGGGACAUCAUUUACCAUCACUAACCUGGUAGAAAACCAAGAUUAUAAAAUCAACAUUUGCGCAAUUAACUGUGAAGGGGUUGGAGAGCCAGCACAAGUGCCUGGCACACCAAUUGCAGAGGACAGGCUGCUUCCUCCUGAAAUUGACCUUGGUGCAGAGCUUCGUAAGGUUGUCUGCAUUAGAGCUUGCGGCACAUUGAGACUCUUUGUACCUAUUAAAGGAAGACCAACUCCUGAUGUCAAGUGGUCCAGAGAAAAUGGAGAGCCUGUUACGAGAGCAACUAUUGACACCACAUCAUCAUUUACUGCUCUUAUGGUUGAAAAUGUUGACAGAUUUGACAGUGGAAAGUACAUGUUGACAGUGGAAAAUGCCUCAGGAAGCAAAACUGCAUAUGUGAAUGUCAGAGUGCUGGACACACCUGGAGCACCACAAAGCCUCAUAAUCAGGGAGGUCACCAGAGACUCAGUAUCACUCAUGUGGGAUGCACCCCUUAUUGAUGGUGGCUCCAGAAUUAGAAACUACGUUGUGGAGAAACGUGAAUCAACACGAAAAGCUUACUCCACAGUUUGUGCUCAAUGCGUUAAAUCUAGCUGGAAGAUUGGUGGCCUGGAGGAAGGAAACACAUAUUUCUUCAGAAUUCUGGCUGAGAAUGAAUUUGGCAUUGGACUUCCAAUAGAGACUCCUGAGGCAGUCAGAGUAUCAGAGAAACCACUUCCACCAGGCAAAGUAACUCUUGUUGAUGUCACAGGCACCAGUGUCUCUCUGUCUUGGGAAAAACCAGAUCACGAUGGAGGUAGCAGAAUCUCCGGAUAUAUUGUUGAGAUGCAUGGCAAAGACAGUGAAACUUGGACCCAGUGUGCCGUUGCAAAAAUCACACAGGCUGUUGUUCUUGGACUGACACAAGGUGAAGAAUAUAUGUUCCGUGUGUCAGCACAUAACGAAAAAGGAACCAGUGAUCCUCGUCUACUUAGUGUACCUGUGGUAGCCAAAGAUCUUGUUAUUGCGCCAGUAUUCAAGCUGCUGUUCACCACAUUCAGUGUAUUGGCAGGAGAUGAUCUCAAGAUAGAUUUGCCAUAUGCUGCUCGCCCCAAAGCAGUUGUGACCUGGCUCAAGGAUGGUGUCGCACUAAAAGAAACAACCAGAGUCAAUGCUGAUGCCACUGAUACACAUUUGCAUCUUGUGGUCAAGGAAGCCAGCAGGGAGGAUGUGGGAAAGUACACCAUCAAACUUGUAAACACAGCUGGUGAAUCAACAGUGGACAUUGCAGUUGUUGUUCUUGAUAAGCCUGGUCCUCCAACUGGCCCAAUCACUGUUGAUGAAGUCACUUCUGACAGUGUGGUACUGUCCUGGAACCCACCUACAUAUGUGGGUGGUUGUGCCAUUAACAACUACGUAGUAGAAAAGAGGGAAACGUCCACCACAAACUGGCAGAUUGUGUCUGCAACAGUUGCAAGAACCACCAUUAAAGCAGCUCGGUUGAAGACUGGGUGUGAAUAUCAGUUCAGGAUUGCUGCUGAAAACAGAUAUGGAAAGAGUCCAGUACUUAUAUCAGAAAAUAUUGUUGCUCAAUAUCCAUUUGAUCUCCCAAGUGCACCAGGGACCCCAAUUGUACAAUCAUCUACAAAGGACAGCAUGGUUAUCGUAUGGGAGAAGCCUGGUAGUGAUGGCGGGAGCAAGAUUUUGGGAUAUCACCUUGAGAGUAAGGAGAGAAACAGCCUCCUCUGGGUUAAACAAAACAAACAACUGAUCCCAGACUUGAGGUUCAAGCUCAGUGGUCUUGAUGAAGGUAUUGAAUAUGAGUACAGAGUUUAUGCUGAAAAUAUUGUUGGCGUUGGCAAAGCAAGCAAAUUGUCAGAAAUCCGUGUAGCAAGAGACCCCUGUGACAGUCCAGGCAAGCCUGAAGCUGUCAUUGUCACAAGAGGAGCUGUCACUCUCCAAUGGACUAAGCCAGAGUUAGAUGGAGGUAGCAAAAUCACUGGCUACGUUGUGGAGAAGAAAGAGCUGCCUGAAGGGCGCUGGAUGAAGGCCAGUUUCGCCAAUGUCAUUGAGACCCAAUUUAUUGUUACUGGCUUAGUUGAAGACCAGUGCUAUGAGUUCCGUGUCAUUGCAAGAAAUGCAGCAGGUGUUUACAGUCUUCCAUCUGAGAGCACUGGGUCUAUAACAGCAAAGGAUGAAGUUGAUCCUCCCAAAAUAGAGAUGGACUCAAAGUACUCUUCAACAAUUGUUCUGAUGGCAGGUGAAUCGUUCAACCUUUGUGCAGAUAUUUUCGGAAAACCUGUACCCUCAGUCCAUUGGAUGAAAAACGACGUAGAAAUAAAGGAGGCUGCACGUCUUGAGAUAAAGAACACCGCUUUUAAAGCCUCAUUGAGUGUUAAGGAGGCAAUCCGUGUUGAUGGAGGCCAAUAUAUCCUACUUUUGAAAAAUGUAGGUGGAGAGAAGUCAGUGCACAUCAAUGUCAAAGUGUUAGACAGACCUGGUCCACCAGGAGGCCCAAUUUCAAUCUAUGGAGUCACAAGUGAAAAGGCUUGUAUUGCCUGGAGACCACCAGCACAAGAUGGAGGUAGUGAUGUUUCUCAUUACAUCGUUGAGAAGAGAGAGACUAGCAGAUUGGUUUGGACUCUGGUUGAACCUAAAGUGCAGACUCUAAAUCUGAAGAUCAUAAAACUUGUUCCUGGAAAUGAGUAUGUCUUCCGAGUGAUUCCUGUGAACAAAUACGGAAUUGGUGAACCUCUUGAAUCUGAGCCAAUGAUUUCCAGAAAUCAAUUUGUGACACCUGAUCCACCAACAGAUGUGGAAGUCUCUACCAUCACAAAAGAUUCAAUGGUGGUAACCUGGGAAAGACCUGAAAAGGAUGGUGGAAAUGCCAUUUCUGGAUUUGUUAUUGAGAAGCGUGAUAAAGAAGGUGUGCGCUGGACCAGAUGCAAUAAGCGUACAGUGAGUGAGCUGCGCUUCAGAGUAGCAGGUCUUCUUGAGAACCGCAGUUAUGAGUUCCGAGUUUCAUCUGAGAAUGCUGCUGGAGUUGGUAAACCAAGUGAACCAACUAUUUACUACAAGGCAUUGGAUGCUAUCUUCACAUCAGGUCCACCAAAUAAUCCCAAAGUGACUGACACAACAAGAACAUCUGUGUCCUUGUCAUGGGGCAAACCUAUCUAUGAUGGUGGCUGUGAGAUUCAAGGAUACUUAGUGGAGGCCUGUGAAGGAGCAUCUGAUGAAUGGACAAUGUGCACUCCACCUGCCGGAAUCACACACACUACAUUUACAGUUCGAAAACUACUUGAGAAGCAUGAGUAUAAAUUCAGAGUCUGUGCCAUAAACAAGGUUGGUGUUGGUGAGCAUGCAGAUGUCCCUGGAUCAGUUCUUCUAGAGGAGAAAUUGGAAGCACCAGAUCUUGAGCUUGACGCUGACAUGAGGAAGAUGAUUAAUGUCAGAGCUGGAAGUGCUCUUAGGUUGUUCAUUCCUGUUAGGGGACGGCCGGCUCCUGAACUGAAAUGGGGAAAGGCUGAUGGAGAACUCAAGGAGACGGCACAGAUUGACAAUACAAGCAGUUAUGCCUCACUCCUGAUUGAAAAUGUUGACAGAUUUGACACUGGCAAGUACACUGUUACUGCAGAGAAUUCCAGUGGAGUUAAAUCUGUCUUCAUCAGUGUCAGAGUACUUGAUUCACCUAGUAUGCCUGCAAAUUUCGCUAUCAAGGAGAUAACAAAGAAUUCAGUCACCCUUACUUGGGAGCCACCUAUUUUGGAUGGGGGGUCUAAAAUUAAGCAAUACCAUGUUGAGAAACGAGAAAGCACUAGGAAAGUGUAUUCCCCUGUCACAACCUGUCAUAAGAUGUCAUGGAAGAUUGAACCACUUGUGGAGGGAAGUAUCUAUUUCUUCAGAGUUCUUGCUGAAAACGAGUGGGGCAUUGGCUUACCUGCAGAGACCCCUGAACCCGUAAAGAUUUCAGAGGUACCUCAACCUCCCGGUAAAGUUACAGUUCUGGAUGUGACACGGAAUAGUGUCUCUCUUAAGUGGGAGAAACCAGAUCAUGAUGGAGGCAGCAGAAUAAGCCAUUAUGAGAUUGAAAUGCAAGCCAAAGAUAGUGACAAAUGGACACUAUGUGCUCAAUGUAAAUACCUUGAAACUACUGUCACUAGCUUAGCCCAAGGACAGGAGUAUCAAUUCAGAGUAAUUGCUGUUAAUAGCAAAGGAAAGAGUGACUCUAGACUUCUCGCCAGUCCAGUAGUAGCAAAGGACCUUGUCAUUGAACCUGACAUAAGACCUAAAUUAACCCAGUACAGCGUACAGGUUGGCUAUGAUCUGAAGAUUGAAGUUCCCAUUGCUGGACAUCCUAAACCAGUCAUUACAUGGACAAAGGAUGGUGCUGCCCUGAAACAAACCACAAGAGUUAAUGUUGUCGACAGUGCACGCAAUACACAUCUAACCAUCAAAGAAGCAACAAAAGACGAUGGUGGAUUGUAUAGUAUUAAUAUUACCAAUAUGCUUGGCUCCAAAGAUGCCACCAUUGAAGUAAUCACACUAGAUAAACCUGGCCCACCAACAGGCCCAAUCAAGAUGGAUGACAUCAGUGCUGAAAGUAUCACACUUACCUGGGAACCACCUGCAUACACUGGUGGCUGCCCAAUUUCAAAUUACGUUGUCCAGAAAAGAGAUACAACCACAACUAACUGGGUUGUAGUCUCUGCCACUGUGGCAAGAAAUACCCUUAAAGUGACAAAUCUAAAAACAGGUGCAGAAUACCAAUUUAGGAUCUUUGCUGAAAACAGAUAUGGCAAAAGUUAUGCUAUUGAUUCUGAACCUGUCCUUGCCCAGUAUCCCUUCAAGGAGCCAGGACCACCAGGAACACCUUACGUAUCUUCAUAUACUAAGGAUUACAUGGUAGUGGAAUGGCACAAACCCAUUUCAGAUGGAGGCAGUGCCAUUUUCGGCUAUCACAUUGAGAGAAAGGAAAAGAACAGUAUCCUUUGGACAAAGAUCAAUAAAUCCCUCAUCCAAGACUGUAGAUUUAAAUCUACUCCUUUGGAGGAAGGUAUUGAAUAUGAGUUUAGAGUGUCUGCUGAGAAUAUCGUUGGCAUUGGCGCGUGCAGCAAACUCUCUGAGGGAUAUGUGGCACGUGACCCAUGUGAUCCUCCUGGCACCCCAGAGGCUAUCAUUGUAACCAGGCACUCUGUUAAACUGAAGUGGACAAGACCACAGUAUGAUGGUGGCAGUCUGAUCACAGGCUAUGUGGUGGAGAAACGCGAUCUCCCAGAGGGAAGAUGGAUGAAGGCAAGUUUCACAAAUGUCAUUGAAACUGUAUUCACAGUUCUGGGUCUAACUGAGGAUUGCAAAUAUGACUUCAGAGUCAUAGCUAGGAAUGCCGCUGGAUCUAUCAGCAAGCCCUCUCAGAGCACUGGAUCCAUCACAGCAAAGGAUGAAGUUGAUCCACCAAAAUGUGAAGUUGACUCAGUGUACAGCCAGGUUGUUAUCAUCAAUGCUGGGGAAACAUUUACACUUGAGGCCGCUGUGCAAGGAAAGCCAAUUCCAACAGCUCAAUGGUUCAAGAGUGAUGCAUUAGUGGAGAACUCAGCAAGGGCUGAGAUUAUGAACUCAGAUUUCCAAGCAAAGCUUGUUGUCAAAGAUGCUAUCAGAGUGGAUGGAGGACAAUAUACGUUGCUUCUAACUAAUGUUGCUGGAGAUAAAACUGUAACGUUCAAUGUGAGAGUACUGGACAGACCUGGGCCCUCUCAGGGACCCCUCACUGUUAGCAAUGUCACAUGUGAGAAAUGUUCACUGUCCUGGCUUCCUCCAAGAGCUGACGGUGGCAGCAGUAUUUCCCACUACGUCAUUCAAAAGAGAGAAACUAGCCGUCUUGCAUGGACUGUGGUUGCUAGUGAUUGUGGAGCUACAAUGUUCAAAGUCACAAAGCUUCUGAAGGGAAAUGAGUACAUCUUCCGUGUUAUGGCUGUCAACAAAUUUGGUACUGGUGAACCUCUUGAAUCAGCCCCAGUUAUAAUGAGAAAUCAAUUUGUUACUCCUGGACCACCUCAAGAAUUGGAAAUAGCCAAUAUUGCAAGGGAUUCCAUGACUGUGUGCUGGACUCGCCCAGAGGUUGAUGGUGGAAGUGAGAUUGCUGGUUACAUUAUUGAGAAGAGAGAUAGAGCUGGAAUCAGAUGGACAAAAUGCAACAAACGCAGAGUCACAGACCUUCGCUUCAGAGUGACAGGCCUGACAGAGGAUCAUGAAUAUGAAUUCAGAUUAUCUGCUGAGAAUGCUGCAGGAGUCGGCCAACCAACUGAACCAACUCCUUACACCAAAGCCUGUGAUCCAACCUUUGAACCUGGUGCUCCCACUAAUGCACAUGUGGUUGAUACUACCAAGAACUCCAUUUCACUCGCAUGGAGUAGACCCAUUUACGACGGUGGUGUCGAUAUCCAGGGAUAUGCUGUGGAGAUCUGCAAAGCCGAUGAGGAGGAAUGGACUCUAUGCACUCCACCAACAGGAGUGAAUGCCACUACCUUCAAAAUCACAAAACUUAUCGAGCAUCAAGAAUAUAAGGUGCAGGUAUGUGCCAUCAAUAAAUUGGGUGUUGGUGAACCUGCUGAGAUUUUAGGAACUGUAAAACCAGUGGAUGCAAUGUUCGCCCCAGAGAUUGAGCUGGAUUCAGAGCUAAGGAAAGGAGUCGUUGUGCGUGCUGGAGGAUCCAUGAGGAUCAAUAUUCCAUUCAAAGGACGUCCUACUCCAGAAAUAAGCUGGUCCAAGGAUGAAGGUGACUUCAAUAACAAAGUUCAAAUUGAGAAAGGCGCCGAUUUUACUCAACUGUCAGUAGACAUCUGUGACAGAAAUGAUGCUGGAAAGUACACUCUGACCCUGGAAAACAGCAGUGGUUCCAAGUCUGCAUUUGUUUCCGUCAAAGUACUUGAUACACCAGGAGCACCCGUAAACUUCACAGUGAAAGAUAUUAAGAAAAACUCUGUCAAUCUUGUUUGGGAGCCCCCACUCAUUGACGGAGGUGCGAGGGUCAAGCAUUACUUUGUUGAGAAGCGUGAAUCCACUAGGAAAGCUUAUUCCAACAUUUCAAACAAGUGUACAAGGAACAGUUUCCAUGUGGGAGAUCUCAUUGAGGGGGUUAUUUAUUACUUCAGAGUUAUGGCUGAGAAUGAAUAUGGUGUAGGCCUGGCAGCAGAAACAGCAGAGCCAGUGAAGACAUCUGAAGUCCCUCUGCCUGUAGGAAAGAUCACAUUGACUGAAGUGACUAAGACAACCGCCUCAAUGGCAUGGGAAAAACCUGACCAUGACGGUGGAAGUAGAAUAAUGGGAUACUACAUAGAAAUGCUGCCUGCAGGAUCAGAGGAAUGGACCCUAUCCACAACCACAAAAACAUGUGAGGGAACUGUAGAAGGCCUAACCGCUGGUCAAGAAUACCAGUUCAGAGUUUCAGCCUUUAAUGACAAAGGAAAGAGUGACACAAGGGUAUUAGCUGCCCCUGUCACAGCUAAAGAUCUAACUAUUGAACCUAGUUUCGUAAUGGCAUUCAACACCUUUAGUGUCCAACAUGGUGAAGAUCUGAAGAUAGAAAUACCAGUAAGAGGACGCCCAGCACCAAAAGUGGUAUGGGCAAAGGAUGGACAGGCAAUUAAAGAGACAACCAGGUUGAAUGUUUCAAGAACAGCAUCAUCAACAAUCCUUGCUAUAAAAGAGGCAACCAGAGCGGAUUCUGGCAAAUACAAAAUCACAGCUACCAACAGUAUAGGAGAAAAAGUUGCAGAAAUCGGAGUGAUCAUCCUUGAUAAACCUGGCCCAGUCACAGGGCCUAUAAAGAUUGAGGAAGUGAGUUCCAAUUAUGUCAACCUCGCAUGGGAACCACCUGCGUACACAGGAGGUUGUCAAAUAAACAAUUACAUUGUGGAAAAGCGUGACACAACAACCGUAGCAUGGCAGUGUGUGUCUGCAACCAUUGCAAGAACAACUAUCAAAGUUACCAAGCUGAAAACCGGUACUGAAUACCAGUUUAGGGUGUUUGCAGAAAACAGAUAUGGAAAGAGUCCGUCAUUGGACUCAGCAGCUGUUGUUGUGCAAUAUCCUUUCAGUGAACCUCUUGCACCUGGUACUCCAUUUGUGUCAUCAGUGACAAAGGACCACAUGGUUGUUGAAUGGAAAGUACCAACCAGUGAUGGAGGCAGUCCAAUCCUUGGUUACCACCUCGAACGCAAAGAGAAGAACAGCAUUCUCUGGACGAAGUUGAACAAACUGCUCAUUCCUGACUGUCGAUUCAAAACAAAUGAACUUGAAGAGGGCAUUGAGUAUGAAUUCAAGGUCUUCGCUGAGAACAUUGCUGGCUUGAGUCCACCUAGCAAGAUUUCUGAUGUUUGUGUCGCCAGAGACCCAUGUGAUCCACCUGGUACCCCUGAGGCUAUUGAUAUUACCAGGAACCACAUUACACUGUCAUGGAAAAAGCCCCAGUAUGAUGGUGGUAGCUUGAUCACAGGCUAUGUUGUUGAAAGGAAGAAGCUUCCUGAUGGCCGUUGGAUGAAGGCUAGCUUCACAAAUGUAAUUGAGACUCAAUUCACAAUCUCAGGUCUGACUGAAGAGUGUGAGUAUGAGUUUAGAGUAAUUGCAAGGAAUGCAUCUGGUAUUUUCAGUGCUCCCUCUGAAAGCACUGGAGCAAUUACUGCUAAAGAUGAAAUUGAAGCACCAACAGCAUCAAUGGAUCCCAAAUUCAAGGACUGUAUUGUCAUCCAUGCUGGUGAAACAUUUGUUAUUGAUGCUGAUAUUUUUGGAAAACCACUCCCUGAAAUCACAUGGUUGAAAGAUGGAAAAGAAAUCGACCAAACUACCCCAAGAAUGGAGAUCAAAACAACCAUUCAACGUACUAUUCUAACAGUCAAGGAAUGUAUCAGAGUAGAUGGUGGACACUUUGUCCUGAAUCUUAGCAAUGUUGGUGGAACAAAAUCUAUUCCCAUCAACGUGAAAGUUCUUGAUAGACCUGGUCCACCCGAAGGUCCAAUGAAGAUAACUGGCGUGACUUCAGAGAAAGCCUAUCUUCACUGGAGUCAUCCAUUACAUGAUGGCGGUGCAAGCUGUUCUCAUUAUAUAAUUGAAAAGAGGGAAACCAGCAGAUUGUCAUGGACUGUAGUUGAACCCAGAAUCCAAGCGGUCAGCUACAAAGUGACUAAACUCUUGCCUGGCAAUGAGUACAUCUUCAGAGUUACAGCAGUAAAUAAGUUUGGCAUUGGUGAACCUCUUGAAUCAGACCCAGUUAUUGCACGUAAUCCUUUUGUGACACCCAGCGCUCCCUCAACACCUGAAGCAAGUGCUAUUACAAGGGACUCAAUGGUCCUUACAUGGGAACGUCCAGCAGAUAAUGGUGGCUCAGAUAUUGAUGGCUAUGUCCUGGAGAAACGAGAUAAAGAGGGCAUUAGAUGGACAAAAUGUAACAAGAAAAGGCUUAAUGACAUCAGGUUCAGAUGUACCGGACUCACCGAGGGACAUUCGUAUGAGUUCAGAGUGUCUGCUGAAAAUGCUGCUGGUGUGGGAGUGCCAAGUGCACCAACAGAAUACAUCAAAGCCUGUGAUGCCACAUAUCCACCUGGUCCUCCUAACAACCCUAAGGUGACAGACCACUCAAGCACAACUGUGUCACUCUCAUGGACAAGACCCAUCUAUGAUGGUGGAGCAGCCAUCAAAGGAUAUGUUGUUGAGAUGAGAGAAGAAGGAGAUGAAGAAUGGAUAACCUGUACACCGCCAACUGGUGUACAAGCAACACAUUUUACUGUGAAAAAACUGAGGGAAAAUGCUGAAUACUAUUUCCGCAUCUGUGCAAUUAACAUUGAAGGAGUUGGUGAGCAUGUUGAUGUUCCAGGGUCUGUAGUUGCAUCUGAAAGACUUGAGGCCCCUGAGAUUGAACUUGAUUCAGACCUUAGGAAAAUGGUCCAAGUACGGGCAAGUGCAACACUGCGUUUGUUUGUGACAAUCAAAGGAAAACCUGAACCUGAAGUAAAGUGGUCCAAGAUGGAUGGCCCUCUUACUGAGCGUGCACAAAUUGAGGUCACAAGCUCCUACACAAUGCUUGUCAUCGACAAUGUCAAUAGAUUUGACACUGGCAAGUAUGUCUUGACUCUUGAGAACCUUAGUGGUCAAAAAUCAGCAUUCAUUAAUGUCAGGGUGUUGGACUCACCAAGUGCCCCUGAGAAUUUUGAAGUCAAGGAUAUUAAGAGAGAUUCUGUAUCACUAUCCUGGGAGCCUCCUAUGAUUGACGGUGGAGCUAAGGUCACCCAUUACAUUGUGGAAAAGAGAGAUAAUACAAGACUGGCAUUUACAAGUGUUACAAAUAACUGUGUAAGAAAUUCCAUGAAGAUUGAUGACCUUAAGGAGGGCGGAAUUUACUAUUUCCGCGUCAAAGCUGUCAAUGAGCUUGGUGUGGGUUUGCCAGCAGAAACAACAGAACCAAUCAAGGUAUCCCAAGCCCCCUUGCCUCCUGGCAAAGUUACAGUUGUAGAUGUUACUCGCGACAGUGUGAGUCUCGCAUGGGAAAAGCCUGAUCAUGAUGGUGGUAGCAAAAUCACAAGCUAUACAGUAGAAAUGAAAACCAUGGGCGAUGAGAAAUGGACUGUAUGCACUGAGAUUAAAGCAUUGGAAGCAACUAUUGGUGGACUCACAACUGGCGAGGAAUAUUCAUUUAGGAUUACUGCUGUCAAUGACAAAGGCAAGAGUGAACCUAAGCCACUGGCAGACCCUGUCGUAGUAAAGGACAUUACAAUCGAACCUAUCAUCGAUCUGAUGUUCAACACAUACAGUGUCAAGGCAGGAGAUGAUCUGAAGAUUGAUGUUCCAUUCAGAGGCAGACCUGAACCUGAGGUGGAAUGGAAAAAAGAUGGAGCUGUAUUGAAGCAGACAACCAGGGUGAAUGUUCUUACAGCAAAAAAUUCAUCGAAAAUUACUAUCAAAGACGCAACCAGGGAGGACUUUGGGAAGUAUGAGAUCAAUUUAACCAACACCGUUGGCAAGAAAUCAGCGACAAUAGCUGUUAUCAUCUUGGAUAAACCUGGCCCACCAGGUGCAAUCAAGGUAGAUGAAGUGAGUGCUGACAAUAUUUCACUGUCUUGGGAUGCCCCACUCUACGAUGGAGGAUGUCAAAUCAACAACUAUGUUGUGGAGAAGAGAGAUACUACCACUACAACAUGGCAGAUUGUUUCAGCCACAGUUGCCAGAACAUCAAUUAAAGUUCCCCGCUUGACACAAGGCACUGAAUAUCAGUUCCGUAUUGCAGCUGAAAAUCGCUACGGCAAGAGCCAUGCUGUGGACUCCGCUCCAAUUGUUGCACAGUACCCCUUCGAGACACCUGGCCUUCCCACUUCCCUCCAUGUUGCCCAUGCUACAAAGUCUGGCAUUUUGGUUGCAUGGGGUAAACCAGCCAGUGACGGCGGAAGUCCAAUCAUUGGUUAUCACCUGGAAAUGAAAGAACAUAGCAGUAUUCUCUGGACAAAGAUCAACAGAGGUAUCAUUGCUGAAACAGAAUUCAAAGUGAUUGGGAUUGAGGAAGGCUUGCUGUAUGAGUUCCGUGUUUAUGCUCAGAAUAUUGCUGGAAUUGGACCUUGCACCAAAGCCUCUGAGCCUGUAGCUGCAAGAGAUCCUUGUGAUCCACCUGUUAACCUUGAGGUCAUUGACAUCACAAGAACUUCAGUUUCCAUUACUUGGCAGGCGCCAGAGAAUGACGGUGGAGCCAAGGUGACUGGCUACAUUGUUGAACGCAGGGAGCUUCCAGAUGGCCGUUGGCUGAAGUGCAAUUUCGCCAGUCUCCAGGACACAUACUUUGACAUUACAGGCCUUACAGAGGACGUACAAUAUGACUUCCAUGUUAUUGCAAAGAAUGCAGCUGGAUUACUCAGUGAGCCAUCACUGAGCACAGGUGCCAUCACAGUCAAGGAUGAGGUGGAUUCACCUCGCAUUGAGUUGGAAGACAGGUUUAGGCAAUUAGUAGUUGUCAAAGCUGGAGAUAUUUUGAGAAUAGAUGCAGAUAUUUCUGGGCGCCCACGUCCAGUCAUUGCAUGGACAAAGGAUGGUAAAGAAAUUGAUGCCAAGGCAAGAGUGGAGAUUACUUCAACACACAGCAAAACCACAUUAAUAGUCAGAGACACUAUCAGAAGAGACACUGGCCAGUACAUUGUAACUCUACAGAACGUUGCUGGCACAAGGUCCUUGGCUGUAAACUGUAAGAUCCUUGACCGCCCUGGACCAUCCUCUGGACCAUUGGUGGUCACUGGUCUGACAGCAGAAAAGUGCACUUUGACCUGGGGACCACCUCAAGAAAAUGGUGGUGCAGAAAUCAUGCACUACAUUGUUGAGAAACGUGAAACCAGUCGUCUCACCUGGACUUUAGUAUAUGGCGAUAUGAAAGCUACAACAUGCAAAGUCACCAAACUGCUUAAAGGAAAUGAAUACAUCUUCAGAGUAAGGGGAGUGAACAAAUAUGGAGACGGUGAAGCCCUGGAGAGUGAGCCCACCAGAGCCAAGAAUGCAUACACUGUCCCUGCAGCACCAACAGACGUUCAAGUCACGAGUAUCACAAGUGAUGCAAUGACAAUCUGCUGGGAAAGACCAGAAUCCGAUGGAGGAAGCAGCAUUUAUGGCUAUGUUAUUGAGAAACGAGAGAAAAUUGGAUUGCGCUGGGUACGAGUGAACAAAAAGCCUGUGUAUGACCUCAGGGUCAAGGCAUCUAAUCUCCGUGAGGGAGCUGAAUAUGAGUACAGAGUCUAUGCAGAAAAUGCUGCAGGCUUGAGCCAACCAAGUAUUCCUACCGAACUAACAAAGGCGGAGGAUCCCCAAUUCUUGCCAUCUCCACCACCUAAACCUAAAGUUAUUGAUUCCUCCAAGACUACUGUUUCUCUUUCAUGGAACAAGCCGUUGUUUGAUGGUGGUGCUCCUGUGACAGGAUACUGUGUUGAAUAUAGGAGAACAGAUGAAUACGAUGAUGACUGGUGUGUCGGUGUUUCAAACACAAAGAACACUGAAUUCACCGUCGUUGGAUUAACUUCUGGAGCAGAAUAUAUAUUUGUUGUCAAAUCAAUCAACAAGAUUGGUCUCAGUGAGCCAAGCCCCCCUACGGAUCCACAGGUGGCUAAAGAGAGGGAAGAGGAACCAGUAUUUGAUAUCAGCAAUGAGAUGCGAAAGACACUCAUUGUAAAGGACGGUAGUUCAUUCACCCUAACUGUGCCAUUCAGGGGAAAGCCCGUUCCUAAUGUUAUGUGGACCAAGGCUGCUGUUGACCUGAGAGUGAGGGCCAGUAUUGAUACCACUGAUACCUUCACAUCUAUCACAGUGGAACAAGCAACAAGAGAUGACUCUGGGAAAUAUAUUGUGACUCUCCAAAACAUAGCUGGAAAAGUUGCAUGUACAUUAAAUGUCAGGGUUCUGGACUCUCCUGGCCCACCAUCUCAUGUUGGGUUCAAGGAUGUUACAAAGAGCUCUGCAACAGUUACAUGGGAUACCCCAGAUAAUGAAGGUGGCGCUGCGGUAAAGAACUACCUUGUUGAUAUUCGUGAGGCAAGCAAAAAGGGAUGGACCAGACUCACAGAUACCUGCCAUCGUCUGACCUACAAAGUAACAGACCUGGUGGAGGGAGGAGUAUACUACUUUAGAGUCACAGGUGAAAAUGAAUAUGGAGUUGGUGUAUCAGCUGAGACCAAAGAUGGUGCAAAGAUUACAGAAAAACCCAGCCCACCAGCAUCACUUGGAGUCACUGAUAUCACCAAGGAAAGUGUUUCACUUGCUUGGGGCAAGCCCGAGCAAGACGGAGGUAGCAGAAUCACCAGUUACCAAAUCGAUGCUCUUGAGAAGGGUCAGGAUAAAUGGGUGAAAGUUGGUGUCACCAAGUUCACCCACAUUGUGGUCUAUGGUCUGACGCAAAAUGCUGAAUACUUCUUCAGAGUUCGUGCUGAAAACCACGCUGGAUUCAGUGAUGCUAAAGACAUGAUUCUGCCUGUAACAGUUAAAGACCAGCAUGAACCUCCUGAGAUCAACAUGAAGAAGUUCCCCCACAAUACAGUCUAUGUCAGAGCAGGAUCAAACCUGAAAUGUGAGAUCCCACUUACUGGCAGACCUAUGCCAAAGGUUUCUCUUUCAAAGGACAAUGUUGCACUGAAGUCAACUAUGAGAUUCAACUCUGAAGUAACUCCUGAAUACCUCAUCAUUACUCUUCGUGAGAGCAUUGCAAUUGAUUCAGGAAGGUAUGACAUCUGUGCCUCCAACACAAGUGGAACCACCAAGUCUUUUGUUAACAUUGUGGUCCUGGAUAGACCAAGCGCCCCAGUUGGUCCUGUGGAAAUGACUGACGUGACAGAGGACAGUGUGAGUCUGAAGUGGUGUCCUCCUCGUUAUGAUGGUGGAAGCACCAUUUCAAAUUACAUCAUCCUCAAACGUGAAACAACCAACGCCAAUUGGACUGAAGUCUCCUCGGCCGUCGCAAGAUGCACCAUGAAAAUCAUGAAGCUUACAACAGGACUGGAGUACCAGUUCAGAAUCAGGGCUGAGAAUCGCUACGGUGUCAGUGAGCACAUUGACUCUCCAACCGUCAGAGUAGAUCUGCCCUACACCGUCCCUGUAGCUCCAUCAGCUCCUAUGGUUACAUCUGUAACCAGAGAGAGCAUCACUGUAGCCUGGAAGGAGCCAGCCUCCAAUGGAGGAAGCCAUGUCUUUGGAUACCACCUUGAAAUAAAGGAUAGAAACAGCAUCUGUUGGCAGAAGGUUAACAAGACUGUUAUCCGUGCCACACACUACAAGGUGUCAGACAUUGCUGCCGGCCUCAUCUAUGAGUUCAGGGUUACAGCAGAAAACGCAGCUGGAUGCAGUCCACUCAGCAAAAUCUCAGACGCAGUACUUGCAAUUGAUGCUUGCGAGCCUCCAACCAAUGUCAGGAUCACUGACAUCACGAAGACUUCCAUCAGCAUCGCAUGGCAGAAGCCCAAUUAUGAUGGCGGUAGCAAGAUCACAGGAUACCUGAUUGAGAAGAAAGAGGGCCAGAAGGACAGAUGGACGAAGGCUAACUUGACCAAUGUUUCUGACACACAUUAUACUGUGACAGGACUUACUCAGGAUGAGACCUAUGAAUUCAGAGUCAUGGCAAAGAAUGCAGUUGGAUCAAUUAGCAAUCCAUCCAUCAUUGCAGGCCCUGCAACUUGUGUGGAUACAUAUGGUGCCCCUGAGAUUGAAAUUCCUGAUGAAUAUCGCGAGGUUGUGAAACACAAAGCUGGAACCACUGUCGAGCUUAGAUUUGGAAUCAUUGCCAAACCAGCACCGACAAUUGAGUGGUACAAGGACAGAAAGGAACUUGAGUCCGGUGCGCAGGCUCAGCUGGUACAGAAGAAUGCUGCUGAUAGUUCCACUCUUAUCAUCAGGGAUACCACACGUCUCAACUCUGGAACAUAUGAGAUGAGGCUCAAAAACUCUUUGGGCUCAGCAUAUGCCUACGUCAGAGUACAAAUUCUUGAUAAACCAGGACCACCACCUGGCGAGAUUCAGCUCAAGAAGGUCACUGCUAACAGUAUCACCAUAAUGUGGGAUCCUCCUGAGGACGAGGGUGGCGCAAUGGUAACCCACUACAUUGUGGAGAAACGGGAGGCCAGCAGAAUUCAAUGGUCCAUUAUCUCUGAGAAUUGGGCGGAAUGUAUUGUGAAUGUCCCAAGACUGAUCAAAGGCAAUGAGUACAUCUUCAGAGUCCGAGGUGUGAACAAAUAUGGAGUUGGAGACCCACUGGAAUCUGAACCCGUAGAAGCAAAGAAUGCAUUUGUUCCUCCAAGUCAACCAUCCAAGCCUCAAGUCACCAUGAUCACACACUCCUCAAUGACGGUGGUAUGGGAAAGACCUGGAAUUGAUGGCGGAAGUGACAUUGAUGGAUAUUACCUGGAAAAACGAGAGAAGACAAGCUUGUGUUGGUUCAAGGUUAUCAAAAACACCAUUCGUGAUACAAGACAGAAAGUCAGCAACCUGCUCACUGGAAAGGACUAUCAAUAUCGUGUGUGUGCUGUCAAUAAGGCUGGAGCUGGUCCAUACUCCGAAGAGUCUGACCUCUUCAAAGCUGCUGAUGCAGUUGACCCACCAGGUGAACCAACCAAACUCAGAGUGGUCGACUCCACCAAAACAUCCAUCACCCUAGGCUGGGUGGCGCCAGUGUAUGAUGGUGGCAGCGAGAUCACCAGCUACAUCGUUGAGCAGAUGACCUCUGAAGAAAGGGAAUGGGCUGUCAUCAGCCACAACGGAGAAGUGAGGACAACAGAGUAUGUUGUGAAUCACCUGAAACCAGGAACCUAUUACUUCUUCCGUGUAUCUGCUGUCAACUGUCUGGGACCCAGUCAACCAAUCGAGAUGUACCAGCCUGUUCAAUCCAAGGAUAUUCUUGAGGAGGCUGAUCUUGAUUUGGAUGUUCCCAUGACGACUCAAUACACCGCCAAGGCAGGAAGGGAUAUUGAGGUGUUUAUUCCACUGAAGGGCAGACCUGCACCAAACUGCACAUGGAGAAGACAUGACAAGAACAUGGCCAGCGAUGCAAGAUACACUAUCACCAGCACAGAACGUACAACAGUUCUUGUCAUUCCAAAGGUCACCCGUGACGACUGCGGCAAAUACUACCUGGAGAUUGAGAACGGUGUUGGCGAGUCCAAGUUCAUCACUGUGUCUGUCAAGGUUCUUGACACCCCAUCCACUUGCCAAAAACUGAUCAUCAAGAAUGUCACCAGAGGCAAGUUGACCCUGAGCUGGGAAGCUCCUCUGAUCGAUGGUGGUUCCCCAAUCACCAACUACAUUGUGGAGAAGAAAGACGCUAACAACAGAGCGUAUACAGUCGUGUCAUCAGAGUGCCCCAACACAUCAUACAAGAUCGACGGUCUGUCAGAUGAAAUUGCCUACUUCUUCAGAGUGUCUGCUGAGAAUGAGCAUGGUACUGGUGAUACAUGUGAGACUGCAGAGCCAGUCAGGGCCACUGAGACCCCCGGACCAGUCAAAGAGCUGGUCAUGACAGACGCUACUAAUACAUCAGUGACUCUUCACUGGACCAAGCCUGACCAUGAUGGAGGUAGCCACAUUUCAGACUAUGUCAUUGAGACGAAAACUAAAGAGGAAGAAACCUGGACUGUUGCUACAACAUGCAAGCGUUGCACAUGUGAAGUUAAAAACCAGAAGGAAAAUUCUGUUGUGAACUUUAGAGUGUUUUCUAAGAAUGAGAAGGGCAUCAGUGACUUCUCUCAGAUUGGGCCCAUAACAGUAAAGGAGUUCAUUAUUCCACCUGAGGCCAACAUGAUAGAUUAUCCAAAUGGCGAACUCUUUGUUCGUGUCGGUCAAAACAUCCAUAUUGAGAUGCCAUUUAAGGGUAAACCAAAGCCAUCUGUUGGAUGGAUGAAGGAAAACAUUCCUUUGAAAGAAAGUGAACAGAUUCGCUUCCGUGAAACAGACAACAAAGUGUCUAUAACAGUCAGAAGCGCAAAGAAAGAGAAUGCAGGCCUAUACACAUUGGUUCUGAACAACAAGCUUAUCAAGAACUUCUUUGACGUCAAUGUGAUCACUCUCGGACCCCCCUCUGUGCCAGUUGGACCGGUCCGAUUUGAUGAGGUCAAAGCACAGGGCAUCAUUAUAUCUUGGGAUGAACCACAGGACAAUGGAGGUGGAGACAUCACUUGCUACAGUGUGGAGAAACGAGAGACGGCCCAGGCUAAUUGGAAGAUGGUUUGCUCCAGUGUGGUGAGGACAACGUUCAAGAUACCCAACCUGGUCAAGGGCACAGAGUACCAGUUUAGAGUACGUGCAGAGAACAAAUACGGAGUGAGCGAUCCUUUGAAUUCAUCAGACGUGAUCGCCCAACACCAGUACAUGCCACCAGGUGCACCAGGAAAACCAGUCACAUACAACGUUACCAGUGACGGCAUGACUAUCCAAUGGGAAGCACCCAGCUUUGAUGGCGGCUCACCAAUCACCGGCUACCAUGUUGAGAAGAAGGACAGAAACAGCCUGCUGUGGACUAAAGUAAAUUCCAGCAUCAUCUCUGCCCGUGACUACAGAAUCAUUCAGUUGAUUGAAGGACUGGAGUAUUCCUUCAGAGUCUAUGCAGAGAAUAAUGCUGGCCUGAGUCCCGUCAGUGAACAGAGCAAACAUGCCCUCGCAAUCUCCCCAGUUGAUCCACCUGGUACGCCUAACGUCAUUGAUGUCACAAGAGAUACUGUCACUCUCAAAUGGGAUAUACCCAAGAAAGAUGGAGGAUUUAAGAUUGUGGCAUACAGUGUGGAGAGACGUCAAGGUAGAGGCAAAUGGUUGAGAUGCAACUUCACCGACAUAAGUGAUUUGCAAUUCACCAUCACCGGACUUUCUGCUGGUGAUCGCUAUGAAUUCAGAGUGAUUGCCAGAAAUGCUGUCGGUACAGUCAGUCCACCCUCACAGUCAUCGGGCUAUGUCAUGACCAAAGAUGAAAGUGUUUCUCCCGACAUUGAGUUCAGAGCCGACACUGCUCUUGUGUACAAGGCUGGCGAAAACAUCAAACUAAACUGUAGUAUCACGGGUCGACCAGUGCCUCAGGUCAUAUGGUACAAGGACGGUAAAGAGAUUGACAAGAUGAUGUUGAUUGAUAUUACCACUAACAUCGGCUCCAGCCACCUGUUCAUCAGAGAUGCUGAUCGCAACCAUCGCGGAGUGUACAUGGUGGAAGCCAAGAACAGCUCUGGAACAAAGACAGAGAGUAUCAACAUCAGAGUCUCAGAUACCCCUGGACCACCUGAGGGACCAGUGCGUUUCACUGGUAUCACUGCAGAAAAGGCAACUGUCUGGUGGAACCCCCCAGAGAACGAUGGAUGUGCUGCAAUCCUCUGUUAUACAGUGGAAAAGAGAGAAACAUCUAGGAUCUCCUGGGCAAUGAUGACAAGCAAGUGUGAAGCUUGUUCAUUCAACGCCACCAAGCUGAUCAAGGGCAACGAGUACCAGUUCCGUAUCUCUGCUGUCAAUAAGUUUGGAGUUGGACGUCCUCUCGACUCUGAUCCAUUCAUUGCACAGAUGCAAUUCACCGUUCCAGAAGCCCCAGGAACACCAGACGCCACAAAUGUGACUGGAGACACCAUCACAAUAGGCUGGACAAGACCCAGAUCAGAUGGUGGAAAUGAGAUCAAGCACUACAUCCUGGAGAGACGUGAGAAGAAGAGCUUGCAAUGGGUGAAGGUUUCAUCCAAGAGGCCAAUCACUGAGCUCAGACACAGAGUGACACACCUGAACGAAGGUAAUGAAUAUGAAUUCCGUGUCAUGGCUGAAAACGGUGCCGGAAUCGGACCAGCAAGCAGCACAUCAAGACUUUUCAAGUGCAGAGAGCCUACAAGCGCACCAAGUGCACCUUCUCUGGUGAAGGUCACCGACUCCACAAAGUCGUCUGUCACCCUGGAAUGGAUCAAGCCUGUGUUUGACGGUGGUAUGGAGAUCAUUGGCUACGUCAUUGAGAUGUGCAAGGCAAGCCUUAAUGAAUGGCACCAAGUCAAUAGAGCAACUUGCAUCAACACAACAUACACCGCUAAAGGUUUAACGGCUGGUGAGGAAUAUAGGUUCCGUGUGCGUGCAGUGAAUGGGUCUGGAAAAGGAGAAGCAUGUGCAGUUCCUAAUCCAGUGCAAGCUGUUGAUAGACUGACAUCACCAGAAAUCACCCUUGAUGCAGACUUCAAACAGACACACGUUGUGAAGAACGGGGCCACCGUCACUCUUCAUAUUGCCUUCUGUGGUAAACCAGCUCCGCUGGCUACAUGGACCAAGACAGGUGGAGAACUUGGUGUUAUGGCAGAUGUCAACACAACUGACACAUACAGUACCUUGACCAUUGAGAGCUGUACCAGAUUUGACUCUGGAAAAUACACCUUGUUGCUUGAGAACAACGGAGGCCGCAAAUCUAUCACAUUGACCGUGAAGGUGCUUGAUACACCUGGACCUCCAGGAGCUAUCAGCUUCAAGGAUGUGACCAGGGGAGCUCUGACAAUGCUGUGGGACGCUCCAGCCAACGACGGCGGAGCCCGUAUUCAGCACUACAUCGUAGAAAAGCGUGAGGCUAGUCGUCUCAGCUGGAAGUCAGUCAGCGAAAAAUCCUCACGCCAAAUGAUCAGAAUGACCAACCUUGAAAUAGGUGUACCUUACCUGUUCAGAGUCAUCGCUGAAAAUACGUAUGGCAGGGGAGAACCCUGUGAGAUGACUGAGCCGAUUACUGCAACUGAGGUCCCUGCUCCACCCAAGAGUCUUGACGUCAUUGACACUACUAAUUCCACUGCUAUCUUGGCCUGGCUGAAACCUGAACAUGACGGUGGCAGCCGCAUCACAGGUUACAUUGCUGAGGCCAAAGCAAAGGGCUCUGAUCGCUGGAUUGUUGUCGGUCAAACCAAACACCUAAAGUUAGUCAUUGACGGCUUGAUUGAGAACACAGAAUAUGACUUCCGCAUCAAGGCUAUCAAUGAGGCUGGUAUCAGUGUCCCAAGAGAUGCCUUAGCAUCCGUUGUCAUCAAGGAGCCCAAGAUUGAGCCCACAGCAGAUCUCAGUGGCAUAAAUAACCAGCUCAUCACAUGCAAGACUCACAAUGCAUUCACCAUUGAUAUCCCCAUCAGUGGCAGACCAGCUCCAAAGGCCACCUGGAAACUGGAGGAGAUGAAGCUAAAAGAGACUGAUAGAGUGAUCAUCAAGACUACUACAGAAAGGACCACCCUGGUGGUAAAAGACAGCAAGAGAGGAGAUAGUGGAAAAUAUUACCUCACUCUGGACAAUGCCGCCGGACUGAAGACAUUUGCUGUUACUGUCAACGUUGUUGGAAGACCCACUCCACCAGUAGGACCCAUUGAAAUCUCUGAAGUGUCAUCAGAGGGCUGCUCAUUGGCUUGGACAGCACCAGAGGAUGACGGUGGAACAGAUAUCGACAACUACAUUGUUGAGAAACGUGAAUCUGGAUCUACAUCCUGGCAAGUGGUGAACUCAAGUUGUAAACGCACCACGAUCAAAGUAAGCCAUCUGACCAAAUACAUGGAGUACACCUUCCGUGUCUCUGCUGAGAGCAAGUAUGGCGUGAGCAAGUCCAUUGAGUCUUCAGCUGUUGUCAUUGAGCAUCCAUUUGUUCCACCAAGUCCACCAACUCGCCCAGAUAUGGUGUCAGUAUCUGCUACGGCUAUUGGCAUCAAGUGGGAUCUGCCAUACGCUGAUGGCGGCAGUAAGGUGACUGGAUACUGGAUAGAGAAGAAGGAGAGAAACACCAUUCUUUGGGUCAGGGAGAACAAGCUUCCAUGCCUGGAUACCCAAUACAAAGUCUCUAGUCUCAUUGAAGGCCUGGAGUACCAGUUCAGAGUUUAUGCUAUGAAUAUUUCUGGUCUCAGCAAAGCCAGUGAGGCCUCAAGACCAGUAGUGGCUUUGAACCCAGUCGAUCCUCCUGGUAAACCUGAGGUGACUGAUGUCACAAGGUCCUCAGUAACUAUUGCAUGGGGUAUACCAUUCAAUGAUGGUGGCAGCAAGAUUGUCGGAUACAUCGUUGAGCGCAAGCCAUGGAGUGAUGAUGAGUGGGAUAAUGCCCGCUGGUUGAAAUGUAACUACACCACCAUCACAGAGACUCACUUCACAGUUGGAGGACUGGGUGAAGCAGAAAUCUUUGAAUUCCGUGUCAUUGCCAAAAAUGGAGCCGGAGUUCACAGUGCACCAUCUGAAACAACAGGACCGAUCACCUGCAAGGACGAAUACACUCCUCCCAAGGCUGAACUUGACAGCUCUCUUGUUGGAGAGCAUGUCACUAUCCGGGCUGGAUCAGACCUGGUCCUUGAUGGUGUAAUUGGUGGUAAACCCGAACCCAUAGUAUGGUGGGCCAAGGGUGACAAGGUGCUGGAGCUGGGAGAGAAAUACUCCCUGACAUACACCAGUUCAAGAGCCAUGGCCAUCAUCAAGUCCUGCAACAGAAACGACACAGGAAGAUACGUUCUGACCGUGAAGAACGCCAGUGGAACCAAGACAGCGUCUGUCAACGUUAAAGUACUCGAUACACCAGGGCCUCCUGAGGAAAAGGUCACAAUCACCAGGGUGACAGAUGAGAAGUGCACUGUGUCUUGGAAGAUCCCCCUGGAGGACGGUGGAGAUCUUGUCACUCAUUACAUUGUUGAUAGACGUGAGACCAGCAGACUCAACUGGGUGAUCAUGGAGACCGAGUGCAAGACUCUGUCCUGUGUCAGCUCCAAACUGAUCAAGAACAACGAGUACGUCUUCCGUGUCAGAGGAGUAAACAAGUUCGGACCUGGUGUGCCCUUGGAGUCCGAUCCUGUCAUCGCCAGAAACGCAUACACUGUCCCAUCACAACCUGGAGCACCAGAAGUCACGGCUGUAGGAAAGGAGCACGUCAUCAUUGAAUGGAUGAAACCUGAAAGUGAUGGUGGAAGUGAGAUCAAGAAUUACCUGGUGGACAAACGUGAGAAGAGCAGUUCCAGAUGGACCAGGGUCAAUAAGACCUUUACCAUCUAUGACAUCCGCCUGAAGAUCUCUGGUUUGCUGGAAGGCAGUGACUACCAGUUCCGUGUUACAGCUGUGAAUACAGCUGGAAACAGCCAGCCCAGUGAAGCCUCUCAGUAUGCCUACUGUAGAGAGCCAACAUACACUCCAGCCCCUCCUUCAAUUCCACGUGUGGUAGAUUCCACCAAGCAUAGCAUUAGCUUGCAAUGGACCAGACCCAUGUAUGAUGGUGGCGCUGAUGUUGUUGGCUACGUAGUGGAGGUGCUUGAGGAAGGAACCGAGCAGUGGUACAGGGCCACUCAGAAGACUUUGAAGACCAAUUCGUUUGUUGCCACUGGACUUCAAAGCAACAAGAAGUACAGUUUCCGUGUCGCAGGAGUCAAUAGCAAUGGCACUGGGGAAUUCAGCGAACCUAGUGUGGAAAUUGAGCCUGUUGAGAAACUCUCAAUCCCUGAUCUUGAGCUUCCUGAUGAUCUGAAGAAGAUUGUGUGUCUGAGAGCUGGUAACACUCUUAGGCUGUUCGUCAAUGUGGCUGGAAGACCGGCUCCUGUACUGACCUGGAGGAAACCUGGCGUUGACCUGCAGAGCCGUGGGUUCAUUGAUACAACUGAUAGUUACACUCAACUGAUCGUUGAGAAGGUCCAUCGUUACGAUGCCGGCAAAUACACCAUUGAGGCUGAAAAUCCAUCUGGCAAGAAGUCAGCAACCAUUCUCGUCAAAGUUUAUGACACUCCUGGACCACCUGGUUCAGUUAGAGUCAAAGACUACACAAAGGAGUCUGUCGUCAUCACAUGGGACGUACCAACUAUUGACGGCGGAGCCCCUGUGAACAACUACAUCAUUGAGAAACGUGAAGCUUCAAUGAAAUCCUACAAAACAGUUACAACAGAAUGCAGGAAGACCUUGUUCAGAAUUACUGGCCUGGAGGAAUCAGUACACUACUUCUUCAGAGUGUUACCAGAGAACAUAUAUGGUGUUGGAGAACCAUGUGAAACCCCUGAAUCAGUGUUGGUCUGUGAAGUACCCAGCCUUCCUCAGGAUCUGCACAUUGUGGAUAUUGGAAAGUCCUCCGCCAUACUUAACUGGGAGAAACCUCUUCAUGAUGGUGGAAGCAGACUGACGGGCUAUGUUAUUGAAGCUAACAUCGUUGGAUCAGACAGAUGGAGUGCAGUGGCCACCGUUAAACAGUCCAUGUCCCAGCAUACCGUCACUGGUCUGACAGAGAAGGAGACUUAUCUCUUCAGAAUCAGAGCUACCAACAGCAGAGGAGUUAGCGAGCCUAGGGAGAUUACAGGACCUGUGGUCAUUCAGGAACAACUAUUGGCGCCCUAUAUUGAUCUGACCGGCAUUCCACAGAAGGUUGUCCAUGUGCCAGCCGGCAAACCAAUCGACCUCAAUAUUCCUAUAAAGGCCAGACCUGCUCCAGUUUGCACCUGGUCCUUCAAUGGUGCUAAAAUGAAGGAUAGUCUUGACCGGGUUAAGAUUGAGUCUAAUGGAAAAUACGCCAAACUGACUGUCCGUGAGACAACCAUUGAUGACACUGGUAGCUACACUCUUCAAGUAAAGAAUUAUGUAGGAACUGCGACAGAGAUACUUAAAAUUAUCAUUCUUGAUAAACCUGGAAUACCUAUUGGACCGAUCACAGUUGAUGCCGUUGAUGCCACAUCUGUAACGGUCAGCUGGGAGCCACCAGAAAAGGAUGGCGGCGCCAACGUUAGUGGCUAUGUUGUUGAGCAGCGUGACGCUCACCGCCCCGGAUGGCUACCAGUGUCCGAAUCUGUCACAAGACCCACAUUCAAGUUCACCAGAUUGUCUGAGGGAACUGAGUACGUGUUCCGUGUGGCUGCAACAAACCGCUUCGGCAUUGGGGGAUUCUUGCAGUCUGAAGUUGUUGAAUGCAAGAGUCUCAAGACCGUACCCAGUGCACCAAACCGACCUGAUGUACUGGAUGUGACUCAUGAGGGAAUGACCAUCACAUGGCAGCCACCAGAAGAAGAUGGAGGCUCCCAGGUGUCUGGAUAUAUAAUUGAGCGCAAGGAGGUCAGAUCUGAAAGGUGGAUGAGCAUCGUUAAGAACCCAGUCACCAUGACCAGAUACAGAUCAUCAGGUCUGUGCGAAGGCAAUGAGUAUGAGUUCCGCGUGAUCGCCCUGAACUCCAGAGGCUCGAGCAAACCCAGUAUGGCAUCUAAACCAGCUAUCGCCAUGGAUCCCAUCGAGCCUCCUAGUGCACCACAGUUCCCCAUGGUCACAGACACAACCAGGACAUCUGUGUCUCUGGCCUGGAGUCCUCCAGAGGAAGAGGGUGGUUCUGUCAUCACUGGUUACCUGAUUGAGAUGCAGAAGGUGGACCAGGUGGAAUGGACCAUGUGCAACACGACACCCAUAAAGAUCUGUGAAUACACUCUGACACACAUGCCUCAGGGAGCUGAGUACAGGUUCCGUGUGAUGGCCUGCAACGCUGGUGGACCCGGAGAGCCAGUUGAGAUCCCAGGAAUAGUCAAGGUUAUAGAAAUGCUUGACUAUCCCGAUUAUGAACUGGACCUCAAAUAUGAGGAAGGCUAUGUGGUCAGACAGGGAGGAGUCAUCAGGCUGUCUGUACCCAUCAAGGGUAAACCAGUCCCUAUUUGCAAGUGGACAAAGGAAGGCCGAGAUAUCUCUCACAGAGCUAUGAUUGCCACCAAUGAUGAUAUCACUGAACUUGUGAUCAAAGAAGCCCACAGAGAUGACACUGGCACAUAUGACCUGGUCCUGGAGAACAAAUGUGGCAGGAAGGCUGUCUACAUUAAUGUUAAAGUGAUUGGACGUCCAGAUGCACCGGAAGGUCCUCUUGAAUUUGAUGAUAUCCAGGCUCGCUCUGUAAGAGUCAGCUGGAGACCUCCCUCUGAAGACGGUGGCUCGGAUAUCCUGGGUUACAUCGUUGAAAGGCGAGAGGUAUCAAAGGUAGCAUGGUAUACUGUAGACUCAAGAGUGGUGGACACAGCUCUGGUGGUCAAGGGGCUGAAGGAGAAUGUUGAAUACCAUUUCAAGAUCACUGCUGAAAACCAGUUUGGUGUGAGCAGAUCUCUCAAAUCAGAUGAAUGUGUCACUCCAAAGACACCGCUGUCUCCACCAGAACCUCCAAUCAACCCACCAGAAGUUAUGGAUGUCACAAAGAGCACUGUUGCUCUAUCUUGGGGCAGACCAAAGGAUGAUGGUGGCGCGCGCAUUACAGGAUACUACGUUGAGAGGAGAGAGGUAUCCACAGAGAAGUGGGUGCGUCACAACAAGACACACAUCACCACUACAAUGUACACUCUCACUGGACUCAUCCCUGAUGCUGAAUAUCUGUUCCGUGUCGUGGCACAAAACGACAUCGGUCAGAGUGAACCUGGACCAGUAUCUGAAAAUGUUAUAUGCAAAGAUCCAUUCGACAAACCCAGUCAACCAGGUGAGAUUGAUAUAAUCUCCGUUGCCAAAGACUGCAUCACUAUUCACUGGCUGCGCCCAGAAUGCGAUGGUGGCAAAGAGAUCCUGGGUUACUGGAUUGAGUUCAGACAGGCAGGUGAAAGUGCCUGGAAGAAAUGCAACAAGGAGCGUUCCAAGGACAGACAGUUCACCAUGGGUGGUCUGAUGGAGGCUACAGAGUAUGAGUUCAGAAUCCUUGCAGAAAAUGAAACAGGAAUGAGUAGACCUCGCAGGACCGCCAUGGGCAUCAAGACUAAAUUGAGCUUGGGAGAGGCUCCUAGUCUCAAGGAAGACAUGGCAGAUGUCAUCACAAAACUUGGUGAAUCAGGAACUCUGACAUGCCAGAUUAUUGGACGUCCCCUUCCUGACAUCAGAUGGUACAGAUAUGGCAAGGAGCUGAUCCAGAGCCGCAAGUACAAGAUGAGUUCUGAUGGUCGCAACCAUUCACUGACAGUGGCCACAGAUGAACAGGAAGAUGAGGGCAUAUACACUUGCAGAGCUGCCAAUGAAGCCGGUGAAACAGAGUCCAGCGGCAAGCUGCGCUUGCAGGCCGCACCUGCUUUCCACCCUGGAUUCCCAUUGAAGGAGAAAUACACUGCAGGGUGUGGAACAAGUCUUCGUCUCCAUGUUGUCUACAUUGGCCGUCCAAUUCCACAAAUCAUGUGGUUCUAUGCAAAGAAGCCGCUCAACGCGUCUGAAAACGUGAUAAUUGAAAACACUGAGAGUUACACUCAUCUGGUUAUAAGGAAUGUACAGCGCAAAACAAAUGCUGGAAAAUACAAGGUGCAAUUGACCAACAAAUUUGGAACUGUUGAAACCAUACUCAAGGUUGAAAUUCAAGAUAAACCAACCAAACCUGAGGGACCUAUUGUUGUUGAUGCUGUGUUGAAGAGCGCAGUGAUCAUCAGCUGGAAACCACCAAAGGAUGACGGUGGAUCAAUGAUCACCAACUACAUUGUGGAAAAACGAGAAGCAAAGGAAGGCGAGCAGUGGCAUCUGGUGUCAUCAUCAGUCUCAGGAAACACUUGCAGGAUUCCAAAUCUGAUUGAAAGUGCUGGAUAUUACUUCCGUGUUUCUGCUCAGAACCAAUAUGGAGUCAGUGAGGCACUUGAAGUUCCUGGUGUUCUCAUUAUCAAAAGUCCAUUCGCAAAACCUGGAAUUCCCAUGCAGCCUGUUGUCACAGAAGUGACCAACGAUUCUUGUCUUGUGUUCUGGAAACCACCAAAAGACGAUGGAGGUGCAAAGAUAAAGAACUAUUUCCUUGAAAAACGAGAGAAGAAACAGAACAAAUGGAUCACUUGUACAUCCAAUAAAAUCCAUGAGACACAUUUCGCUGUAAAAGGCCUUCUUGAGGGCUUUGAGUAUGAGUUCCGUGUGAAAUGUGAAAACAUGGGUGGUGAGAGUGAUUGGAGUGAGGUAUCAGAGGCCAUCAUUCCCAAAUCAGGUCUCACAAUGAAACCUCCUGUCUUCAGAGAAGAAAUGAGACCAGAAAUGAUUGUGAAGUUUAGAUCCAAUGCUACAUUUGUCACAAAAAUUGUUGGACAUCCCAUCCCCACCGUGAAAUGGUAUAAGAAUGGCAAAGAAAUUGUUGCAGAUGGUACCAAACUCAAAUUGCAGGAAUUCAAGGGAGGUUAUUACCAACUUGUUAUUGCAAAUGCCGAGGACAGCGACGCAGGUGUCUAUCAAGUCAGGGCAACAAACCAAGGAGGAUCCAUCUCUACAACAGUGAAUCUGACUGUUGAAGUUCCUGCCAAGAUCCACCUACCUCAAGAACUGCAAGGCAUGGGAGCAGUUCAUGCUGUAAAGGGUGAAGUGGUUACCAUUAAGAUUCCAAUCAGUGGCAAGCCUGACCCUCAAAUCCAAUGGCAGAAGGGACCAGAGAUCAUGGGAUCAUCAGCUCACACUCAAGUGAUUGUCACAAGAUCAUUUACUUCACUCGUGUUCCCCAAAGGAGUUCAGAAGAAGGAUACAGGUUACUACGUAAUCACUGCCAAGAACAGAUUCGGAGUUGACAAACAGACCAUUGAAGUUGCCGUGGCAGAUGUACCAGAUCCUCCUAAGGGCAUUAAAGUCAGUGAAAUCACUAGAGAUUCCAUCACUUUAACCUGGAGUCCUCCAGAAAAAGAUGGCGGAAGCCCUAUCAUUAACUACAUUAUUCAGAAGUGCCCCACAUCAGGUGACAGGUGGAUCCGCGCAGGCCAAACCAACGAGCCUAAAUACACCAUGAUCGCUCUGUUUGGCAAGACGAAAUACCAGUUCCGUGUCAUUGCGGAGAACCAGUUUGGUCUGAGCGAUCAUUCUGAACCAACUGAGCCUGUUACAACAAUAGAAGAUAAAUCCGUUAUCAGAAACUACGAUGAAGAAGUUGAUGAAGCUAGAGAAAUCACCAAAGAGGAGGCACCACAUUCAUCAAAGAUCAAGAUGGUGGCUGCCCAAUACACAAUAUCUGAAGAGCUGGCACGUGCCGGAACAUUUGGCGUUGUUCAUCGCUGUGUUGAAAACAAGUCCAAGAAGACAUUCAUGGCCAAGUUUAUCAAGAUCAAAGGUACUGAUCAGGAGCUGGUUACUAGGGAAAUUGAGACACUCAAUCUCUGUAAACACAAGAACUUCAUGUACCUACAUGAGUCUUUUGACAGUUUGGAAGAAAUGGUCUUGAUCUAUGAGUUCAUCUCAGGCGUGGACAUCUUUGAACGACUUGGCACAGGCAACUUUGAGCUCUCAGAACUGGAGAUUGUUAGGUACCUGAGACAGGUGUGCUCAGCUCUGAAGUUCUUGCACAAACUCAACUAUGCUCAUUUUGAAAUCAAACCUGACAACAUUGUCUACACCACAAGAAAGAGCACAAAUAUCAAAAUUAUUGAAAUGGGCCAGGCUAGAUUACUGACUCCUGGAGAAAAUAUCAGAAUCAAUUUCACUGCACCAGAGUAUUGUGCACCUGAAAUCCACCGUCAUGGACUUGUCAGCACUGCAACUGACAUGUGGUCAGUUGGUGUACUAACGUAUGUGCUCCUCAGUGGACUUAACCCCUUUGCAGCAGAAUCAACCACAAAAAUGAUUGAGAAUAUCUCAAAUGCAGAGUACAUCUUCGACAGUGAGGCUUUCAAAGAGACCAGCCUCGAAGGUAUGGACUUCUGUGACAGACUUCUUUGUAAAGACCUGAAGAAACGUAUGACUGCUCAUGAAGCUCUGGAACAUCCUUGGCUUAGAUUGAAGCUGGAGCACCUCAGCAAAAAAACUAUCAAGACAUUGAGUCACAGAAGAUACUACCAGACGUUGGUGAAGAAAGAGAGAGAGACAAUUGUCUCAUCAGCUCGUGUUGCUUUCGGUGGUGGCUUCAGAAGUUACAGAGGUUAUGCAGUUGGCAAAGUCAAGAUUGCGCACCCUACAGAAGGUCUGAGAGCCGGUCCAGUCAUGCAUGGAUCUUCAGAGGAGGGUGGACAUGUCAGAUUUGUUUGCAACAUUGAACAUUAUGAUGAAACCACAAAAGCAACUUGGUACUUUGGCACCCGCCAGUUAACAGCAAGUCACAAAUAUGAAAUCAGCUACAUCAAUGGAGUUGCUAGCAUCUACGUCAAGGAAAUUGAAACAUCUGACGAUGGUGUCUACAGAUGCAAAGUCAUCAGUCAGGACGGUGAAGAUAACGCCUAUGGAGAACUCUUUGUUGAAACUGUGAGAUGCUACCGUGAACACUUCAUUGGACGCUCACUCACAAAGAAGAGAAAGCUUGAUAAGCAAAGACUUAUGCAGAGACCACCAGACUUCACUCUGCCUCUGUACAACCGCUCUGCUUACAUCGGUGAAGAUGUUCGUUUCGGUGUAACCAUAACAGUGCAUCCAGAGCCAACAGUAACAUGGCUGAAGGCUGGUCAGAAAAUCAAACGAGAUGAUAAGAAGUACACUUUCAUUAGUGACAAGGGUCUUUAUCAGUUGAUGAUCCACAAUCUUGACCUUGAUGACGAUGCUGAAUAUACUGUUAUGGCCCACAACAAGUUUGGUGAAGACAGUUGCACAGCACGUCUUACAGUGACACCUCACCCUGUUAGUGAAGACACCAUGAGGCCAAUGUUCAAACGGCUGUUGGCUAACGUGGAGUGUGUAGAGGGCCAUAGUGUCCGCUUUGACUUGAGAGUCUCGGGAACACCUGCACCAAUCUUGAAAUGGGAGAAGGAUGGCAGGCCACUGGAAUUCAACCAACAAAUCACAGUUGUUCAAGAGGAUGUAGACUAUCACGUUCUGCAUGUCAGAGAAACUCUUGUUGAGGAUUCAGGUCUUUACAAAGUUACCGCAACAAACUGUGUUGGAUCAGUGAGUUGCCAGGCUACACUGAAGGUGGACCGCAUUACAUACAAGAGGAGGGAAUAUAAGAGUGAGGCGGAACAACAGACAUAUGUUCAACAACAAAUUGACAAGACACUGAAAAUGGCACAACGCCUUUCCACCACUGAAGUUACUGGACUCAACCCAGCGGCUCAAGAGGCUUUGAAACACGCUGCAGACAUAUACAAGCCGGCAGUGAGCACCAAACACUGUGAGGGCGAAUUUGAUAUCACAGAAGAAAAACCAUUUGUACAUAUCGAGGAAAGGAAACUUCGCAUGCCAUAUGAAAUUCCUGAGUCACGUGUCCAUGAUGCAAGUGCUCUGGAUCAAGACCUGUUGAUUAAACACUUUGUACCUUUGUCUGACAUGAAGUGGUACAAGAAACUUAGAGAUCAGUAUGAAAUGCCUGAGCGGAUGGAGAAGAUCGUACAGAAGAGACAGAAACGAAUUCGUCUCUCCAGGUGGGAGCAAUUCUAUGUCAUUCCCCUUCCUAGAAUUACUGACCAGUACAGGCCAAGAUGGCGUAUCCCGAAGCUCACGCAAGAUGACUUGGAAACAGUAAGACCAGCAAGACGGUCACCUUCUCUUGAAUCCGAGGCAUCCUUCAGGUCAAGAAGACGCUCCCUGGGUGAUAUGAGUGAUGAAGAGCUUCUGCAGCCCAUCGAUGAUUACCUGUCAAUGAAGAAAACUGAACAAGAAAGGCUCCAACUUGAGGAGGAGCUUGAACUUGGCUUCUCUGCCUCCCCACAAGGCAGCCCUGUCCGGUUCGAGUUGUCUGCUCUGCGUCAUGAAGAAAAGAAACAUUUUGCAAGAAGAGAAGUAUCACAAGUAACCGAGCACAAGAUCAAGAGAACAAAAGUUUCACAGUUCUUGAGGAGGAGAAGAUCACUGUCUCCUACAUACAUUGAGCUGAUGCGCCCUGUUUCUGAGCUGAUAAGAACUCCUCGCCCACGUCCUCUGGAGCCAGAGGAGAUCAUCGAAAGGAGAUCCCCCACCCCUGAGAGGACGCGUCCACGCUCCCCCAGCCCCCCAGCUUCAGCUGAGAGAUCCUCCCGCUCAUCCUCAAGAUUUGAGAGGUCAGCCAGAUUUGACAUCAUGUCCAGAUACGAGUCAAGAAAGGCUGCACUGAAAUCUGAGCGCAAGUACCAGACAGUGACCCAAACACCCUUCAGCCUUGACCACGCCCCACGUGUGACUGUGAGAAUGCGUUCCCAUCGUGUCCCAUGUGGUCAGAAUACGAAGUUCACUCUGAAUGUCCAAGCGAAGCCUGUGGCUGAGAUCCAGUGGUUUCAUAACGGACAACUGAUUCAAGAAAGUGAGAAGUUACGCUUCACAAACAUGAGUGGAGUGCUGUCUAUACAGAUCCGUGAUUGUCAGGCAGAGGACAGUGGCACGUAUCGUGCGGUUUGUUCAAACUCAAAGGGAGAAGCAUCCGACUAUGGUAUCCUCGAUGUUUCUGGAGGUGAAUUCUCCACAUAUACAUCACGUCGUAAAGAUGAGGAUGCUCCACAACCAUUUGUUCCUGAUAUCACAAAGACAGACCAUUACCACAUAUCAUCCUUCAAGGCAGCUUCCUCCUCAGCAACACAUAUGGAGGUGAAAGAAAGUAAAUCAAAGUUAACUGAAUCACAUGAAACAUAUGACAGAUAUGAUUCAUCUGAACGAUUUAUAUCUGCAUCUGAAAAAUAUGCUGCAUCCGCGAAGUAUGCAUCAACUGAAUACUUAUCAUCUGCAGCAUCCUUAUCAUCAGCAUCAUCUGAUAAGUUUCGAUUGACUGAAAGAUACGUGUCAGGUGAAAGACAUGCAUCGUCUGAAAGAUCUGAAACAUAUUCUUCAACUGAAACGAAAAUGAGGGCUAUGGAGGCAACAGAAGUUGAGCAAGUGACUGUUCAUAAAGUUAAGUCAACUCUGGCAGCCAGAAUACUGACUAAACCACAGUCUGCAACAGUCAAUGAAGGAGAGACUGCUCGAUUCACUUGCGACAUUGAUGGAGAACCAGCACCAAGUGUUACAUGGUUGCAUGAGGGACAAGUAAUUGUAUCCUCUCAUCGUCUUAUGGUAUCUACCACGCAGUACAAGUCUACGUUUGAAAUUUCCUCUGUACAAUCAUCUGAUGAAGGCAGCUACACACUGCUGGUUGAGAAUGCUGAGGGCAGACAAGAGACUCGGUUUAGUCUGACCAUUUCCCGAGCAAUUGUCGAAGAGGAGGUUUUUGUCUCAAUAAAGUCACCAGAGCCUGGAUUCAAGUCUCCUGAACGAGUAGCUUCACCUACCAGUGUUCCCCAAACCCCAACCCCAUUAAUCAAGUCUCCUGAACCAAUCACCUCACCUCCUAGGGUGAAGUCCCCUCCGCCAGUCAAGUCUCCUGAACCAAUCACCUCGCCUCCAAAGGUGAAGUCCCCUCCUCCUGUCAAGUCUCCUGAACCAAUCACCUCGCCUCCAAGGGUGAAGUCCCCUCCCCCAGUCAAGUCUCCUGAACCAAUCACCUCACCUCCAAGGGUGAAGUCCCCUCCUCCUAUCAAGUCUCCUGAACCAAUCUCCUCCCCUCCAAGGGUGAAGUCCCCUCCUCCAGUCAAGUCUCCUGAGCCAAUCAUGUUGCCUAAGGGAGUGAAAUCACCUCCCAGAGUCAAGUCUCCUGAACCAGUUGUUUCGCCUCCAAGGGUGAAGUCCCCUCCCCCAGCCAAGUCUCCUGAACCAAUCGCUUCGCCAAAGGUAGUGAAACCACCUCCCCAAGUCAAGUCUCCCGAACCAAAGGGUGUGAAGUCACCUCCUCAAGUAAAAUCUCCUGAACCAAAAGGAGUGAAGUCACCUCCCCAAGUCAAGUCUCCUGAACCAAAAGGAGUGAAGUCACCUCCCCAAGUCAAGUCUCCUGAACCAAAAGGAGUGAAGUCACCUCCCCAAGUCAAGUCUCCUGAACCAAAAGGAGUGAAGUCCCCUCCCCAAGUCACCUCACCUAAGAGAGUCAAAUCUCCACUAACAGUGAAAUCCCCAACUCCUAAAGCUCCAAAGAUUAUCCACCAACUCACAGCCAAAGCCUCAGAAGACACAGUGAGAAUGUCCUGUGUAUCUGAAAGCAGCGUGAGAGAAGUUGUGUGGUACAGGAAUGGAAUGAAACUGACACAGAGCAGCCACUAUGAGUUCCAUAUGUCUGUGGAUGGACAUUGUUCUCUCAUUAUCCAUGACCUCUCUGAGAACGACCAGGGAGAAUACUCUUGUGAGCUCAUUGCAGAAGGAGGAGUCUCUACUAAAUCUUCAUUCUCAUUUGUUGGCCAAGUGUUCCAAUCCAUCUACACUAAAGUCACAGCUUAUGUGCAGCAGCACAUGGCCAUGAAAGUGAAAAGCGAACAGGGAUCAAUGAGUCAAAAAGAGGCAUCUAUGGCUUUAGCCUCCCAUACAAGUUCAGAACAGGUUGUUAAGAAAGAAAUCCAUGGAGGAGCUCAGAUGAUGAUGAUGGGGGAGAGUGCUGCUCUUAGCAGCAUGCAGGAAAGCUUCUCUUCCCAAUCAGUCCACAUGGCUUCUUCAUCUUCUAUGCAUCAGGAGACCUCUUUCAGCAGUUCCAGUAUGGCCAGUAUGUCUAGCAUGGCUGCCAUGGCUGCUGAAAUGCAGAUGGAAACCAUGUCUCUAUCUAGCAUGUCUUCCAUGGCAUCUUCCCAUGCCAUGAGCUCCAGCAGUAUGACUGAAAUGAUGAGUCACUCCCACCUAGAGGGGUCCUCCAUGAGAUCUAUUGCACAGGGUAUGCUAGGUGCGACAGGGGCACCAAGAAUCGAAGCUCUCCCAGAGGACAUCACCAUUGAACUUGGAAAGGUUCUCACCGUGGCCUGUGCUUUCUCCGGAGAGCCCACCCCUAACAUCGAAUGGUCCCGCGGUGGAAGAACGCUGCCCGGUGAGGAGCAUGGCGGUAGGUUCCACAUCGAGACCUCAGAGGACCUCACUACACUCAUCAUCACCAGUGUGAAAAAAGAGGAUGCUGGAGCAUACACACUCAAACUGUACAACGACUUUGGAUCUGACACUGCAACAGUAACUAUAAGCAUUCGAUCAUAAAAAAAACGUUCAUAUAAUUUAUAUCCUCCCCCUUCCCUACUUUAAUGCCUUUUUAUGUAUUAAUUGAACAAAUAAUAAUCUUACUUGAUAAAGACCUGGAUUUCUGUUAUUGUAAAUAUGAACUAUUUUUAUACCAAACUUGACAUUAAUUUAUGCCAAACUAGACUAAAGUCUAAAGUUGUUAUAAAAUGUGCCAUAUUGGAUAAUUAUGACUUAGGAUUUUUCAUCCAUUUUUUCUGUGACAUGUACAUAAUGUAUAUAGCCGAAUUUAACGGUUAUGGAAAAUGUAUGAAUUGUUAUUUAUGACAAUAUUAACUGAAACAAAUGAAACUGAAAUGUUUAAAAGGAGAAAGUUUCGCAUGAAACGAAUACCCUGUUAAACCUGAAACUAAACUCUGUGCCUCAACAAAAAGUUGAUGUCUUAAGAUUGCCUCAACAGGUAGAGAGGCUCCCUGUUGAAGUUGACUAAAUCAGAGAGAUGAGAUGUUAGACACUGUAUGUUAUUACCUGCAGUGUUAUUAUCAAACUCCUAUGAAUUGUAACAUGAUCAUAAGACCCUGAGUGCUGUUUGCAUAAACCCUCAUGUAAGCAGGACAACUAGGCCUUGUGUUCUGGACUGACUAUGUCAUAACCACCAUUUAAAUGACAUGUUCAACGUGCGAGCGGCCUGCACUUGAGCUGAAAUAAUUUUUUGGUGCUCUGUUUCUGCAAAUGACUGCUUAAUUGAUUUUCCGAACAACAUCAACCUGGCCAUGAAAAAUUGAAAGUCCAUCCUGCACUUUUUUGCAGAAGCAGAGCCAUCUCUUGGAGGUUUGCUUGUGUGCCUUAUUUUUGUGUGUUAGCUUUAGAAUUUCACCAGUUCAGUUGUCAGGCAAACAUCAAGCAAGUGUACCACAGUGACACCACCUGCUGUGUUAAAAGAAAACAAAAUGUAUUAGCUGUUCUGCCCUGCACUUUUGUUUGAUUUAAAUUAGAAUUAUAUAAUUAUAUGCAACCUCCCUGAGUUUAGCAUUGAUUUAAUAAAGCAUGAUAUCAGCACUAAAA